UUGCAUCCAGGUUGGGAGAAAGCUGUAUCAAGCUGACUAACAAGCAGUUUUACUUGGAGAGGUCACAUCAGUUUUUCAUUAGUCUUUUUGUGGAAUUUUUUGUUUUAAAAUACAAUUAAAAAAGAAAUACCUAGUAGAAGCAAUGAGAAGAUCUUUUUCAAAAUUGUUGUUGAAUGAGGCUCCUAAGAGGGACAGACGUUGAUAUUUUAGCCAUGGGAAAGGAAGGUCGAAUUAAGCAACCAGUCUUUCCUCUCCUGGCAGAGAAUCACUGAGUGGAGCCGUGACCUCAUCCCAUCCUGCUGCACAGGAAAGGUGGAUCAGAUAGCUGUGGUAGACACCUGCAUGGACAGAGGGCCGUAUGUUUGGGCAAAGGAGACAGACGGGGACAAAAAUAAGAAGGUAAAUGUUUAUGCAGCACUCUAGAUAUGGACCUGUGUGUAAGGAAAAGUACUGAAUCCAGUGAGAUAAAGCGAUAACAGCUGAAUGAAGACAUGGUGGAAACAGACACAUUAAGUCCUUUUUGAGCUGGAGCUGCCAGAAUACACAGAACUAGGAUAUUAUGAUAUUUUAGACUUUCCAGAAGGUUUUACUCAGAGAAGAAAAAAGCUGUUUUAUUAUAAUAUUCUCCAUUUUAUCUUAAAGUGGUGAAAUCUAGAAAUUAGCUUCAGUCCACUGCAAAGGUAAACUUGCCAAAUUUGCUAAUUUGCUGCUUUGAUUCACAUCAGAGGCGUCACAGUCUUGUGGUCAACAGUGUGUGUUUGUGUAGCUCAAAGACAGAAAGACUGCCAGCAAGUCCAGUUGUACAGCCAAUACAGACAGGCCCCUCCAUUAGCUCCUAACCAUGCAUUUUAAAGUGACCCCCACUGCCGCUUGUUCACCGUCAUCCAUUGUGCCACACUUAUGUCUGUGUUGUGUGAACACAGAUUCAAAAUAUUCAGAAUUGCUGCAGAAUAUAAUGUUUUAUAAGGUUCAGGAAAGCCUGAAUAAGUUAUCUGGAUUUUACAGCUGGUGUUGGACUCAAUUCAAGGCUUAUCUACGACUUGGCAGGCCAUCAAUCUUGGAGGUGCGCUAAGGAUUUGAUAUGUGGACCAGGGUUAUCAUGGUCAGGCUGUGGAUCCUGAGGAUAGAAGGGAACUAGCAAACUGGAUAAACACAGAAGCUGAAUAAAAACCUUCUACAGCUGUUUGUAUGUAUUUAUCUGACUGUGGGAGUGUACAUGCAUGCAUUUAAUACAGUGCAAGAAAGAGAUUUUACAUUAAUGAAUAUGUGCAGAUAGAAAUAAAUCUUACGCUGGUCUCUCUCAUCAUGGGGAGUCCCACCAAUAGUGUCAUUACGGGUCCUUAAGCAUCUGCGUAUGGUUAAAGCUGUGUAAUUUCAACUCUGUGGCUCAUAAAACAAGAUUAAUGCUGAUUAGAACCACUUAAAUGUAUUUUACACAGAGACAGUAGGGUUGCACAAACGCAGAUACUGACAAAUGUCUACUAAGACAAGGUUGCAUAUAAGAUGCAGUUUUGUAGGCAUCAAAGAAAUAUUUAGUAUUACCCUCAAAAUAAAAGCAAAUUAAGCGAAUACAUAAGUUGAACGUGACUCAUAUUAAAUGCUGAUAUUGUUCAGCCUAAUUAGAAAGUAUUGUCUCAAUCUAAUGUGUCCCUUUUCUGCAAGUAACAAUAAAAAGACCUAUGCUUUUAUUUUGAAAGGAAAUGCUUGAUAGUGGCACAAAGUUUGUUUAGGUUAUAUUUCUUAUGCGAAUCAAUACAAAGUAACUUUUCAAGUCUGAGAGUGCUUUUGAAAGGUUUUAUAUAUAAAACUAUCUUUAGGCUAGCAAGGAUGCUACAUGUUGACCAGGGUCAAAGCAAGAGGCAUUCAUUUAGUCUGUAACACAUGGUCAAAGAGCUUUUUGUUUGCAUUCAUUUUGGAGAUAUAGCCGAUCUCUUUUCGGAUUUUUUUCCUGUACAUGCGCAAGUUGUGUUUUUAGACAAAGAAUCUCAUCCUGCCAUUUUUUUAUUUUAAUGCAAGUAUUUGACGUUUUUGCAGUGUGCUGUCGGCUGACACCUACCCCCAGGCAUUCAAAAUGAAAAAAAAAGAAAUUGAAAUUUUGUUGCUGAUGGUCUUGUACAAUUUUUGAGGUCAUAAUAAAGCAUCACUAUCAAUUUCAUUCUGUUUUGCAACCAGCUGAAAACUCCCCACAGGAGCUUUAAGCUUAUUACAAUUGAUUAAAGCACUAUAGUCUAUCCAGGAAUGUAACUCUUUGAAGUGGCAAGUUGUCGGACCAUGCUUUUGAUAAACCGUAAUGUACUAAUAAAAAAACAACAAACAAACAAACAAACAAACAAAAAAACAGAGGACACUGACAGGCAGCACAGUGAUGUGGUGGUUAGGACAACUCUUACUGAAAAGGUUGCUGGUUUGAAGCUGGUGCUGGAUGGAAAAAUGGUGCUUUUGUUGGAUGGUCCCAAAAAAGUGAAAUGAUGGAGCAGGACUGGUGAAGGGUCAAAAAAGAGAGUGAAUAGAAACAUUGAAGAAUACAACAUACCCUUGUGGAGAGAGUUAAUUUUUUCGAUCAAGCACUGAAAUAAAUUUCAUAUUCAUCAUUAAUAGACUCCCUAUUAUACACAUGUGAUCUUACUAUAAUACAAAAAUUACUUUUGUAAUGCACCUCAACCUACAACGUUGUAGUCUUCUUCAAAACUUGGGGUUGCCUUCACACCAUCUUUCCCACCUCCUCUACGUCUCCUUUCCCACUCUGAUUCAGUGAUGCAGGCAGAGGCUUGACCUAAAACCAUGGGGUGAUGAAUGACUCCCAUCUUGCUGAUGCUUGCAGUCUGGAGCUUGUGUGUGUGUGUGUGUGUGUGUGUGUGUGUGUGUGUGUGUGUGUGUGUGUGUGAACCUCAGCUCCACCGGCUCUGCUGCUUCCUCUUACAGUCUUAAGCUUUAAAGAUGCAGACGUAUUACUCACUGUAAAACAUCUGUGUUAACCUGAAAGCUACUUUUAUAUGAGAUUAUUUAAAGAUGAUUAUUCCUUUAGUUGUGUAAAAGCAUCUGGACUUGUAUUAGUAUGACCAUUUUUAUGGUACCCAAAUCUAGAACUAUGUUUCUAUCAAAAAUCUAAUUUUAAAAUGUAUUUUUGUACAAAUGUGGAUCAAUAACAUCCUUUCAAAUCAUGAAACACAAAGAAUAGAAGGAGUUAUUUUAAUGACCAAUUUGCAUGCACAUUACUGGGGCAUGCUGAGCUAAACUCCUCCUUUGAUGGUGGAUGCUGCGCUCCUUUGUCUCAAAGAAAAGUUCCACUGAAGGGAGCUGGGGGGCACCAAAGUCUUCUCUGCAGCCUCCCCACCAGUCUCCUCUAACUCCUCACUGUACUCCACAGCCUGCCUCUCCUCUGUCCCCCCUUUUGUGUUAGCUACCCGAAUAAAUUAGCAACCCAAGUCGUUGAGGGGAGGAGGAGGAGGAGAGUAGAGGGGGGGCUGGGCCUUGUGGCGGAGGAGUCGGCUUUCAGUCGUGGAGGUGCACAGUUCCCUGAAGCGGCUCUGUAUCUGCACACAUACACACACAUACACACGCAGCGUAUCUGAGUGACUGGAUGCUGAGAGGGAGAAAAAGAGGAGAGAAGCGUUUAAGAUCAACGAGAGAGGGAGCAGAGCACUGCAGGGUUAGAAACGACAGCUUUUACCCCCCAACAGACAGCUAAAGAACCGGAGAGCUUUCCAGCUGAUUCAGGCGCGCCGCGCUCACCUGACACGGGGACGCCGAAAUAGGACCCUUCACCAGAGGAGUACCGGAUUCGAAAACUGGCGGAAUUGACUCGACUGUCAUUUAAGUGGAUAUUAUGUAAAAAGAAAAAAAGAAGCUCUUUCCAACCAGCCAGCAAGGCUCCAUUCAAGAUUUUUGUCCCGGUGGAUUGUCUGUCAUUGAGGGGGAGAAUUGAAAACCCGUUUGCAUACUAAUCAGUGUUGGAGGGGGAGAUCCAGAGCGCACAUCCAGAGCUGCAGAGUGGGUCAGAUGAAUGUAAGUGACAGCUUUUGUUUUUUUGUUGUUUCUCUCAUCUUGUAUGAAAACAUGUAAAGAAAUGAGCUCCUGCCGGGUAAGCGUCUGGUUCUCUCUAAAGAUGGGUGCACCCUGCAUCUGCACCUUGCAUGCAUGAGCCGGUUGCUUUUUGGGGAUGUAGAAGACCAUGAGAGAGGAACUACAAUGCCAUCACAAAAUCAGUUACGCAUGAUGAUGAUGCAGUUUCUUCUAUUGAUUAUUGAUCACCAUUCAUGGCCAUGGGUUAAAAUGAGUAGAGUCUUUAUUAAAGUAUAUGCAGAGACAUUUGGGGGAGGUUAGGUAACAGAUUUGAGUAGGCUCAGGAUGUCUUAUGGAAAUAUUUAAUCGCAGUUAGUCAGUGGUUUCCUCCCCAGGAUUUCCAUUUUACAGGGAAUACACUUUAUUUUGGAGAGAGGACUAAACCACUUACUAGGAAACACCACGCUGUGUAGAAAGUGGGCCAGUAUACUGUGGACUAUUUCUUGGGUCGGUGGAAAUUUUAAGCACUGUAUGAUGCCUUUGAGCAAGGCAGUAGCCACAACAGGGCCUGCUAUUAUGAUGAUGGUGUAGGAUUUCUCUCCUGUAACUGAUCACAAAAACAGAGCCAAAGGGACUAUUUCCACAGAUGAUAAUCUGUUGAUCUUUCAAAAACAAGAACCCCAGGAGGACUUUUGGUGAUUUUUAUAUCUGGAAAAUAGAUUUUGACACAUUUCUUUCUUAGAGGAGAUGUAUUUUUAGUAGCCAGCUCUGCCUGUAUAGCCUAUGUUUACAUGUCCCAAAGCUGAAAAUGGGCACCCAGGGGCAUAUUUAAAUACCUAACCACAACAGUUAUUCCAGUCAUAUCUGGUGUCUGCAAGCAUCCACAGCUUCUGGUUUUGUGUCGCUUUGCAGGAUACGGAUCUUUGCAUUAUUACACUAUCCACUUACAUGGUCCUGCGUGUUCCAGCUCUGCAGACGUCCAGUAAGGGUUUUCUCGUAGAGUGAUGAGGCUUGCAGCAGGACGUUUUCUAACAGGAACCAUAUGGACACGGGUUGAUACGGCUGCACCCGUGUACAGCUUAGGUUUAUACAAACAACUUAUAAUUACAGACAUCAGCUGCUUAUUUGCAAGAAAAUCCGAUAACCUCCAGAGUUCACAGCUGUGGAAAUUAAGACAUUUCUUGAGAGAUUAGGUUGACCAAAGUUGAAUAGGAUCUUGAAGUUGCUUAUUUCAGUGUGUGAGGAAAGAUGUCCAACUCCCUUGACCUUUGAAUUAAAUUGUUUUUUUUUUAAUCCAUUCUUGAUCCAUGAUAAUUGGUUAUUAUUCCCAUGACAACCUGCAUUGGAAGACUUCUUGUUGGCAUGUCAAGGCAAAGAGGACUAUUAAUUCAGUCUAGUGUUGAGUCUCUUUGUAAGGCUUAUCAACAAAGCAAACAGUGCUGUUUACUUUGCACUUCAUGUGGUUGUCUGCAGCUGAAUGGAUAAGUGUGGUACUGAACCUCACAGGUCAGGGGCUUUCUUCUCGCUGAGGCUGUGCUCAAAAUACACAACUUGGCCAACAGUAGCUAAUUUCUUGAUAUUUCAGUCUUUGGUAAGAGACUACCCAAAAACCUCAUCCACUCUGUUAUUGACUGGAUUGUUUUGGAUGCAUGUCAGCAGAAGCAUUGCCUCUGGCCUAGCAUGUCAUCUUCUCCUUGUUCGGCUCUUUGAAUCGUGAAAUUUUUACACCAGACCCAUGCUGCGAAACAUUGCAAAAUCUCAGCUGAAGCUUUAAUCAUCAGUCUUGCCUUCUCUCAAAAUGAAAUAUAAUACAACCAGAGAGUCUGCAGGGAUGUCUUUGUUUAUACUGACGGUAUUACUUUAGGGAAUGUCCAAGUUUGGGCUUUAUUCUUCUACAAAUCUCAAACAAGCCAGUGAGUUUACUUUAAAACUUGGAGAUAUACAGAGUAAUUGAAUAGCAAAUUUGCCACCCACAUUGACGCUGAAAUCCUUCUUGUGUUGUUUACAGUCUUCUUUUUGUGGCUGCUAUGAACCCCACAUAAGAUGUCAAAUUCGUCUUUUCCAGUCAAGUUUCAUCAUAUGCAUGAUUUUGUCCUUUGACCACUUUCUCACAGUCAGAAGUCCAGACUUCUCAGGGACACUUCACCUGAUAUAUUUUGUUAAAAACUGCUGAGAGUGAUGUCUUCACUGUAAAAUCUAUACCUCAUCCACUCCAGUCACAGUGUGCUGCCAGAAAAGAAACAGGGAAAAACAGAAGGCUUCUUCCCACCCAAAUGUUGCAGCACAAACUCAAAUCUGCCUAAUUGUGUCUCAGGACUGUUUUUUCCUGGGUUUUGUUUUGGGUUCAACAUCUGAGCACAAAUAUCGGAAAGUGACUCAGAGACUCCCACUCCCCCUCUCUCUUUUGACUCCAAUCCCCCCCCCCCCCCACACACACACACACACACACACUUCUCAGUAGGUCUAAUCUUUCCUCACUCACUCAAGAACACUACAAACCCUGAGCUACUCCCUGACCCCAAUCAAACCCCAAUCAAAUUGCCAAACUAGCAAAAAGCAGUAUAACCAUUUGUACCCCCACAUGUAUAGAAAUUCAACAAACACUUCUUAAUGUAAAAUGGGUGGUAGAUGACAGACAACACUCACAACAAACAUAGCUUUUUAUCUUUCUUUGCUCCACAAGUAGCAACUGGAAAUAUUUACCUUCCAUCUUUCACUCACUGUCGAUGCCCAGGGUUAGUGUUGGUGUUUUUAUUUACCUCCCAGACCUCCGCCUGAGAUGUAACAUGCGCUGAAGGCUCAAUAUCGAGGGGAUUUUAUGUGAUUUUGGUUGAUGGGACAGCAUGAGAACUGUUAAGCUGCAAUAUUGCGUGAGGGAGUAGCUUUUGGUUCCUGGAAAGCCACUUCUGUUUGCAUCAUCCAUCCACAGGAAGGCCAGGCGGUUAUUAUUAGCUUUAGUAGUAGAGACGGAAAAAUAAGAUUCCCAUUGAUAAGGAAUCCCCUUUGCUGAUUGCUCCACAUUUCAUUAACUCAACCCUGAGGGAAUCCUUGGUUGCCAUGGUAGCUGCUAUCACCAAAUCUGCCAUCUUGCUGUGAUUAUAUUCGUGAAAUUUAAUUAAACGACUGUAAAAUCUGAGUUUUGUAUGUGCUGACAUGCAGGAAAAGCUGUUCCCCAGGUCUUGGAGCUGCAAGUAUAUCGAUGCAUAAGUGGAUUUUCUUUAAUAAGAAUAAAAAAUAAACACUGAUCAGUUCAUCAAGUUGUAAUUUCUUUGGUUUGUUUUUGCUGGCUACCCUUCAAUAUUGAUUCCCAGUUUCUAACACCACCCUUGCUUGUUUCAUUUGUCUGUGUUGCUUCUCCAAUUUUAGGGGAUAAUGUUUGAAUUAUGAGUUUAAGACUUUGAAAAUUUGAGAUCUUUGUCAGUUUAAAGUAUCAAAAACAUCUGGCCAAAUUAAUAAAACCCAGACAUAUGAUCAGCCUCAGUCUGAAGUCAUUUUUCAACUUGGACUGAAGCGUAUUUUCUGACAGUAUGCUGCAGUCUUACCCCUGGGGAAAUACAAAUUUUACCUUUCUUCAAGCAGUACAAAGAGUGGUCUAUCUGCUGCUCUGCCGAACGUAUUACUCUGUGACAGACUCAGCCAAUCAAAGGAAAUGGCCAGAGUUUCCUGUCAGAAACAGAGUGAUUGACUAACUGGAGUUUGGAGAUGGUGUGCUUCCAUUUUUGUUAGUUCUGAGGCCAACUUCUGAAGUAAUUGCCUUCAUAGUUAUUUUUCAUGGUCAUUGUCCAGGCAGUAAGGAUCCAGCUAGUGUAAUGAUGAGGUCAGCUCAAUGGGAAAGACUUCAAAACAGGGACCAGAAUUUAAAGAAGACAUCUCACAGCCCUGACAUUUGACAACAAAUGUUCCAAACCAGCCUGCAUGGCUUGGCCACUCCUUAGGGUGGCUUAUUAUCAGCCAUGAGGAUAAUGACAGCUGGAAAUGGCUUGUUAAUAUAUUCCUGGAGGAAGCUGCAGAUGGAAGUCCUCAAAAGUCUGGUGUUUUCUCGGGUUUCUCCUUCGUGGGUUGGAUCUAUGACACCAGCUCCCGAACGCCAAAGUGUGCAAGAUCACUUGAAGUCUGUGUUUCUCGUUGCUGCAGUAGAUGAAAUAGAAGGAGUCACUGGUUUCUGUGCAUGCGUGUGUACAUGCUUUUCUGUAUUCUUUACAAGAAAAUAUAGUUGGACACAAAUUAUUACUGUUGACUAAUUCCAUUAUAUUUCUCUGAGUAAUGUGCCAACGAUCAGGUGUGUAAAAAUGUACAGAGGAGGUCAACAGUCAAACCUUAAGCCUGAAACCAACAAGAUCUGUUCUUUGUGAGUUGUUUUCCAGCUGCUUUGCCUUUUGACGGUUGAUUACCUUUGGAUAUUCUUUUGUGACUGUUUACUUAGGUUUAGUCAAAUGAAGUCCUGUUGUGGUCAACACGGUCAGGGAUAGCACAUGGGGUUAUUUUAUGGAUGACAUAGCUGAAACAGAGCUGAUAUGUGCUGCAGUGCUUCCUCUAUAACAUGCAGUGUUGACUAGAACGGGUGCGUAUUUGCCGCGUAAUGCGCAUCGCUUAAGGUUAUAUAAUGAACACGCAUCCUGUGAGUUUUAGGAUUUGCGCUACUUGGAAUCAUAGCAAAUCUACAAAUUUUCAACCGGGGAUGUCAUGGUGCUUUACAAGAUAGUUGAAAAUCAUUGCACAUUUGGCAAAAAUUGGCAAGAUCAAAAAUUUAAUGUGAGUAUCUUUCUUGAAACAGCAGAGGGUACUGCUUUUCUCCCACUUUCUUGUUGGACAUAAAUCCUACUCUUAGCCGUGGCAGUGAAAGAUUUUGUCAUCAAGGUUGCACUGCCAGUGUUUACCACACAUAAGCCCAUCAAGCCCAUCUUGUUACACCCCUAUCUUCCACAACUUGGUAUUUUUGUGGGUCAAAUAUCUGUUCUUGAUGGUCAAUGCCAUAGACUGUAUAUACAAUGGACAACUUUGUUCCGCCUUCCACCAGUAUACAGAUUUGAAACCAAAAAGCUCUGUUAUUCUGCGUUUUUUCUCCAUUUCUUGAAACCACCACUUGCGCAGUAGCAUUGUGCACAUUUGGCAGGAGAGUUGCAGUGAUGAUGCUCCGCUCGAACAGUGUAUCCCCAGGUGAGUUACGCAAUCUUCGUACUCCUAUAGGCUGUAUCAGGUGUCAAUCAUAGAAAACAUGAACCCCCUAAUAACUUUUAAAAACUGAGCUUCACAGAAAAAAGAGGACUUGAGUACAGACUAGUCUUACAAUAACUUCAUGUCAACAUCGCAACCAGAGGGGGAAAAAAAUUAUGUUCUCUGUAAUUAGUUUCUAAAAUUUGUCCACAGCCCCAUAAGCUUUGCUGGUGGAGGCAGGAUUUAUGACCUAUACUGCAGCCCGUCACCAGAGUGUGCUGUUCUCGGAGUGGCUUCAUCCAGCGAGGAGGCAGACGCUGUCCAUUCUAUAUACAGUCUAUGGUCAAUGCUCUGUCCCUCCUUAUCAUCUCUGACAUCAGAUACAUUUCAGCUAAGAGCUUUAUAAGAACUCUGUAUGCAGCAUAUGCACAUGUUUCAGCAUGAACUGAUGUGUUUUCAUUAGUCACAUGGAGAGAUAAAUAUGGGAAUUGCUCUGAGCAGAGAUGAAUGAAAUAUGGUAACUUCUGCCCGUCUGGGAGCUUGAUGGAUGGGAAGUGUCUGAGCUCUGAGGCGAGCGAGUCGAGCUGAGAGAGUCGAGAGGAAGAGAGAGAGCCGGUCUGUGUAGUGUCUCAUGUGUUUUUAAUGAAGUAAGUGAGAUGAUCUGAGCUCCCGGUAACUUCAAACACUCGCAGCGAGCUGUGAGCAGCAUGUAGGGCAUUGCAGCUCAGGUAGCGCAAUGUGUUAGGCAAGGGAAGAGAUUCAGAGAGUAGGCGUGUGGUGUGAGAAAAAGAGGUGGAUGGAGGAAAAGUUGUGACUUUAUAACUGAGAUUGUUAUUUGUGAUAGAUAUUCUGUCAGAGAAUCAAAGUGCUUUUGAAAAAUCUUCAAGUAAAUUUUUCAUUUUGAGCUUCAAACCCAUACAUCACAACUCCUUUUUAUCAUUAUUUUAUUGGUUCUUUUUAAGUUGACGAGCGCUGAUGUUUAACUCUCCAGAGCAAAUUAAAACAAAGACAGGCAGACAGACUUAAUUCCCAGGCUCACCACAAGAAAUAUAAUGGAGUAACACGAUACAAAGGCAUUCUCUUAGAGAGCAGCUGUCGAAGUGCCAACUAACUCAACAGUUGAUGGAGAAUGAAAUAACUAAUAAGCCAAGUCACUGUCUCGAAUUUUCAGCUUCAGAUGAGUAAUUAUGCAUUUUGAUCGCACCCCAGAUCUGUCAGCCAAAGAACCAAAAUCCCUCGUCUUUCCCAGACAGUGACAUCAAACGUCCUCUCAGGGACAACUCUGACCUCUUUUCACCCCAACAGAAAAAAGAUAUGUUAGCUGGCACCCAACAUAACUUUUUAUUACUUUGAUUAGUGUUUACUGAUACAAUAGCCUGACCCGAUAAGACCUUGUGCCAGGUUUGCAGUGAGGCGAUACGCUGAUUAUUUCACCGGUUCAAAUUUGUAAGUAUGUGUGUUUUGGUUCCCCGAUUGGUCCUUGGUUUCUUUUUCUGACCCUGUUUGGUCUAUCAGCUGAGUGUUUUGUCUUUGAACUUAUCGUUUGUUCCUUAGUUUUAGAUUUCUUUGAUAUGAUACUCUCUCUGUGUUUGUGUAUCAGGGUAUCAUGGCAGUGUGGGGACUUGUCUACCUCAGGGGGACCCAGGUCAAGACCUGACAAAAGUUAGAUAUACAGAUAAAGUUUAGGCGGAACCAUAACAAGGUUGAGGACUCUAUAAGUAAUGUGUAUGCUGUGUUGAUGUUGGUGAACCCUUUGGAUGAAAUAGGAGUUUUUGAUCACUAGUGCAUUUAAUACUUUCUUCUUUUGUUCAAGUUAACUCUUUGCAGGAUUAGUUGAUGGGGUGGUGAAUUGAUUUAGAAUUAGUUACUCCAAAGACAAACUUUGCAAACUCUUCACAAUGUCUUCAAGGUGAGGUUUAAAGCUCCUGUGAGGAACUUUUGCACGUCAUGUGGACAAAACAGUCUUUGCUUAUCUUGUCCUUUCAAUACUUCAGCAGUGUCUUUUGACAGUCAAAAUGUGUCAGUUAUUGUGAAUAUUUUAUGUGGAAAUUGUAAACACAGGGCUUCUUUAUGAGCUGCUUGGCUGACACCUACCCCCCUCACAUUGGUUUGAGGUAUUGAAAAUUUCAGUGUACAAAUUGUCAGUCUCGUCCUUGAUGUUUUCGUUUGCUUUCGGAUGUUAUAAAAAAGCAUAAAUAUGGGUUUAAGUCCAUUUCAUGAACACAAAAAACCCUCAUAGGAGCUUUAAUGUUGUGUUUACGGUUAGUAAAAACCCCCAUGGAGAUAAUGUCUAAGACAGCACUCUUUCUUUAAGAGUGCAUCUGUGUGCAGAAAUUAUGAAUGUUCACAAACAUGUAAUUUUGUGAACAGUGCAAUUAAAGCAUUUUGUGGGAGGAUCAAGUAAAGACCAAUUAACGCUUAUUUCUACUGAGUCACAAAAACAUCUGAAUUGAAUGAUGCUAAGGCAGAGCCACAUAAAGCAUACAACUUUACAUCACUUACACUUACUCAUAUUGAAAUACGCCAAUACUUUCUUGCUAAUACAUGACCAUAACUGUCUGACUGCGGUUUAUCUAAAGCACAAUGCACUGCCAAGUCAAGCCAUUGAGUACUUGCUCAAGCAUUUUAAUCUCUACCACAUUCACCAUUAAUAAGAGCAUUUCCUGAUGUUUAAUUACUUCCAGUCAUUGUUCUGAUUUUCACUAAACUGGCCUGAAUUGGUGUUUUCCCCCUAGAUAAAAGUAAAAUACCCUUAAAUUUGAAACAUUAUCGGGGUAUUUGUUUCAGUUUCACCACUGAGGUAAUGAUGUUUAACAGAGAUUCCUGGAUUUGGUUCGACUCGAUAUCAUGGCCUUGUGAGAUAUUACACAUGCUGUGAUAGGGAGGGGUGAUGAGUGAUGGCGGCUGGCAGCCGCUGCCUUACCUUCACCAUCUCACUAUGCUUUUGAUACUGCCGACCUUGUCAUUUUUGAUUUUCUUUUUAAUCUCAGUCUCUUUUAUUCACUGUCUCCAUUCUCUCUCCUUCAUCGUACACACACAAAAACUUCAGAGAAACAAACCUUGCUACACAUCCACUCUGUUGUACAGCCUUGAAAGUUAGUGACUCACCUCCGGCUGUGUUUUCACUUGCUUUCCAGCUUCACUCACUGAUCAUCCAGAGGGUCCAUUAUUUAGUUGCGUGUGUUAUGUUUCAGUUCCAGAAACCAAGUUAGACUUCUUUAACUCCUUCUGUUUCUGCCUUUGUCAUUGCUGCCAUGUUUUUCAGAAAAACCUCAAACUUUCCUUCAACAUCUCCUGCUGCACUUCUGUCCUUAUUUUUUUUCCAUCUUUAACCAUAGUUUUUCUUUCUCUUCCUGGUCUGUUGGGCAGUAAAAUCUGGGACAGUUUCUCAUAGGGGACCUGGUGUAGUUUGUAAGUGUGUGUAUGCCAGCUUGACAGCCAGUAAGUGUGCGUGUGUGUGUAAAUAAACAAAUCUCAAUCAUCACACCAGGUUGGAAUUGUUAUGCUGGUGCUUAAGAGUAUCAGUCUUUGCAGUUGUUUUUCCCCCCACUGAUAUCUCCAUGGAGUCGAGUAACAAAACUUGAGUAUAACACAACUUUUUGUUUAAGUAAUAAAAUUAAUGUUGACUGAUUUCAUAACUUUAAAGAUGGUGUUAAACUUCAGGACAAACGAGUCAACCAUAGUCUCGAGUUUAACCAUGACACAUCUCACUCUUCUCUCAAUCAGAGUUGAAAUCUUUAGUCUUCUUCUUGGUGUGAACGUUCUUAAAAAUAAAACAAAGAAAAAUAAAUACAGUGACUAUUUUGUACUUAAGGCUAUGACCAGGGUCACAGUAGGCUUCUGGCACACUUUUAAGUCUCUGUGAUGACGUGGUCCCCUGCCUCCAGCCCCCCGCCUCCCCUCGCCCUCUGCUGCCUCACUGAUGUCAGUGACAUCAGCAUUUAUGUAGGAAAUAGGCAAUAAAAUCAAACUCCAGAGGAACAUUUCAUGGAGGGAAUGAAAACAAAAGGCUUUCACAGAGUUGAGGUAAACCAGAGAAAAUGUUAGUUAGGUUUCACAGCACCAGACGUUGUUAUCAAUUAUAUUUCUGUUUGUAUUUGAAUAGAAAACUAAGAGUCUAAAAAAUACAGAGAUUAACCAAAACAUGUAUCCUAUUAACAAUCUUAAAACAUCUUUUUUUAUAAGGCAACAUGAUGAAAGUCUUAAUCACAUUUGCUGGCGUCCUGGUAUUUCUGUGAGGCUGAAUAAGCUGUCGCUAUUUAUUAGAUCAACCAAUUAUGCUACAGUAGGAUAGCCAAAGAGCUGGUCCUCACCACAUCAUAAUUAAUUUAAACUUACUAAGAUUCAGGCAGCCUUCACGACCUGAUAGGUUGGUUUACUCAGGGUGUGAGAGCUUUUAUGGCUGCUAGCUUCCCUUGGGUGGAGGAACACAAUUAUGCUGCGUGGUCAUGAACUCUCUUAGGGCAUAUAGUAGUAUUAAUAUUGAUUGUGGUUUGGUGCAGCACGUGCAUGUAUAUUUUAGUGUGUAGGCAUCCAGACAGUGGUCGUCUGGCUGUCUAAAGGGCUGAUGCUUCCAUACUUUUAAUCAGUGGGAAAGGGUCGAUCCUAUUGUAAUAGAGUUGGCUGUGGAAAUAGAUUAAAACUGAUGUCCACUUUGAGAGUAUAGCCUUGAAUGGAGGUAAGAGUAAAAGUGGAACUGAGGGAAUGUAGACAUAUAGCAGAAAAGGGGGCUUAAAUGUACACACCCACCCACAGAUGUAUGUCCUCACAGUCCUGGUGACAGCUGGGGUUUGGAAACGGUACAUCUAUAUCCAGAGAUCCGGGGAAAGGCCACUCAAGGCGAGACAGGGGUCAUAGUUGUCGUACUCCCAAACACACACACAAGCCAAACGACAUGAAAACUGAGAAGUUAAAGCAUACCACCAUCCUCAACCCCCCUCCCUCGCUAGACUCCAAGCUUUCAUUCUUGUCACAAAGCCUUUUACUGCUGCAGAUGGCUGCAGCCUGUUCCACCACAACCAAGCCUAACCUUUCAUUCUCAGUCAUUUGAAGAUUUGGUGUUUCUUUAGCCAUCCUGUAAUUGUACUCUUGCAGAAAAACGUAGUAAAAAGGACAAUAUUACAUACUGGAACGGCGCCGAAAUGACACUAUAUACAGCACGACAUGCAUGACAUGAUCUGCAAGGAGGAACAUGGAGGACAUAAAAAACCCUCCAUAAAUCCAAGUUUUAUAGUUGAGGUUUUGAAUUGAGAAGUGUGUCUCUCUGUCCGGCUUAGUUCUGUUUUUUUAAAGGCACAGUAAGGAGCUUUUCACCGAUUUAGAAAUAGACUCAGUCUUAUUCAGAUUUUCAGUGAAAAAGGUGAUUAUUUCUGUAUACUGAGUUUGAAUGAUAGCGUUCAGGUUGGACAUUUCUAACCCUAACACUUUGGCAACAGAGUGAUGGUGCCACACACUGCAGAUUUCAUCGACAGAGGUCACCGGAAUCAAACCAGCAUGAAAGUUCCUCACAGUGCUAUUAACUUGUGUAUUUAAUCUCGACAGCCUCUUUCUGUAUCCCGUCCCCAUCUGACUUUACUGUCAAUCACAAAUUGUGGCCAAAGUUUGUUUAGGGUGACGGAGAAACAGUUGACAGCCUGAAUGAGAAGCUGCCAACCAUCUCCAAGUAAUGCCAGACCUCUCAACCACAGAGGAAUGAGCUGAAUGCAAUUCUUUGCAGUUCCAUCAAAACACACGAAACAUGACUAAGAUAGAAAAACUGACAUUUUUCAGUUGGAACUUUCGUGACUUUAGGUCCUGUUUAGCUUGGCCUUAUAAUGCUAUGGCGUGCCCAGCCUAGCCUGCUAAAUCCAUUAAAAAGGAUGGACUCAGGGAAGGAGGAGGGACAGACAACAGAGGGAUAGUGAGAUACAGAGGCCUGUUAGGGCUUGGCGCUGCUUGAGGAAAAGUUACUUUUCACAACCGGGACAGUGUAAAUACACAGACACACAUCCUCAUUCACAUACUGUUCUGCUUAAAGUCAUCCCAUCCUAUAGUAAAAACACUAUGCUUUUUACAUAUUAUAUGGUUGCAGUACUUAGAAGCGGAGGCUCAUGUUUGAGGCUUUGAGGCUAGAGCACAGCACAGGCAGAUUAUGGGGGUGCAAUGCCAGAUAAUAAUGUGGCUGAGACUGCACGGAGCCCGCCGGGUCUGCCUUGCCUGUCAGUGUGGUCGCACAGAAAUGAUGUCACUACUUGUUAGCACAUGUGUUGUGCAGGCGUCAAAGUUAAAAACCCAUGCAACCAGGCACACAGGUGGAAACUAGUUUUGGUGUAUUUACUCGUGCUUGGUCUAUUUUUUCAAGCAUUUUUUUAAGACAUAGACGUGCUCUAAUUCACAAUUACAGCUAUAACCAGCAUUUGUAACAGAAUGGUAUAAAGAGGGCCACUAGAGGGAUUGAAUCAGGUGGAUGUAUUUUACUGCGCUGACCAUCUGUUUGAGCCAGUUUCCUUUCAGCAUGAGCUAUAUUUUAGUUCUCCAUUCCUCAUCGGAUUGUGUUAUCCAGAGAAAACACAAGUGUAUUACAGCACACGUCAAAAGGGAGAUGAAGUCAUGGACUGACUGCUCAUUGACAUUGACAGAUUGCAGCAGUGAGGUCUGUUCAUCAAUAUAACCUUUCACUGACACUCAGCCGAAGUAACGAGGGAGAGAGAGAGAAGACGUAGACAGACACACAUACACACUCGCGUACUUCACAGUACACCCUUUCUGACUUUGUUUUCUAAUCAUAUGUUUCAUCUGUACCGCGCAGUGGUCCCCGAGGCCGCCAAGCCAAAGCAAACUGUAAUCACUCCUCUGAGUGUAACUUUUUCUUUUGUGUCCUAGAUGUACUUUUUUCCAUCUCCCCUCUUUGUUCUCUUUUUUGUUGUUCUCCCUGGUGUUCCCGGUGGCUGCAUUAUGGCACAGCACUGUGGGUUUGUUUCGUCAGAGCGGGGUCUCCAAAGACUCUGACUCAGCAGUUGGGUCGUAGGGUUUCUUUUCAUCAUCACACCCUUAAUUGUUCCUGUCAGACCUCUUCUUUCAACUGUUCCCAUUUUUUUUUCCUUUUUGCUGUCUGCUCUUGUUUAAGACAGACAGUCCCACGGAUACAAACACUCCCAACUUCUUUGACACAAAAACAAACACAACAAACGUUAAGGCGUGUAUGCUGACUGUGUGCAGCUUUCGUCUCCUUUUUGCGUAGGACUGCAGCAACUGUCCCAGAGCAGCCGCCUGGACCACAUGUAGAGGUCAGGGACCAUACCAGAGGGGCCAGUAUCAGUGUCCCAGUGGGGCUUUGGCUUUAUUAAUCUGUCCUCCUCCAAGGCCUCAUAAACUACCGCAGGAGUUAUGGGUCGUAGGAGCGGCUGGUGGACGAGAUGACUGAAGGAACCAAUUUUGAAUCCCUUUUUACAUCAUCUAAACUUUGAAUAAUCUUAAAGAGCGUUUUGAAAAAAAUAAUACACAGAAAAAGCACUGAUUUUAGUGUUUGGUGUUACCAUUACAGAAAGAAAAAAGUUUUACCUAAGAAGUACUUUCCAUACUUAAGCCGUGACAGGAAAUGAAAAAGAAACAGAAAAAUGAGCACAGCUUAAAUACAGUAUUUAAGGACCAAGUAGUUCUGUGUGUUAUUAUUAAAGGGACUGAUUCAGUGUAACCUCAACCCAAAAAACUUUUAUUGAUUAAAGAUGAAGCUAUUUUUAUCAUCUCACUGUAUAGAAUAGAGGCUAGCCGAUCGUCUAGCCAAAAAGCGGAAUAGUUUAUGGUCUUUUUUUGGCAUAUAUGCGUGAAUGCUCCAGUUAGAUGUAUGUAUAAAUACUACAGCUGACAGCAGGCUGGCUUUCUCUCCAGAGGUUAAAGACAUUCCUGAAGUUAACUGUCCAGAUUAAAUUAGCACAUGGGGAGUGAUUGUCUGGGUGAAUAUGGCAGGCCAGCAAAGGACAACAACCUCCAUUGACAACAAGCCUCUGUGUGUUAAUAGCGCUUUGUCAGACUCACAUAUUUAAGGUUUGAUAUGUGUCCUUAAUAGAGAUAAUAUAACCCAUAUUGAUGUCCUCUUUUUAAGGUCAGUGUUGUGAUCAGUUUUUAUGAUGACCCGAGCUGCAUCUGCUUGCCUCUGACUGUAAUGGAUGAGUUAUGUCCGAGUGGGAUGUCUUCCUCAUUGCAGGAUGUUUUGAAGAGCUCCACGCUCAAUAAAUCUCCCUCUAUAAAUACGUGCACAAACAACAGCUCUCAUUUUGAACAUUAUCUAAAUAUUUAUGGUCCUCAUCAAGGGGUAAAACAUGCCUCUAUCUCGUGAGAGUUUUACAGGUUAGAUAUGCCAAAACCAUUAUGAGAGUUUUUCAAGGAUUGUGCCGUACUGUGCGAAAGUAUGUGUGUCAAUCCUGGGUCAAAUACCAUUUGCGGAUAAUUAUUGGUGUUUGUUUAACUUGCUUCAAGUACCAGAUGUUGAGUUUGCUUCAGGAUAAUUUUGACUGUGUCAGGUGAUUCUAGGAUUGCUUUUUAAACUCUUGUGAUUUCCUUCCCCGUGGUCAACGUGCCACCUGAUGAGGCAUGUCCAUGCCUCUGGCACACAGGACAAGUUAAGCAAACACACAAGAUUUAUGGCACAAAGUGUUUGACCCUGAACUGAUGCAUGACUUUGUGGACAGUUUAUAUAUCUGUUCAUGAUAAGAUCCAGUCCUUGACUUAUGAGAUUGAUUCAGCGUUAGCACAAGGAGGAUAUUAUCUUUAUGGAUUUAUGCAUGAUUUAAAGUACGGGGUACCGAAAGGCCAAGUCUACAGUCUUAAAUGGCUGCUUUACCUCAUAAAUACCUUGCUAAAGCAGCUUUAGACUAACUUUCCCAUGCAUUCCAUGUCUUUUAGAGUUGCUUAUAUGCGUGUAAGUGUUUGCUAUCAUGUAAUAAAAAUCUUUAUGGAUUUUGAUGCUUAUUUCAGUGUCUCAAAUGUGUUUUCCCUUGGGAUUCCACUUUGUGACUGCUCUGGACACUUUAAAAUGUUCUCACUCAGAAAGUAAAGCUUGUUAUCCUUUAGAUAAAUAUAGUUUAUGAUUCUGUCCUUGGUAUGAUAGGAGCCAGUGUGGAUCCUGGACAGACUUAGGCUUCAAUUUUCAUGCUCUUGCAAUUCUUCACGAUCCAGCUGAAGAGUUUCCCAAAAUGUAAUAUGUAAGCCUCUAUGGAAAAAAGCUGACAUUCAUCAGACAGCGUCUUUUAUAUAGGUUCUGAAUUGUAAAAGUGUUAGCACAUUGUCACACAAGGAUUUAAGAUACAUAUUGGUCUUUGAAAAAAUGAAAAAUUUCUUUUCAUUUUGUACGAAGAUAGUGAGUGAUGUUUGAAAAUGAAUAAAAAGGCUGGUCAGAUGCCCAAUUCACAUAUAACAUAUGUCUGUACUUGCAGAAGUACAUAUUUUCUCUGGCUGAUGUUUUUCUUUCUCUCUGUCUUCGCAGGUGUAGCAGAACCCAGCCAUGCUGAUAACAAGUAUAGGGUCAAGGCGGAGGGCGUGGGUCAGCGGGCCGUGCGUGUGUUCAAGUGUCUGGCGAAGGAGGCCACUCUAUUAUUUUUGCAUCGUCCUCGCCCUUCUUCAAUCUAAAACUGUCCUUGGAGCACUUGAACUCCAGCUCGAUGAGGAGCAACCAGCAGAUACUAUCGUUGGGGACAUCAGUGCCGGGUUACCGCCAGGUGAAAGUGCAAGUCUUUACUUUAUCUCGGACCAUGAAGGCACGGGCGUUGGCAACGAUCUCAACAUUGAUGAAACCACUGGAAUCAUAACCACUGCGCGCCGUCUGGACCGUGAGCAGAGGGACCACUAUAGCUUUAUUGCAGUAACCAUGACAGGAACCACGAUUGAGGUGUCAAUCACCGUAAACGACAUCAACGACCAUGCACCUGUGUUCCCCAAAAAGAAAGCUGUUCUCAAGAUCCCAGAGCACACAGCAGUCGGGACAAGGUUUUCGCUUGAGCCUGCUACAGAUGCAGACAAAGACCAGCUGACCACCCAGGGCUACGCUAUUCGAGAGGGAAAUGUAGGCCAGGCAUUCAAACUGGAGACUAAGAGAGCCGCCAACAAGGUGCUGUACCUAGACCUUGUUGUCAGUGGGCUGCUGGACAGGGAAAAACGUUCAUCUUACACCCUAGUCCUGGAGGCCUUUGAUGGAGGCUCACCUAGAAGGAUGGGAUCCAUGACCCUGGAGGUGACUGUGACCGACAUCAAUGAUCACGCACCGGUCUUCAAUCAGAGCAGAUACCAUGCUAUCAUCUCUGAAAGUCUCCCCCAAGGAAGUAGCAUCCUUCAGGUCAGCUUGAGUCCUGUCUAUAACCAGAAAGGGACUCUUAAUAAAACAAAAAAAUCUAGAUUUUGUAAAUCAGGAUUCUUGAGUUGAUGUUAACUUCAGUGUUUGACCCUCUGAUCUUUGCAGGUGUUUGCAGCAGAUGAAGAUGAAGGUGAUAACGGUCUUGUCCUCUAUGAGAUCAACCGGCGCCAGAGUGACCCUGACCGCUACUUUGUCAUGGAUGUCAAGUCUGGGAUCAUCACUCUGAACAGGCCCCUGGAUUAUGAACUGAAGAGAGUUCAUGAACUGGUGGUCCAAGCCAGAGAUAAUGCCAGCCACCCUGAGGUACGACCAUCAUUACAUAAGACAAUGUAUGCUUUUGCUGUGUGCCUAAAAUUACAAGUAACACUGUUUACUGAUCAUUUUCACAGGUGACCAAUGCAUUUGUGACCAUUCAUGUCCGAGACUACAAUGACAACCAGCCCACCAUGACCAUCAUUUUCCUCAGUGAAGACGGCUCACCAAGGAUCUCUGAAGGGGCCCAACCAGGUCAGUACGUAGCUCGGAUAUCUGUCACAGACCCAGACUAUGGGGAGUAUGCCAAUGUGAAUGUGUCCCUCGAGGGAGGUGAUGGGAAGUUUGCGCUCAAGACCAAGGACAGCAUCAUCUACCUGAUAUAUGUGGACCAAGUCUUGGACAGAGAGGAGCGGGAUUCAUACGACCUCAGGGUGAUGGCUACAGACUCCGGCACACCUCCUCUCAGAGCAGAGUCAUCUUUCACCAUUCAGGUGACUGAUGUCAAUGACAACCCCCCUCUGUUCGACCAGCAGGCCUACAGACAGACCAUUCCCGAGGUUGUCUAUCCUGGCUCCUUUGUUCUACAGGUCACUGCCAGAGACAAGGACCAGGGCCCCAAUGGAGACGUCAUAUACAGCCUCCUCAAGGGCAAAAACUCACACUCUGAUUGGUUUUCCAUUGACCCAGUCACGGGAAUCAUUACCACGGCAAUGGCUCUGGAUUUCGAAUCAGAGCCGGCUCCAAGUGUGACUGUGGUUGCGACGGAUAGUGGCAGACCGCCGCUGUCUUCCACAGCAAAGGUGGACAUAGUCCUGCAGGAUGUUAAUGACAACACACCGGUGUUCUCCAGCAACUUCUACAACGCAUCCAUCAAGGAAAACACCCCAGCUGGGACCUGCUUCUUAGAGGUAAGAGAAACCCAAGCAAAGUUUUCUCGACAGGCUACUUUUCCUCUAAUAUCCUUUAUCUUGUAGUGAGCUGCUGUUUUUAAUACUCAUGGUGCUCACUCUUGCAGUGUGUUGGACACAACAAUGUUGUCCUACUUAUGCAGCCAAAACCUAGUAUUCACUGUCUCCCCAGUACUCCCACCCCUUUCUUCUUCACUCUCCUCUCUCUUACACUCUCACUGUAAGCCCUCCCUGAUUACUCCCCUGGCAAAAGCAUGAUAGAUGCAUUAACAGAGAGGAGUUGGGAAAUCAAAGUCAUGUCUAAAAUGAAAGGCCAAUUCAGAAUCCUUCUGCUUUUGGAAAAAAAAGGAUGGUGCACUUGGAAAAACUGAUGCAUUGUGAUAUGAUUAAUAAAAAAGUGUGCUUUGAGAGAAGCCAUUCAGUGUGUUCAUCUAGAAGGGGAUUUAUAAACAUAUGAGAAAAUGAAACGGGGGAGGGGGGGUUCACCUGCAUUCCUAAAGCUACUGUGAGGAGAUUUAUUCUUUGCUGCUAUGUCCUCUCUCUCACCUCGUAAUGGUCGUCAUGGUAACCAAGCCAUCAGCACUGGGUGAGGCCUUGGUAUCGCCGCACUAUCUCAUGGCAGCACAGCUGUCUCACUUUUAUCUGGAUCUGGACAGUAGAAGAAGGAAAGAGGCAAGAGUAAAUAUCCAAGUGGUAAAAAAUUAAAAUGUACAAGAAGAGAUUAGUCAAAGUUGCAGUGUGUGGUUGUUGGCAAUGUUUAACCAGUGAGAAAUAGAAAAUAACAAUUGUAAGUUUAAAUUAGUGUAUAAUUACCUGGAUAUGAAAAACUGUUUUGUUUUUCUCAACCAGAAAUGAACCCUUUAUAUCCACAUGGACGUCUGCUUUCUACAGAGACUCGUAUGUUUCUACUGCAGCUCUGAAUGGAUAAAUGAAUGACAUAUGUGCACUGGUUGUGUGCAAAACAAUUGUAUUGAUUGAUGUUUUUGAUAGUAAAAACUUGACAAAUGGAGGAUCACAUUUAUGCAUCUUUUCCUCAGAGGGAAUCAUUGCUUCACCAACUGGUGGUUGGAGAAAAGGCGUGUUUGAAUCUACAAUGUGACAUAGAUGUUUCUACUACUCUGUGUAUCUUUAAGUUGUGGAAAAACUUGGAAAAGGAAAGACAAGUUGUGGAUAAAUAUAGCCAUUCCUGGGCUGUCUUUACAAUCACAGAUACAGCCUGUCCAUUUGUGAAUUAUUGAACCCUGUAAUUUGCUCCUAAUUAAACUGCUCUGUCCAAUUAUUAUAAGCCUCAACCAACUCAAUCAACCCCCUGGACCUCCAUUCCAGUGGUUGCAACUGUUGUAAUCAACUGUUGUCGUCUUUCUAAUCCUAGCCGGCAGUUAUUCUGGCACUAGGUGCAAGCUAGUAAUCCCAUGCCAGACAUCACGGGUGGUUUUUCCAGUAUGCUAGAGUGAGUGAAUAAGGCCUGAUUUGCUCAUUCCGGCACGUUCCUCAAGGCUCGCUCGAAACGAGCCAAGAUUCUCAGAGCGAGAGUCUCCCCACAGGGACUGUGAUUUGCAGGAUAAUUGUAGUUGGAGUAAACUUUUUCUCUCUGGACUAUGGAAUAUGUGGCCACUCAGAUAGGACACACACACACACACACAGUAAUGAAGUUAGACCUGACAUCAUAGCCCAUUAAUGGGUGUCGUAGGAGAUUUUUCUCUGUUUUCUGCAUUUGCUUGCCAACCAACUGUCGAGAUUAUGGAGUAUUAGGUAUUUACUCUGUCAAGAUAGUGACAAAGUGAGAAGUAGGGUCAGCUGGUCCACUGGGCCCAUUGCACAUUUUUAUGUGAUGUUUUUUGGCAUGAAAUUCAAGUUCCAUGGUUUUGCCAUGUUCCCAACAGGGUUAGACGAAGGCAGAAUGUUCUCAGUAUUGUACCAAUAUUUACAGUAGAUAACAAUCACCACUUGGCUUAGGAAUUAUUACGCUGGCCUGACUGGCGCGGUUUGAAUUUUGGAUUCUUUGUGUAAAAAUAGGGCACAAUUUAAAAACAGCUAAUAUCUAAAUAAGGAAAUAAAAUACCAGAGGAAGUGUUUGAAGCAAGAUGACACGAGCACAGAAGGUAAGGAGUGUUGCCUCUCUUUGCUUCCAAAAUUGAUCUUUGUAGAAGUUCAGUUUUUCUGUUUUAAUAUUUUUGUUUUUUUUUAUCUCAUUCUUAUUUCAAUUUCCUUCUUUUCUGUCGUCUUUUGUCACUUUUUUUUUUGUAAUGUCUCCUUUGCACACACACGCACAUACGGCGACACUGUGUAGGAAGUUUCUUAUCAGCUUUGCUACUGUAGUAAUCUGUAAUGUACUGCACUGUUUAUGCAGCAGCAACACAAAGGAGUUAUUUAUUUCUUGGUUUUCCUGCUUUCCUCUACCUCCGCUUCCUUAAAGUGUUUCCCAGGCUGGAGAGGUUAUGGUGCAUUUUGAGUGCGUGUGUUGUGUGUGUUGUGUGUGUUGUGUGUUGUGUGUGUGUGUGUGUGUGUGUGUGUGUGUGUGUGUGUGUGUGUGUGUGUGUGUGUGUGUGUGCCUGUACAUCCAUUUGAUUCAGGUUCAUAUCCUGUGAAGGUGGGGAUCAUGAGAACUGUGUGAACUCUGACCUGUGACGAAGAGUGGAGAACAUAUUUAGACAUAUUUUACGGUUUAAAAACGUUUAUUUGUAUUUUAAAGUUGUUGAAAUCACUUGAUUCCAGGGAGCUUGUUGGAUUAAGUUGAUGCGCUUUCUUAAAUAUUAUUCUUGUUUUUUUAUUUGAGUGUCUAAGCAUAUUUUCCCUCCUGUGUGGGUCGUACCCAGAAGAGUAUCUUUCACAUCCAAUGACGUGCUCAACUCGGGCAUGACCUAGUCACAGGGAGGUCAUUUCAAAUCUCACAAGCUGUGAAGACUUAUACGCAGGACCACUUUACUGAUGAGUUACUGGAUAGAAAACUUUUGAUUCAAUUAACAACAAUUCAGAAUAAUGUGUAUGAAUAAUUUGAAUUAAAUGAAACAUUCUACCCAAAAAGAUGGGAAAUUAGAUGUUUAAGACAGCUGGGAAGAAGACAGUGAAACGCUUUUUUUUCAUGUGUGGGUAUGUGUGCGUGCCAGUGUCAUCCAUCUGUGUAUGUGUACUUGUGUACACGAUUGAAGCCAUGAAACUAGCUUUCAGCAGGUGAUGAAUCUCCCUUGUGAUGUUCAGCAUGUGGUUUCUUGGUCAAGCCUGUUAAACAACAGUCAAUCAUCUUGGCAGACACACAGAUGUGCUCACCUGGGAGUUGUACAGAGACACGGCGAACAGCUUGGCAUGGCAGCUCAACAGUACAAUGGUACUGCACUGCAUGUUAGUUUCAUAUCAUGCUUUAAAGAUGAAUAAUUUGAGGAAAAGAGGAAUAUCUUGAUGAUUCAGGAUCUAAACUUAGAUACUUUAUUGUUAAAAGAGUUGCCUUUCAAAAGGGUAGGCAUAGAGUAUAGAUGUGUAAGCCAAGAUAGUAUUUCAUAGUCAUUUAGGUCUUUUAACGCUUGUUUUAAUGAUAACUCCUGUAAAUACCAAUAAUCAUUAGGCUAAGGCGGAUUUAAAGUAAGGGAUUAAAUCAGUAUUGUACUUGGGGAUUUUUCUUUAUGUUAUUUUUAUUUUAUUUUGGAUUAAUAGACCAUUGCAGACUAGUUCAACUGAAAGUACAGUCAUCCAAUCACACCUACAAUUACCUUUUGCAGCUCUUAACAGCUCUGAAGUGGAGAACAACAAAGACUUAAACACUUCAUGUUGUCAAUAAUGUAAUUGGCAGUCUGUUUCUACAGUUUGUAAUGCGUUGGUUUAACAGCUUUUAAAUAUGUUACAUCCUCUGUCUGGUGAGGGUUACCAUAUUAGAACCUGACACCAGUCAAAAUCAGCAGAUAAAAUGUAAGGUUGAGGAAAUAGUUGCAUAGCUUUUCAUAGUUUUAUAGACGACUGACUAUUUUAAAAUUGAAAAUCAUUGAAAAACCGAAACAUUAUCUCAAGAGAGUGUGAGAGAACUAGUGUUGCUGAUAUUCUUACAUGACUCAGAAAUAAAGCUGACCAGGGCACCAGUGCAGUUAAUUUGAUGAAGUGGGUGCUCCAUGUGCAAAGUUUAAUAGUUUUCAGUUUACCAUUUGCGACAGCCUUACGAAUUAUGUUUACGACUGCUGCGCUUCAAUGGCAUUUGCACAAUUUUCUUUUAUGUUGUUUGACAGGACUGACACAUUAUGUGUUUGUAAUGUGGAUGGGUCUAUUUGGAUAUAAGGAGGAAAACCUCCUUUUUUAAAAGUACCUCCCUGUUUGUGGACUUGGCCGAACAAGCCAGAUGAGACUUCCCUUGCACUAAUGCUUAUUGUUUGAUAGACAGAUGGACUGUGCUGCUCACUGAGAGGCUUUUUGGUAUUCAGGUUGAGAAAAAAAAAAUGGAGGAAAGACUCCCAAAAAAAACAUAUGAGGGUGGUGUGAAGGUGACUGAAAUAGAGCAAAAACAUGCGGGAGACAGGUUUCUUUUGACAGGUGGAGUUAGUCCUCCUGAACUUCCCACAAAACCGCUUGAAUAAACACAGCCCCUCUGCCUGUCAGAGCAAUCAGCUCUUUUUGGUUUGAAGUCCUAAGUCUGGGCCACAGUGGGUAAACUAUAUGAGGCUCCAUAAGGAAAGAGACUGAUCAUAUUUAAAAACAAACACACACACACAAAGGCACACUGAGACUAAUCGAAUUCGAUAAACCAAUAGAAAGAGAGACAUAAGGUGACUCAAUGAAAACAGGAAGGUGUUCCGCUUAAGCUUUCAGUAAUACCUGACCUGAGCCUCAGCUGGUGUCGCUGUGAAUUUUGCAGCCUUCGAAACCGGAGCUUCAUCCAGCCAUAGCCUUCUUUCUGAGGUUGCAUGCUCUCCCUCAACCCAGACACACAACACAGACACACUGUUGUUUUAUUAAGCUUGAAAUUGUGUGGGGGGGAAUUAAAUUUACUGUCUGCUUGAUGUCUUUCCCCCUGCUUAUUCUCUUACAGUGGCAGCUGGGCUUUGAUACGGCCCUGCUCUGUUGAAACUUAAUCUUGUGUGUUUUAAUUAGUCUGUCAGUGUGUUUAAUUUGCUACAAUCAAUAAAAGAGAAGAGAAAGGCUGCAAAUUGGAACGGUCACCGUCACCGCUUGAGCCUCGGGAGCGCCAAACAGGUGAUCGUCAACGACAAAUGGUUGGGUUCACACACAAACAGUCACCAGAGAGAUUGAAAAUUCGGUGAGUCGUUUCAUGCUGUUAACAGCUGGACUCUGUUCUGACACGCUCACUCUCUCUCAGGUUCUGUAUUUCGCUUUCUUGCUCGCUCCCUGGCCCUCUUGUUGAAUCACACACGUCUCAGCUGCCAGGGAUGUUGACAGGACGAGCGUGAAGAGGGAUCAGGAUGGUGUGUCUGCUAUGCAAGCUAUUCUCAUAACAUCCAUCAACACUCACUUCGAAUUCAUCACCUGUUUGCCACUGGGGGCUCAGAUACCAUGAAUGAAAAAUUCAUCUUGGUCUUAUGAUCACGCUCUGAAGCUUUUUUCAUAAUGAGGUGAAGUCUGGUUGUUAGCUUCUAAUUUUGUUUCUUUCUUUUAGUGUCUUUCUUGAGGUGGUUAUCAAUAUUUUUAACAUGUGCUCCUGCUUUGUUAGCGUCAUGUAGUGACCAGUUCAGUUCGGGUGACCAUACGUCCUCUUUUACCCAGACAUGUCCUCUUUUUAGGGGGCUGUCCAGCCUUGUCAGGCUUUGUCCAGGAAAGUUUAUAAAAUCCUUCAAAUGUCCGGGGUUUUGUAUAGAAGUUUUGAGUUUGUGUCACAUGGACUUAGAAGCGCACAAAAGCAACAACAGCAACGCGAUUGAGUUUGAGACAGUGAAAAUACAUAUGUUGUAUCUUAGUAGGUUAGCUUAUGAGCUAAAGUUACGUAGCACAGAUGAAAGUUAAAACAAAGACGUUUAGCAAACUGUUAAAGCACACAAACCAUCAUCAUAUGAGAGAUCUGACACUAUGACUCUCCACAAGUUGUCCUUUAGGUCGUUAUCUUUGUAAUAUUUGUGUUUUUUAUCAAAAAGCACUCUGUUCUCCGACACGUAAACAAUCAGUUGGUCAGCCAUGUUGGAUAUACCGGUGAAUCGCAACAACAUGAAAUCUCAUUGGUCAGAAGUGGACACACAGUAUGCAAAACUUAAGAAAAUUCAACCGUGAUACGAAAAAAUACUAUAUACUUUACUAUACUAUACUAAUGCUGAUUAAAUUGGAGCUUUUGGUUCUGAAUAGGUUUAGAAAACUAGCAGUUUCCUCCACAACCAAGUGUCUCAAUCUCUGGCAAGGUUGAAACUAUGUAGUCUGUCUAUCAGAUUAGUAGAAACCCUCUGAGUUUUCAGUCCAGAUUCUCCACAAUCUUUUUUCUGUCUGAGUAUUUUUUCGGUUGAAAUCAGCGUCUAAAGGCUAAUCAGGCAGACUUCUUUUUUCCUAAGCAUUUUUCUGCUCUUUGGUAGGUGUUGGGUCCUGGCCCAGGUUAGGUAAAUUAUUCCUAUUCCUUUCGUCUCUCCCUAAGAAGCAGUAGUUUGGUUCCAUAUCACUAGAUACUGGCAUAUGCUGUGUUUGAAACCUAUCACAGUGUUCAUUCAUGUGUGAUCUGACUGGGCAAUGCCUCUGUGGAGAGGAUGGCCUUACGCCUCAUUAAGCCCAAUACUCUGUACCAUAUGGCAGUGAAGGGUUUUCUUCUCUCACUCUCUUCUAAAGGGUUUUCUAUUCCAUUUCUUCACCUCAUCUGUUAGUCAGUAUCAUGCUUUCCAUUGUUUUUUUUUUCGGGGUUGAACGUCUCGCCUCAUGGGCUUAACAUUUAAGGCUCCUUACUGACCUCAACUUAGAGUUUUUUCCUUCUUUAUUUUUAAGGAAUCGACCUCCAAUCAGAUUUUAGGACCAGUAUGGAAAGUAUUUCUCUAUUUUCUCAGUUUUGGUUACUCAUAAGUAUGAAGAUGAGAGCCAUCAUGGUGCAAUGAUGUGUUCACAGUCCCAAAAAUCAAUUUUUUUAAACAGCUAAUUUUGUCCUACCUUUUAUAGGACCUCAUCCUGUCACAGUCUCACAAAAGCCAAGUUAUCAAAAAUUUUUAGUGCACAAAUAAAUAAAAAAAAGACAAAUUUUUUUAUUUUAUUCAAGUCUUACAAAACAGCACACUGGAGCCAUUUUUGGUCAACGAAUGUUUAUACAACUAAUUAUCAAAAUUGUUGCAGAUUAGUCCUUAACAAGUCAAUUAAUCAUCAUAUUGUUACAGCAUUUUCCAAAUAAACCCAACCGUGCAACACCACUGGCUGAGCUCGAACCAAUUCCUGGAUUUCAGGAUAUUAAACUAAACAAGAACAGAUUUGAGUGUUUUGUAAAGUGGUUUGUGAUUUGCAAAUACUUGUUCCUUGCAAAGUGGACCCAUUCACCUCGAGCACGGCCAGAGCUGAGAUACGGCUUCGCUCUGCUGUCCAACACAGAUAUCAAACAUCUGCAGGCACAGGAUCUUUCAUACACAACACAGACUGAGUUUAAGCACACAAACAUGCACAGGUUUUCUGUCUCUGUCCCUGUCCUAUCUCACUAUCCCAGCUCUUCUGUUCAGCUUCUGCAUUGUGUUUCUUUUCAAACUUAUCUGCCGCCCAGACGCCCUCUCUUUCUCCGUCUGGGGCCUCCAUUUUGUCACAGUUUCAUCCCCUGUUGCUUGACUCGUCCCCCUUCUUUUCACAGCGGAGUUUGAGGUGAGAAACCCACAUGCAUGCACACAUACACACUGCCAUGCGUUGAAAAUGAAUGUGCCGGAAGAGUUGCACACACCCGACACAUGCGAGCGGCAGGUGAUCCCGGGGCUCUCUGCAGUUCAUUUGGUCACACUAAUCCAAUUUAGUGACACACCGAGUUAAGUUGGUGUAAAUUAGUAUGCUUCCUGUGUUUCUCUAGAUUGUAUUUGCUUUGGGAGGGGUGCUGCAGUUUGGGACAGCAGGUGGUCAAUAAGUUAGGGGUGAAGGGCAGUGAAAGCGCUGGUUUCCCAGUGUAUCAGAUUCUGUCAUUACUGCUUUACAGAACGAUAGAUGUUAGAUUUGAAGUCACUGCUGAGUGUGACCAGACAUUUCUCUUGAAUAGCUGAGUGAAAUUGAUCUGAAAUAUGUGCGUAAUUCAUGCAGUUGCAGUCAUUGCCCUUUGUUGUGUUCUUGCACCACUCUGAGGCAUGUUUCAGAUGUCGUUUGUGUAUUUGUGUGAUUAACGGUUGCAGCAGCAGCGGCAGCCUUGGAGCUGUUAUCAGGCUGACUCUACACCUCCGGUGUUGUGCCUGUCCCAGCUCUCUCCACACCAUUUAUUUUUCCUCUUAAGGGUCAAAGACUGAGCGGACCCAACUGAUAUUUGUUUUCUCAAACGAGUCAACCAUUUAAUCAUCUCACUUGUCCUUGUCCUCUUCCUUCUCAUCUUAGGAAGUCAAACCUGGAGCUUAACAGGGAAAGCGUGGUGGGAAACAUUGGUAUUCCAGACCAAGUGUUGCAUUUAUGGUGCCAAAAGACACAUUAUUAAACAAUACGGCUGAUCUUGCCUGGUCUAUAUGAGAUCACAGUAGAGGCACCGACUUACAAAGAGGAUUUUAUAUUUAAUAUGGUCCACAUCACGUCUCUCACUCUCUUUACAUCUCCCAGAUGCAUUUCUGUCAUGCGUGCACCUCAUAUUGUCUUUUCUUUAGACUUGAGCUUUUAUAAGGAUAGUUCUCACCAUGAGAUGUCUUUUAAAGGUUAGAGCAACACCAGAGAGAGGGGGAAAGAGUUUCCACUCUCCCACAAUGGAAUAUUUUAAGAGAAUUUCUUACUACUUCCCACCUGCUGAAUAAAACCCUUGGUAUUCCCCCUUUUGCCCUCUCUUUUGCUUUGCUCUCUACUGGUUAAGAUGAGAUUAAACAUUAGGGUCAUAGUAUUCUAGACUGGUCCUGGUGCUGAGACAGGUUUCUGAAGGCAUUGGUCUCACAUUGAACCAGAAAAAGUUAUCUACGAAGAUAUCUGACGAAAAGUAGUCAAGACCUCAUUUCUGAGGAUAUCACUUUAUGUGCGCUGCAUUUUUUUCAUUUCCAUAAUUUCUUGACAGUUGCUUCAAAAUCAGCCUCAUACUUUGUCUAUUUAUCUAUUUGUGAUUAAAUUUAUUGUUAUGUUGCAGUAGGUUUAUUAAGCAUUUCUGAUUAGUUCAAGAAGAGACAACAUUUUUUCAAUCCUGAGCUUGUUAUUUGACUGCUACUGGCCUUGUCUUUGGAAGGACUCAGUCUUUCCCUGCUUUGGUCUUGAUCCUGACUUAGUCUCAGUUCCUCAGUUCCCCGUUUGAAUUAGCACAAAGAAUCACAGGAUAUGUUGGAUAUUCAGAGUAGCCCUGUAAAAGUAACCUGCAUUUGAAGGACACUUUAAAGUGGAAUUACCUUCAACACACCACUGAGAUACAAUCAAUCUUGGAUUGGGUCACGGCUUUGGUCUUGGUCAGGUGACGAUUUUCCCCAUGUUCGAUUGUGUACCUCAUAUACAGAGACUAUAGUCCUUGUUUGGCUGUAAUUUUGGCUCUUUUUUGUAUGUCAUCUCCCACUUUCUUCCCUGAACAUUUUAGCGUUAGUCUUAAAUGGGGGACAUAAUGGCCCAAUGACUUGGUCUUGGUUUAUCUGGUCUUGAUAAUAGUUUAAGUGAACAGCAUUAAAAGGUAAAACAACAUCAAAACAGCUCUACGUGUAGAUGUGUAGAUUAAAUUAAAUAGGUAUAAAAGAGACAAACUGAGAGGUACAAUACUGUUGCACUGACUUUUAGGAUAAGAAAGAACCACAGAGAAGUUAGACUUAUUUCCACUGUGGGUCUCUGUGCAUGUGAGUGUACAUGAGUGUUUGUGGUUGCUGGCUGUGGUCUGUCAGACGGCGCUGGAAGGACUACAGGAGUGGAAAUAACUUCACUAUUUGCCUGGGCGACUGCUGUGAUUUAUUUCGAUGAGCUGGACAAAUCUCGGGCUGCUGUGGGACAAGGAUGAAGAAAAGAGUGAUGACAACAAUAGGAGGGGCGAUCAGAAAGGAGAUGAAAAUACUGGAACGGCAAAAUUAAUUGACCAAAGAAAAACGAUUAUCAACUUAUUCUUCAUCACAAGCCUCUGUCAUUUCCUGUCAGCAAAGUCAAUCAUAUCUUCGAACAUGCUCUUUGGAUUCUCUGCGCCGUGGUGCUCUGGACUCAGUGAACCUAUCCAUGCAGAGCAAACAGGAUAUUAAUUUAAUAAACAGCUGUAAACCUCAGCGUCUAUUUCUUGUCAAACUGACAACCACGUCAGUGGGUUGGAUGAUUUUGGAGUGACCACCGUGCAUAUUGCUGUCUUGUCUAGCCUUUUAUUGGGCCAAGGUCUAAGAAAUCAAUCAUUUUAGCGCAAAUGACCAAUAAUAUUCUCUUGAAUUAAGGUCCACUAACAUUAAGACUAAUAGAAACCUAUAAAUACAUGUGCCCAAGCUUUCCAUUCAUCAAUAACGGUUUGAUUAUUUCUCUAAGCUCAUGGGUUUAAACAUCCUUGACAGCUUUGGUCAAUCAAAAUUGUGCUCCGAGCUACUUUCCGCCGCUUCAGGGUGGUCUGACUUUUUCUGACCAGUCUCCCUGUAACUCAUUAUUAGGGAAAAGGGAUUCUUCAUCCUGCCUGUCACUCUUUCUUUCAUUAUUCCCAGUCUGGGAUUGGUGAAAACACUUUUAAGGACUACUGCACAACUGAGAUUUCUGUUAUGAGAGAAUGUCUUGCAGUAAGAUCAUUCAUAACCUGUUUGUGUUGGAGAUGUGAAAGGAAUCCUGGAUGAAUCCUUCUGACAUGAAACAGUAGUAGCUUUGUUGUUUUUUUAACCUCACACUGAGUACAUUUACAGGCAUUUGGCCCAGGCAAUAGGUGUUGGCCGAGGUUAGGUAAAUCAUAUGUUUUGGCCUGUCUUCUAUCCCUCUGUUGUAAGUGAUUUAACUUUUAUGGUAAGGAUGUGUCAGAUUUAAUGUCAAUUUAGGAGAACCAACAUUUUCGGUGUAUGUGGGCCAUAUUCAGCUCUGUGGUUUUGGAUCAGUUUUACUGCAGCCUAACACACUCUGGUGCGAGGGCAGGGUUAAGGAAGUUCCUUAUACCACUUGGAAUAAAUCCCUUGGUUUGGAAAUAACAUCUUCAUCUUGCAACUUUAGCAGUCGAAGAUUGACUGGAUGACACUCCUAAGUCAAAGUACAUAUUACCAAGCAGCAGAAUGAAUGUAUUUAACUGUAUGCACAUGAAACCUAUUACUAUCACACGUCUAAGACCACUUAACACUUCGCCCUCUUUAAUUUGAUCAUGUCCAAUUUAUGGGAUCAAACAGCAGCCUUCUUUAAAUGUUGACAUCCAGUGUCCUAGAUGCUGUCACUCAUUGCAGCUUAAUGCUUUCAAAUCAUGAUUUCAACACUGCGUCACUUUUGGGCUAAGAGAUAGUUUUGAAAAGGAAAAGGAAAUCUUUUUUUAUUAGAUUUGAUGUCUCACUCAUGUUUUUCACUCAAAGAGGAAGGGGAAAUACUUGUGGUUCUUGAUUUCCAAGUAUGCUUUUUUUCUUGAUAUAUCUAGAGUUUUAUCAUUGUCAAUGUCACUAUGUCUUUUACAGGCGGUAAUUUGUCUCUUGGUCUUAGUACUUUUGUCUAAAUUAAAGCUGGAGCAUAUCUUGGAUGUUGACAAGAGGUCUUCCUGAAGCACUCUUAUUAUACACGUACAGAGCUGGACAUACAUUCCUGUCUAUGUAAACAUGCUUCCCCACAAAGAUUCUGACUCGUGCACUUUGGUAAACACCCACACCACAGGCAGACUGUUGGGAGUUAUUUGUACUUUGCUCCGGGGGACAAUUAUAGAGGAGCUGCUUGAUUGCAAGAAUCUUAGAGUGCCAGAUCUGCAGCUCCUAUACCGGAUACAAAAGCCUAAUGUAAAUCCAUGGAAGGAUACUUUCUCCGCUCGAGCCUUUGUUUCUUAUCUAAAGAACGGUUCUUUUAAGUCGGCCAGAUGGAGAAACUGAGAUCAGAGGAAGUGCAGAACAGAUGAUUCUGCUUACUUUGAGGAUAACAUGCAACACAAACUACACCACACACUGUGUGUUGUAAGAAAGCAUGCAGUGAAUUUUAUAAGUUAAUGUAGUCUGAUCUUGAAUGAUCAAAGUCAGGGUUUUAGAGUUGUAGCUUUGUAUUAACUGCAUGUAGAAUUAGCAAACAGAGGUUUUAUAACGGUGCAUGAACAUUUAAUAACUUCACAUUUACAAUAUUUUCAAGUAUGAGAAAAUGAUUUCAUGCAGUUUUUGAUUCAUGUUGAUCUAUUCCCUUUUAAUUUACUCACUCACCUACUUUCUCACUGGAGUGUUGCAUGCUGAAAACUAACAAGGAGCUUGUCUGAAAUCUGAAUAUUUCAACAUUGAGGUUGUAAGGAGCUGAAUACAUGGUUGAUUGAUAUUGAAGAGCUCUGGAGGGAGUGGCAGCAGGCACAUUUUGAAAAGUGAGCAGGGAUGUGAUGGGCAGAGAAGAGGGAGGGAUGGAAAGGAUGCAGCAGCAUGUGGUGUGAAAGCAUGAAUGCGGGAUGCAGCAGAGGUGCUGGUGGUUACCAUGACAAUGAAAGACGUAGAAGGAGGUCAGAGGAGGUGGGGCCAAGCUAAUUCAUCACAGCUUACUCGCGUGUGUGUGGAAGUAUGUGUGUGUUUGUGUGACUUCACCUCUAUAUUUCUAGGUAUGCCCUUGAAGCAGACAGUGUCUCUUCCAUGUACACCAUUUACACACAUAUUACUUGAAUGCUGUGCAGCGCAGGAGGGGAUUGGAUGUGGAGCAGACUGGUAGGCUGACCAGACAUGCAGGUCAUACAACAGGGUUUCCUGUUAAAGAGGGUGAGAGAGGACACAAAUACUUCUCCUUUUUUUUUUGCUCUUGUGUUGCCUGUCACACUCUCCAUUGUAACAUGGCUUUAUCUUCUACAACAUGCUGGCUGACAACUGUAUCGCAACAUGCCACAAUGCUGCAACAGAAAGGAAUGAAAAGGGCUGGAAGGACUGCAGACUUUUCUUUCUUCUCAAAUUAAAGCAACCAGAUGAGAAUGAGUGCAAUUUGAAAUGUGCAUGUACUUGUGUGUGUGUGUUCAUGCAUGUGUGUGCAGAGGUGGGAUCUUCCUUUCCUUUCAAAGGUAUUUUUCAUGGCUAUCAGGGGAGGCGUAGGGGUCAUGUUAUUGCAACUGGGCAAAGAGACGAGCUGGCAGACCCAUUGUGUGAACACUCACCAUGUGAAGGAUGAUCCCCAUUACUUCAUACCAUAGACUGUAGUAUAGCAUGCAUGUGCAUUUUUGUAUGGGUGUGUUUGUGUGUGCGUAUGUGUAUAAAGGGGGGUGGCAGGGUGGGUUUUCAAAGGGGUUGGAGCCAAUGUGCAGUGGUAACCAUGGUAACAGGACUCUCAGGACCACAGGGAAGGAGUACAACAGAGGAGGAGGCGGAGGAGGUGGAGGGGGGGACAUGGGGAGACAGAAGGAAUUAUUGGGGAGAGGGGUUGGCGUCUGUAUCUGAUGAUAAGCAAUGAGGUAAAAUGGAACACACUCUAUUUUUUGGGGUCCACUUUAGAAAUAUAACCAGCUGCAAAAUAUGGCAGGGCCACAUUAAUGACCAGUAAAAAUAAUGUCUUUCACUCUGGUAGGAUUAGUCUUUAUAUUUUUCUGCAUAAAAAAAUCUUAAACUGUGCCUUUACACAUGUGAUAACACCUUUUUCUCAGCUCCCAGAGUUGCCUAGUAAGACUUUAAAUUUCAGUAUUGGCGAGUAUUGGCCCAUCUGCAAAUAAUGUGCCACACUCUGCUGUUUGGCCAUAUCUAGUUCCUAUUAAUAUCUUCAUCUUAAUAAUUAAAUGGUGGCAACCUAAUACAACUAAAUGUGAAUUCAGAGAAGAGAGCUUUUAUUGUGCAGAGGAAAGUCACCACUUGGAUAAGCUUAGAUUUUCUUUUAUGGUUAAAUUUGACAGAAAAUGUUCACAGUGUGGGAGUAUAACACCAUCUCUGAGAUAUAUCAGCAGCAUGCGGUUUUUAAGAUGUGUACCAGUGACAGUUUAAGUGGAGGGAGAACUAAAAAAACAACACUGACUUACAUCAAAUUUCAUAGCUCAAUGAAAAACAGACAGAAAGGAGAAAAAGAACAUUAAAUAAAACAUCUUUUUCUGAAUUGGAUAGUAGCUUAUUUUUUCACAUUUAACUUUGGUUUCAGCUACAGUUUUGGCAUCAAUGUUAGUAUUUGCAAUCAGCAUUGGUAUUGGUCUUAAUAACAGUAUCGGUAUCAGUCUCGCUUGUCACAAUAGACCCAUUUGUGCAUUUGUAUGCGCUCAGCUUGGUUUCCCAUCAUCUAAAGUCAAGCUUAAUGUGAGGUUAACCAUGUUCUUCCAUCUGCAAAGAAACAACAUGUGCGGGAUUUUAUUGGCAUCACCUUUAAACCCCAUGUGGUCUGCGGCUGCUUUGAGGUAAACUGAGGUAAUGUUGCUUUCCAAAACUGUAAAUACUCCGAGCAUGAGCCAGAUCGACUGGCACAGCAGUAGGUUCGACCUGGUGGUUUGAAUUAGCAGAAAGGUAAAUUCACAUUCAUUAUAUUCCUGUCUGUUUUUACUCACUGCGUCAUUUAUUUUCUUGCUUAUCAGAACUGAAGGUUGGUGUUUUUCUUCUGCUUUACUUCCUCUCAUGUCUCUUUGAGUUUCAGUACCAAACCCUGACAAGCGCCACAUAGACACACACCAUUUACACAGCCUCCAACUGUGGCUCUAAAAGGAGUCCUUUGUUUUCUUAAUUGUUAAUGAAACAUGUCACUCUCUUUGAAUGGGACACUCAUGUGCCAGCUGCCGGCUAUCCCAACUGAGAAAUGGAGUCCUUAUUCAUUUAAUUUAAGGCACGAGCCCCUUCCCCCCAUUUGAAAGACCGAUUUAAACAUGCUUGAAAGAUCCCCCUCUCGCACACACAUAUGUGCAUGCACAGACACACAAUGAGAAGAGGAUGAGGAAAAGUGGGUUCAAUCUUUUGUCUGUCACAGAGUGAGGCUGGAUGGAUGACCCCCCCUCUUCUUCUUCAUCUGGUAACAAUCACCUCACAGGCUGCCUUAGCCUCUCUGCUUGUGUGUGUGUGUUUAAGCACGUGUGACGCUCACAAGCAUGUAGACAUUAGGACAAGCAUGUGUGUGUGCGUUCAUGUGUGUGUUUCUAAUCCCAGAGUGCCACUAGGAAGCCCCAUCCAUCCCAGUGCUGUCCGUAAAAUAUGAAGAAGGAGGAGAAAGAGGAGGAGGAGGAGAGGGAGGGAAAAUGGAAAACUACAACAUGGAAUGGAUCGGGCGCUUUCAUUCUUUCCUUUUUUUCUUGUGGGUGAUUAUUCUUUUAUAUUUAUUUGCCCAGCAGACGUCCAAUAACACAUCCUCCAUUUUGCACAUUAGUCUGGCCUCUCUUCCAGCUGCCUUUCCCUCUCAGUGUGGAGUGGAUGUGAACCCCAGUGCGUGGUCCAGGCUGCCCACAGCUCCACACAAUGCCCACCUUUAUUUCACACCCCAGGGGCAAAUUCUACCGCUUGUUCCUUGAUUAAUGCAGCAAGAUGUUUUGUUGAGGAGGGUUCAUUUAGCUUCAUUAAUGUCCUCCCGCUGCACAGCCUUGAAGACACAUAAUUAAGUCUCCAAAUUCAGAGCUGUUUUUAUUAAGUUAGGACUGUAGAGAGCGAGGGUUUGAACCCUGACUCAAAGUCCAAUCACUGGUUUGUUUGGCAUUUCUGUAGCAGGUGUUAGAUCUCAUUGAUAGAGAUUAGAUCUCUUUGCAGGGUGUUACAAAAAUCUUUACUUAAAAUGAAACAAAUAGGGGACAAAAUCUGGGCAGGGUCACUUUUCAAAAUGACUGAUUUCAAAGAGGUGUUUUUUUGAGGUGAUUCAUACAAGACCUUCACCAAAUACUCUAACCUCACUCUUUCUAAAGAUCACUAUCAAACCCAACGGCCAGGAAAGUUAAAAAAAUUACAGAACAAACACAAAUGCACUUCCUUUUAUGAAAAUUUUCAUCUUAUAUUUGUCAACUCACACAGCUGAUCUGACACGUUGGACUGUGCAUAAAAACAUAUUACUAGAAAGGGCUGUUUAUAUCAAAAUGAAGUGGUGAAAAUAUCCCAUAAUAUAUUAUAUCAAUUUAUUUAGGACUCUUUAGUAGCUGAACUAUUUGUUUUGGUUGACCUUAUCUUUGGCAUUUUCCAACUUGUAUGUUGGAGCCAAGUGACAACAACUAAGUGUUCAAAAACUAAGCCAGUGUGUAAAUAUGAAAAACUGCAAUUCUUUGAGUGUCCACUAGAGGCUGGUCCCAAAAGCUCAGGAAUACCCAUUGACACCCACAUUGAAGUGUCUAUUUUAAAGCAGAAAUAAACAUGGUACAAAACAAGUGUUAAUCUGAGUAGCCACUUUUUUUUACAUACCGUAUAAGGGGGGGAUUAGUUUUUAGCAUAUUAAAGAUAAUUAGUUUUUGUAGCACGGCUAAACUAGUUGACAGGUGGUCUCAUUGUAGCUAUUAGCCAAGAGGUUGAAGGUCUGCUUGUAGACUCUAUAAAACAUGGUAGUCUCAGUGAAAUACUGUGUUUUUCCAUGGAAAGACACAAAAUUGGAAAUGUAGACUCAAGACUGCUGUUGGUCAAGCUAGUGAGAGGCAGAGACGUGGAGUUAGGCAAGCCCUUGGACUCCUGGCUAUCAGAUAUUACGCCUGCCUCCUAACUCCUAAUUACACAAAACUCUUCACCUUAAUGACCACCAUUGUUCUGCUUCAAAACACAGCUUCACAAACCAGCAUGUUGCAUGUUUUGUACAGUAUCUGGCGGUAAACUACUGCUGGCUUCUCUCAACAGGAAUUUAAGCGACUGUUAUCACCUCUUCAUAGUUCAUUUACUUGUGAUAUGCACCCCAUUCGACCCCACUUUAGAAACCAGAACUUUCCCUAUAAACCGCAUCCCUCCGUAAGAUUUACAUUUACACUGAAGACAAAACAGGUUGCCCUAUAUUUAGAAGAAACUUGUCUAUUUCCAAACCACCCAUCUUCACAUCAUCUCAUUUUGGUUUCAGUCAUGGCUCCAGCUCUGUGCACCGUGUAAUAAAGUAAUCUAACUUCUUCUUCCUCCAGCCAGCUCAUCCCAGUGAUUUAGAGGACUCUAGUCAGGUCCACAUUUUCACAAGGUUAGGUUUGAUGAAUAAGACCUCUUCUGGCACGGCUCUCUAGGCGUCCCGGAGUAUAAGUGUGUCUCUCUCCUUUUUCGCCUUACAUCAGUGAGUCAUGAUAUACACCAGAGAGCAUUUGGCUGGAAUCCUAAAUGAGAUACACUGGGUCGCUAGGGUGACAGAUGAAAUUAUGCACUCGUUUCUUCAGGAUGAGUGCAAAGAGAAAAAAAAAAGAUGGAUCAAAGCUGAAGUCCUGGUUUGCUCCGAGAAGAAAAUUGAACUUUGAGGAUUUAAAAUAUUCAACUAAAAUAGAAAGAGUUCAACUGCGCACACACAAAGAAAUAGAAGAGGAGAGCGGAGAGAUGAAAAUUAGAUGGACAGGCGUGCAGGUGAACUGGCAAACAGGCUACACACUCGAUUUCAUGCUUUUUCUGUCUCAAUAUCUUGGUAUAGGAGGUUAAGGCGUUGCUGGUGGUCUGUGCGGAGUUGGCGUGCUGAGUGUUCCAUUAAUCCCACUAUGUUGCACAAUGCCCACACACACACACUAAUGAACACAACCAUGCAUACAUGCACAUACACACACGAACACACUAACUGAACAUCAAGCGGAGAUCGACAGCCAAGAUAGAGGGGAGCUGUGGCAAUUAUACACCUAAUAAAUCAGUCAUUCACUCAUUUUUGUAUGUAUGCACUCACUGUGUUCCCUCGCCCCUCCCCUGACGCUGAUGACCUCUACACCCACAUUCAUACGCUAUAUAGACACACAUAUUCAUGCAAGAGCACCAAUAAUAAGGCUUGUAUAAUCACGUUCAUUGAGGGGUCACCUUUGCUGGUACAUAUUAAAGCACACGCACUUAUUUCAUUGCUGACAGCUGGUUUAUGGAUUGACCUCAGCUCGGUUCCAUGAAAAACAACAUAUUUUAGAUCUAAAGACAGCCUUCUGUAGAUUCUUCACUUGGGUGGAGUGAUAGAGGAGUGGGUAUCUAAGAUCUGGAUUAAGGGCGUAAACAUGCUGGCCUGGUUAAGCCAUCGGUCUCCCAAUUUUUUUUUUAACGUACCAUAGAAGAAAGACGGGUGGGGUUCUCCCUGUCCUACACUAAGCCAGAGGCUGGGCUCAGCUUGGCAAAAACAGGAUGACUGUGUCAGAUGUCCCGAGUUCCUCAGGUGUGAAAGACAAAGGGACAUUUACGUCCUGACACGUGUGGCAGAAUUAUAGCUGACAGCUUCAUCCUUUAGGCUUUGCCGCAACUUCCACUGAAAUUCAAAUUCAUGCGAGACGGAAAUAGAAAUCUGUGAAAGAAUAUAAAGUCUCAGCUGACAUGCAGGAGCAGCUCAGCGUAGUGUCAACCCAAGUCAGUACAGAACCAAACCUUUGACUUACAUUUAACAAAAGUAAAUCCAUCUAUGUCAUUGUCAGAUAAACAGCAAAAUGUGAGCAGCAGCUGAGGUAAACAUUGUAAAAAGACAAAGAUGAGAUGAUAUAAUACAUGAUAUGAUAGAACUAUCAUCUGAUAAGUAUAAGAAAAGGACAGAAGGAUUCACUCAUGUAACUACUCGUACAUGAUUUUAAUGUAAAUCAGACCAGACGGUUUGAUUUUUGAUGCCAUGAUUAUUUCUUAAUCUGCCGGGGUUGUUUCAAAGUGAUUUUGGCCCCACAUAGAAGAAGAACCCCUCAGAGACUUCUCAAGUGGCCUUUCUAGAUGUCUAGACCCUAGUUUGGGAACCCCUGCUGUAGCCUUAACACCACCUUGGAGAGACAAAGGAGCUGGAAGUCAGGUUUGGUUAGCCGACAGACCACAGAGCCACGACAGGGGUAAUGUGAGACACAGGCUGUAGCAGACCUAUGGAAACGGAGAGACGUUCGUUUAUAGUCCAGCUAUAGAGAUUUAAUCUGUGCUAUUAAGCUGGCCGGCGGCGUCCCUCUGCUGGUCCUCUCUUAUGGGAAUUUUCAAAGGGAACUAUUACUCUGAUUUACUACGGACAGGUUUCGAAUAGUCUGUGCUCUCUCUUCUGGUUUCUGAGUCUUCCUUUUACUCUUAUCUGUUUUAUCAUGGACUUGUUUGCCAAACCAGACAUGUACAUGCAUGAACCCACCCUAUACGGUACAGUUUGGGUUGUGUUUAUACAUGCAGUAAACCUCAGGGGGCUCCAUGUACACACAUGGGUCUGGGUAACAUUUCCCAGCAGGGUCCCUGAGGUUAAGGUCAGAAUCUCAUGUAACCCACUCCUCCCUGUUUUUUUGACUCCAGUGCCGCCCUCAAACGCUAGUCCAACGUCUUGAUCAAUUACAGCCAAUAUAAUCACAUGAGACCCCACCCUUCCUUCUCCUGCCCCCUAUGCCUUCUCCUUUGAGCAUGUUGGUCGUGGUAAAGUUGGCAUCGCUGCACAGCUGCUUGUCCAAUUUCACUAUGAUGACUAUUUCCAUUCACAAAAUCAACUUUUCCUCUUGUUACAAUCUCAAUAACUCAUUUUCUUCAUCUGCAUAAUUGGUUUAUUUUUUUAAAGAAGGAAAUUACCUUUUAAGUAAAAAUUAAUCUGUGAUAAGUAGCUGAAUAUUUCUCCCAUCUUUGCCCGAUUUUCUCUUUCAUUUGAAACACUUGGAAGUAAUCACACACAGCCAUCUGAACACUCCCACAUGUUCCAUCACUCAGUGUUACUGUUCGAGUAUUGAAUGGUGGGAAAAAGUGAAUUAUCAACAAUGAUCUCAGCACCGUAGCGCUGUAUUCUCCAUCUGGCAUAGAGUUUAGCACUGACCACCUCUAGGGUGAGUCAGUUGUGAGGAAAUUAGUUUAAUUACUGGUCAAUCUACAGUGAGGAGAGGGGACCGAGAGAGGAGACAUGAGGACUUUUAUCUGAUUUGGGGAUCGUAUAAAACUUGAUUGUGUUCGUGCCUUCCAAUGAAUAUUUUCCUGGUUUCUUUUGGUCUUGGUUUGUUCCGCCAGUCAUGUCAAUCUAUUUUUCUGUCCGUCUCAUCCUCUUGAUCCUUUUUCCCCUUAGGAAUAGCUUUAGCAGAUGUAUGUAAAUACACACAUGUGUGUGUCUGGUUUAUCCAUCCCUCUGAUUGGGUUAAGGCCUGGAGCCUAGGGUAGAGACAAGGGUGAGAGCUGGGUCUGAGGCCCACUACUCACGCAAGGUGGUGAGUUUGGACCCCAAGCCAUCUGUCAGCCCCCAGUCUUACUCACAUAAUGUACGGACUCAGAGGGAAAGUGAGGGCGACUCAACACUUUGGACAAAAAAAACAGUCUUGUUACAUAACGCUGCAGUUUACUGGAAUAAAGUCUGAAGUUCCAGGUCACUCUUUUUCUUGGAUUGAAACUUCACACAGUAAUUUAUGUGCUGUUUAAGUUUCAUGGCCAUAACGCUAGUACAAACUUUGCUGGUUUAGGGUGAAGUGCAGAGGCAUCGAUGAAGUUUUACUGUCACAUGCCCAAAUACUGACCUUUAUUUGACUCUGUAUUGACUUCAUAUUGAAAAUUGGUAGCAAGCUGGGAUGAACAGCAUGUGUCACGAUGAUGAUUCUUGUGCCUCACUUCCUUUUCCAUUUAUUAAAACUUAUUAAUCAUUCCUGCAGUCAUAUUUCAUUUGGAUAAUAAAUCUGGCCGAUCUAUCCUCUCUGAUGGCUUCCUUUUCCUACCAUGGCAGACUUUCUGGAAGAAGUGUCAAAUGCUAUCCUAACCAGCGGGAGAUUACACUCAUGUUUUCAUAAAACUGAACUUUUCCCAAAGAAGUAAAUUUGUUAUCCUCCUCUUCAUCAUUUUCAUCUGCCGUCUAGAGUUGAAAUCUCCCUCCUUGGUCAUAAACAAGUAGCUUAUCAUGUUACGCCGUCAUAAAGUUUGCUUCACAUUCAGGCCAAACUUCCUGUCACUCAUACCCAGCUGUCAUUCAACACUGAUCGUGAUCCUAGGUCAGCUCUGCUUUCACACAACUGUUUCAUUUAAACUGACCGGGAGUAUGCAUGUUUGCGUGCCGUGCAUAUAGUAGGUGUUUUAGUCUCCGUUCGUUUGUGUAUAAAUAUUAGUAAAUCAUGUGGAGCCUGGGCGAAGUGGAUUAAGUGUGCAGGGUGGUUAAAGCAGUCCUUUCCUGUCAUCAGUUGCUAAAUGGGAAGCCAGAGUUUGAGCUAUGGAGUAGUUUAUAUAUAAACAACUUAUACAUUAUCUAUUUAAAUCUCUUACGCCUCCGUAUAUCUUUGUGUACACUCUUCCUCGGUUAGUUAACUUUGCUGUAUUUUCCUCUGACAGUCGCAAGUAUUAUAAAUGAGAUGCUGACAAAGCAAAACAGUUGACUCUUUUAUUAGAUAAUCAACUGCUUACCAACUUAAAUUAAUGUAAGCUAUUGGGAAAUAGUUUCAAGCUAAAUUGCUUUAACAUUUACAAUCUCCCCCCUGUCUCUCUAUACUUGGUGUCUCCAUACAAACACUGGUGUAGAGUGACUGAUAGUGCAGUUUAUAAUGCUGACUGGCUCUCUAGUGCUAAUUGAAUACAGUCUCUCCCUCACCCUGCCAGGUCAUGUUUCACUCUGUCAUUUCAAUAUUUAAUGCCCCUUGUAGCUGCCAGUGCAAAAACAUUUACAGACCUAUAGAUCAUGUGAGGGCAGUUUAGGAGAACACCCUCUCGACCUGGGAUAUCAAAGCAUUUACGCCGGAUGGUUACACGAUGUUGACGCUUGCUGUAGCAUCUGAUCGUGCUAUUAAGUGUGUUUUUAUGCAGCUUUAACCUUGGCAUGGAAGUACCAGAAUAACUCCUAACGUCUCUGAACCUAACCACUCUGGAAACCAUUACCCAGAAUUGCCCUUGCUUCAAAGACUUAUCUUGCGCCCUGAGCCCUGAUGACGAAACCACUCUCUCACUUUGACUGCAUUUUUAUAAAUUGGGCUGAUAGGAAGAGAAAAACUUUUAGUGUUUGAGGAGAAUGUUUUCUGUCAGAAAAAAAGUUAAGCAUCUUUUUUUUGCCUUGAGAGUUUGAAGGCAGAGCUUAUCGGUACCUUGGCAGGAUUGUUUGCUCUGAAAUUCAUGAAAUCAAAGUUCAGAUUCGUCUCUGUUUGGUCUCAUUUGGUGAGGCCAUAGGAAUUUAAAGUUUAUAAAGUUCUAAGAUUGGUCCUCAAACAGAAGUCCAAUGGAAAUCCUUUUUGUACUUUAGACAUCAAGAGUAAUCUAAUGACUUCCUAAAGAAAUUGCACAGGCUUGCAGAUCUACUAUACUUAAUCUAGGAUAACAAGACCAGGUGGCUAUAACAAUGUCUGUAGUGAUAAGUAAAAAGGCCUUAAAUAGAAUCUAUAUUUUAUUUCUGUCUAUAAAUACAGCAAAUUCGACAACAAAUUCGACAAGAAAUACCAAAGUUCUAAUUAUUGAUUAAACCCAUGCUCUGCUCAAGGAUUAAAACAACUGUAACAGGUAAUAGGAUACAUGCUGACAUUUUCUGACCCAGUUCUCUCACAUCGCUCAUAUGACUGCGGUUGUCUCUCUGUGUAACUCUGACGUUGCCAUAGCAACAAACGAGGAGACAGCCACAUCAGGGGGGGGGCUUUCAUAAUCUGAAGCUUGACUUUCACCAGAACUGAAGCAUCAAUUUUAACACAAUUAGCCUCAUUAGUCUGAAUGUAACUGUAGCCGCACAUAAAAGCGCCGCACACAAACACUCGCGCUGACAUGAAUUAACCUCGUAGUCUCCUUCUGAACCAGGCGGUAUGAGUAAUCCAGAUGUGUCCUGUGAAUCGACUCCCAUUAUGAACCCAUGAAAGACCUUUUUUUUUCAUCUCAGCGUCUGUCUGAAAAGCUUUUCUGCUUUAUUAUUACUUCACACAGUUUCAGUCAAGCCUGGUACAGAUUGGCUUUCAUACCUUUUUACCCAACACCCUGUGCCGUCUAGAGAGCUCCCUUGUAUAAAUAUCCCUUUACAUUUGCACACCCAGUUUGUCUGUUGCUAUUAGUACCAUGCAAAAAUCCUGUUUAAUCAUGUUCUUGUUGACAAGCAUCCCUUUUGUCCUUGCUCAUAAUGAGGUUUGCCUUGUGGAGAGAAAUGAUGAGGGAAAGCCGAAGAGAAGGAUGCACAAAGAGAGAAUGCUCCAUGCAGCAAAACAUUAACUUGCUUGAAGCCAUUUGAAGGCUCCAUCCUGCACGCUGGUUAUAUUUUCUACAUGCCUGUCUCUGCAUAUGUGUGAGGGAAUUCUGUAUGUUGAUAGCUUAGAUGUGGAAAUCAAUGCUAUGCAACAUGGAAGUUGAAUGAGAGAGGGAAAAAAGGUGUCUGUCACCAAUCUUUUUAUGUGUGUAACAGGAGGGAGAAGAGAGGGAUGAGGAGGGGUGUUUGAAGAGCAGAGCGGAGGGACGUGUGUACGUGUUUCUCCUGGGGUCUUACUGUAAAAAGGUUUAAUUGAAUCCAAGCAGGAGAGGUGUGAAAUAUGUGUCAGCAGAGUGUGGCGAUUGUUGAGUCAUACUAGAAUAAGUGUCGGGUCGUCAUCUUAAAUCUGGAGGAAAAAAAGUGAUUUAUAGGAAUUUUUUGCAAGUGGCUCAAGAAAUACUGCACGGUUUGUGAAGGAAGAGAGCCAGUUUGCCUAUGGAUUUGGUUGUCACCUUUUCAUGACAGGAUUUAUGUCCUUAAGGGCUAAGCUACAUUUGUACCCCCAUUGGCUAAAAUUAGAAAGGGACAAACCGUUCACACGCAGUUUAUCAAAUCAGUCUGUCACAAACAGUCUUGUACCCCUGCUAGAUGAACGUGUGUCAAAAAAUAUUUGCAAAAGAAGGAUCUGUUCACAUGCUAAAUUGUUAGGCUAACAGCAUCAUGACUAUUUCUGAUGUUAUAUUGGGACCUGCAAUCUUGGCCACAGGAGCAGAGCUACUGAUCUCAACAAACUAACUGGGGAUAAAAGUGUUAAAAGUUAUAAAGUUUGCCUCAUUUAAAGGUGUUGCACUUUUCAUAGAUGCUUUAUUUCUCAGCAAAACAAUCACAGAUUUUUAUGCAUACCAUAAUUUUAAUGUAUAACUUAUAACUUGUACUUUUUUCCUAUUCUUUUAUUUUUUACUAUACACUGAAUGAUUUCAUUUUUUUGUAUACAAAUAAGAAAUGAAUUCUGAUGAAUUCAACCCUUGUACAAAGCAAGAUAAACAUUAAUCAAUGGCUAUUUAACUACUAUCUUUUUAAGAUACAUUUAUCAGCCAUAACAUUAUAAUCACCUUUAUGAUAUUGUUUUGGUUGCUCACUCUUUAGUUCUGGGCCAAAAAGCCUUAAAUUGAUGAGAUGUGGAGUCCACUCCAAACCCAUCUCCAAGAGCCAAGGUUACAUCCUUACACUCGCCCAUAAUUUCCUGUCUCAAACACGUCAACUUUGAUAGCAAAAUGUUUACUAGCUGUCUCAGAUAUUCUACCUGCUGAUAGGCGACACUGUAAAGAGUUGAUUUGUGUUACCCACUUCACCUGCCAGAGGUUGUAACGUUUAUAUUUGCUCAUGCAGAAGCAAGUACAGACUUUGUAAAUGUGUAUGCAGAGGCAGAAAAUGAAGUAAUGGUCCUGAGAGGAAAUUAUAUUAGAGUUUGAAUCACCAAUAGUGUUGCAUUCUUUUGAAAGAGAGUGUGUAGCAGAGGUGUGUGUUUGUGUGUUUGUGUGUGUGUGCUUUCUUGUGAUAUCUGCGCAGAGGUCCAGUUCCUGAGCAUAUCGUUUCAAGCAGAACUUCCGCUUUUUUGGUCCUAACAAUAGUGGCCACUUCCUGGUUUUAUCGCAUCAUUUCCUGUCUUGGGUCUAAUAGCAUGUCACACCACAGCAUCCGGUCCAAGAGGGUGGAAAUCCACCCCCAGCCCACCAAGAAAUCAAGGACAGGGUAAAAGUUGAAGAACCAGGCAAAACUAAAUCACUGAUAAAUUGAAUUAAGUCAUUGUUUGCACCAUUAAUCACGUUGUGUGCUCUCUCUAUCCACUAUAAGGAAACAUUCAUCCCCAACAUGAUCUGGUGGACAUCAUGCAAUUAGUGGACCAUUAAAUUCAAAUGUUACACUUGUUCUGCAGCAGUUCCUCUUGACCCUGUUGCUUCAAAUGGCAUGUAGUGACAUUUAAUCACAUUAUGAACUGUCUAUAUUUGGCUGUUUGGAGUUUAACUCAUUGUAUUACCAAAUUAAAUAGUAUAUUAGCUUUAGUCAUGUACUCAAGGUCAGGAUCAAAGUCUACACGCAGCAACACUGACUUUGAGCUAAAACAGUGAUUCAUGAGGUCACAUGACCAGUAAGGCUGCCGUUUUAACAGAUUUUAUCAGCUGUUGUCAACCAUUCUUAUCUUUUUUUAGGACCAAGGCUGCAGUCUCGGUGGUCUGCUCUAAAAGAAGGCCCAUGAAUUCUUAUCUCUCCCAUUCUCCCUUGAUAUUUCUGUUACUAUGUGAAGCAAGCAUUCAGGAAAUCUAGAAAAACUCGGCAAUGACAGAACAAUGAUACCUAGUUUCUAUCUAACAUUGCUUCAUCCCUGUUAAAUGAACUCAUGCCUGCGAGGCUGAGCCCGUCUGCAGAAUUUAAAUGGAGUCAUCUGAUAUACCUGGCUUACAGCCUUGUUUAAAGCUGCUGCAGAGUGUGAUGGAAGCUGUUAUGACUAGCAUUGUGCUAUGGGACAUAAUGCAGACGGAUCAGAGGAGGAGAAGCUUAACUAAGACACUGCUGACAAGUUAAUCUAGUCCCACUCUUCAUCCAACACUCGCUGUCAUGCCAGGUUAAUUGAAUACUGAAGUAAAGAUGAGGACUUUCAUGUUAGGCUUUAUGUUCUGCUGUUCUGCCUCAAACUCUCUCCCUGUCUUACAUCACAUCUUUCCUGGGGGCAUGGUUUAAUGAAAAUGUUACAGUGCUGAUGUGGCCAUGAUUCACUGAUUUUAAUCUUCCUGGCUGAUUUUCACAUGUAAUCAUGAAUUCUGACGUAAUGUAAAUGUGAAAUAACUUAACAGUAUUUAGAACAUUUGGCUGAAAGCUCAUCAAAUCUUGGUGCAAAUAUAAAAACUGGUCAUAUUGUAGGAUGAUGAAAAUGUAAAUUUAAUCAAAUUGAAUCUUGCUUUUUCUUUGAUACUGUAGGAUAUGUUUUAUUAUUGAGGCAAAAUAUCAUCCGUAUCACAUGUUUUGUUGCUUCACACACUUGAAUCAUUGUGCAUUCAUCAAAACUUGAACCUGGAGAAAUUUUUAAUCCUAUUCAAAGUAAUAGAUUUGGAUCGACCACAAGCAGCAAACUUGGUCAGCUAAUGAUAUUUGCUGCUACUUUGAUUAGAUUUACCUCUCUUUUGUAACAGCAAAGUUGAGUGACAUAACCUACAACAACUAUAAAUAACAUGAAUACAGCUUUAAUACAGUACUUCAUUUGUGAGAAUGUUUUCAGCCACUCUUACCAAGUAGAAAAACAAAUUUUAAAAUGGUUUGCUACUUAAGAAUGGCAAAAAGUAAAACCUUUUUAAUUAUUUUGACCAAGAAACCUUAUCUGCCGGAGUCAUGCAGUGUGUGCUUAUAAUAGAAAAGACGGAUGGUGUGAUUACGCUCCAAAAUAUUAAGGAUCCACUACUGACUGGCAGUAGAAUGGGUCCCAAAGUCUGCCUCCAUGUUAACAGGUGGGACAUGGGUCAAACUUUAAAACCACAGUACACAUCUAAUAAAUUCUACUCUGUCAUAAUUUCUGCCAUUGUAGUUAGUGCUUAUCAUGAUGAUUAAUGCCAAUCUGUUUACUUGACUGAAAUUUUGAGCUUUGAUUACUUAUUUAAGAGAAAGUAAGUGACUGGCAGCCUCAUUGACAAAGAUGCCCAUGCACCACAUCAGCAGAGCAGUCGAGGGAACUGUAAGACAGUACUGUGCAAUUACAUCUGUGUGCGUGUCCACUCAGCUUUUCGUCAUUCUUGGUUUUCUGAACCUGACACUGCUCAGUCCUGCCAAAACACUGAUGGAGGGAAACCCAGUAUCCACCAACAGAGCCAGUCCUCUAAUGGAAAGCGCUCUCAGUUGGCGAUCUGCUGCUGUAAGCCAAAAUAUGAGUCGUCAAUAUGCAUUAUGCUGAUGGAAAGAUCAGUUUUAACUUUAUUGUUUAGCACAGAAAUUGCUCUGAUAUGUUGAGUGCUCCUCAGAAGUCUGCGCAAGUCUUUGUGUUGGUAUUUACUCUGCUACUGUACACACUGCGGCCUGCUAUCUGUUUGUAUCUUUAUCCUUUGUUCACAGCAUUGUGUGUGUGCACAACUUGUGCAGCUCUGUCUGCCAGUAUGUGCCACAGAGAGUGUUUGAGAUUAGUGAGAUUAUCAAAGCAUCGAAUCAGAGGAGCCGUGUUUCUAGUAUACUGCCUCGGUUUACUGCCCCCUUGCCUUCUGUCAUCAGCCACACCUAGUGGAGAACAAAGGAUGUGGUGGCUGGCACUGACUGGAGCAAAUGAGGGAGGAGGAGAGUGGGAAGCAAAAGACAAAAGAGGAAAAACAAAGAUUAAAAACCUCUGGAUAAAUCGACCUGGCAGGGAAAGAAGUGAGAAAGGAAUGAAGGCUUAACAGGGUUUUUCCUGCUUUAAAAGGGUUUUUCUGGCUCUUCUCGGUCAGAUGGGGCCAGAUGAUGUCACAGGAAAAUGUUCAUAUUAGUAAUGGCACUGGCUGUGCCCGUGUUAGAUUGUGUGCUUCAUAAAGGUAAAUCUAAGACAUUCACAACCCCGUUAAUGUCACAUACAUUAAAUUUAAAGAGGAAUGUCAACAUUAAAAAGAAAUACAAGCUUUUAAUCUUUGGCCCUGAGCAAUUUAAUGACUGUAAUACUUAAACUCCAGCAGAAUAUUCAUCAAUAAAGAAAACAAAAUAAAGCUGGAAAAUCCCAAACAAAGCCAAACAUUUCCAUCUGUUUAUCACUAACAUCUAUUCUUCACAGCCUGUAUGUGUGGUUUAUAUUUGCUAUAAGUGUUGUUUUCUGAUUUUAAACAGCAGGAGUUGGAGUCUUUUUUUGGUCUGCAGCCCAUUUACAAACCACAUCCCUAUCCAGUAUUCGCUUUUGGAGCUGUCUACACUCAGAUACAAAACACACACAUUUUUGUUGGAUUAAAGAACAUAGUGCACAGAACUAAAAUGGUGCUCAUGUUUAUAUUUUCCUCUCAGAAUAAUGACUGAAGAUUAACCAUCUAAUUGUCCAUACAUUUUAGAUGCUCGUCCAGCGUUGCGGUGCCGCCACUGCUGACUGAAUGCACAGCAGAGGAAACGCAGCGUACCCCAACAUAACAGAAAUAAAAUCAAAAUCAACCAGAAAUAUUUUGGGGUUUUCUUGCCCGGUCAAAACCAAAAUGACAGUGGACCGUGGCGAAAACAUCCAGAAAUGAAUGCGACACACCCUCCUGGUAUAGUAAUGGACAGUAAACUGUAACCAAAAUUGAAAACAGAAAAAUGCUCAUCAAAAACAUGUUUUUAUAACCGAAACCCAGAUGCAUGAAUGGAGAGGGAGUUGGACGGAAGACGAAGUGUCCUCUAACCCAAUAUAAAGGGAGAAGAAAGAGGUCAAAUCAUUGCAUUUAGGCUUUUAGAUUUUAUCCUACUAAAAAUAUUGCACAAGUGACCUUAUGACUUCAAUCCAGUGAGGACAAAUUAUCAAUAAAGUCGGCCGAACAAAGACAAUUAAACAGAAAAUGAGGAUGAGAUUAAGGUGAGAAGGUUUUAAAAAGAAGGAAGCUCAAAAGUGAGCUUUUUUUAAGGGCUUUAAAGAGCAAUACUCUCUCAGUGAAAAGAUGAGCCAACAAGAGGGAACUUGGGGAAAGUUUUGGUUGGCCCCCACACACAAGGAGUCAUUGUGUGCCUUUAGUGGUUGCUAACUGAGUUUGACAAGCCUGUUUUGACUGGAUCCUCAGGGAGCUGUGUUUGAAAUAGAAAUUUACAGAAGCAUUUUGUUUCUAUUCUAUCUAAGAAGCUACUUCUAAAAAAAAGAGGGGACACGUACCUCUGUGUCUCAUGGAGGCAAAACUUUGCACGCUGGUUUGCAAUUAUCCGUUGUGAUUGCAAUUUUAAAUCGAUUUAAGAGAGCUAAAUCACUGCUCUGUUUGGUGUCAAAAUAGGCAAAGGCUGUGCAAGCAUGAACUCGCUCUGUAUCCUCCAUCAUGCUUCAUACUACCCUUUAAUCUCAGCGUACGUUAGGGUCAAGGCAGUAUGGUUAACCCACAGGAGGCAUGUAGUGUGCCGAGUCAACACACUGUCAGUAAUGAAAGAGAAAACCAAUAAGACUUUAAAGACAGAAGGGACCUCCCUCUCCUCCCCCUCACUUAAACGUUGUGUUCCCUUUAUCUCUCUGUUAUUUGCCAUCGUAUCUUAUUCCACGUCUUCUUUUUGCAGUUGUAUCAGUUGUCCCUCUUUUUUUAGUGCUGUGCUGAGCUGAAUGUGACUCCCGUGAUGGGGGGGAUCUCUGCUGGCUAAGGUGCAAGGCUGCCAUCUGAGCUGAUGUAGGGGGGCCGAAUUUAGGGGUGAGAAAAACACAAUCAUGUGGAUGCCGCAUGGAGGUCAAGUAAAUACAUUAUAGGGUAAGCAAACAGAGGGGGAGUGAGGGCAGAAGCUGUUUUUGGCAGCAGUGCAUCAAAAUUGGGGGAGGGUGAGUUAUGAGGGAAGCAGGAUGCAAAUCUGUCAUAGCAGGUGCAUGCUGGAGAAAUGAAAGUAACAAGCUCUGAUGUUGAGAAAUGAAAUGAACGUGAUAAAGACAAAAGUUGCAGUUCCUUAUCCUCUUAAAACAUCAGAACCCAUGUGUCCAUUUUCAGAGCAGUUACAAAAACAAAUUUGGUCUCUCUCAUGUCUGUCUUAUAACAAUUUAUAAUGGGGUUGGGUUCUUGAUAACUUGAUAACUGGUUUUGAUGAAAUUAAGGUCAUGAGUUUCACAAAAUUGGGCGUGUUUGGGUGCAUGGUUCAUUUGACUAUCCGACAGGCUCAUGAAAGCUAUUUUGCAGUCAGGUUAUGACCUGAAAGCACCUGUCUGCAGGUUUCUAUCUCAGGUGAAGUUAGUUAGAGUUAGCUUGAACAGAAUUGCAAGCGCUGUCUUAAGGGUUCAUUAUCAUGGACGGUAUAAAACAUGGAUAUAAUCUCAGCUGUGCCAUCGAUUGGUGUCUAAAGCUGAGUUUUGAUGCCAAAAAGUGUUGAUUGACAGUGGAAACAUGGAUUUGGUCUAACUUUUGAUCAGCCUAGCAACAAACAAAGACUCAACAGUUGUAUAAUAGAGAGGUGGGCUUUUCUGACCAAAAUUAUGCUUAAAGCAUGUUUAAUUUUACCAUGAAGAUUUGCAUUUAACAAGAUUUUUGACAUUUGGAGCCGGUGCAAGUGAACACUCUGCAGUUCAUUUUUUAGAUCCCUUGUCACCGCUUGUAGGUGUUAUUUCUUAAGAAAUGACUGGAUGACAUCUCUGAGACUACUUGGGCUGUAAUCAACCAAAGAAAAUUCUUGGAUCGACUAAAACCCCAAAAUUUUCAACCAAAAAUCAUCCUUCUGCACUGGGGGGAUGACGUGGCUUGGUGGAGCACGGCUCGGCGGCAUGAAAAUAUGCUGAUUUCAGCACAAGAAGGCAAUUAAACACAAGGCAAUUUAGGGAAAAUUAUCUUUGUUAAACACACGCUCUUCAAUCUUCCUGUCUCCAGUCGGUUUUCAGUGGGUUGGGCGAAUCCAAAAUGGUGAAAACAAGGGGGGUAUUCUGAGACAGGCUGUGAAACAGGGGUCCUCUGAAAACACCCCCAUUAGCACCUGGUAUAUUCCUCCCGAUGAAAUUAACCAUAGGCUGUAAAUUGACGUGGGAAAAAAAUAGAGUCGACCAAUCAGAAUUUUAGUCGACUCAGCACGCAUCGACCAAUAAGUCAACCAGUUGACUAGGACUUUACAGCCCUAGAGACUACACCCAAAUUUUUCAAAAUAAAGUCAAUGGGGAAAUCUAUCCAUAAAGGUUCCAUAAACUGGUACCUUUUUUUGGUCUCCCUAAAUAGAUUACUAGUUUUACUCAAACCAGUGAAAACAGCAUCCAGAUGCAUGAGUGCAAAUGAUGUACAAGAGUGGAUUUCACUGUGUGUAUUGACUGAUUUGAGUAAAAUCUGUAUGCAAGGGGAGUAUACAGCUAAAGAAUUGCAGUGCAGCAAAGCAGAGGCUGUGGCUUAUAGCCCAAUGCAUCGUGAUGCAUGCAGGCAUCACUCAUGCCCAUGUUCCUGGUCAGUGUACCACAUAAUGAGGAAUUGAUUCCUUCAAUUGACUUCAUUUACCAUCCACACUAACUGGACAUACACAUGAAACCUGCUGAAAAAUUCUCUUCAAUAAUACAUGUUAAUGGUGUGAGGGCAAUUAGAAACAAGAUUUGGAUGAUGAUGUGAGGCUAAUUGAACCUCUUUGAUAUACAGUUUACUGUCUCUUUAGAUCUCCACCCUCUCUUCAUCCAAUACUCGGCCCCUGCUCUCCCCUUUCCCUUCCUGCAUGUUAAAUCUACUCAAAUCGAGCUUUGAUCUGAGUCAUAAUCUAAGCCAACCCAGUCCACCCUGCUCCCUCUCCCUGGCAGCCUUCCUUGGUGUGACCAGCCAUGUGAUAGCUGGGACCCCAUCAUUUCCCAUUACUGCGUGGCUUACUGCAUCUUAGUCUUGGCCUCCUACCUUGAACCCCUUGGCUCAGUGUGUUGGAGGUCUGUUUACCCCGUGACUUGAAGCUAAUCUCCUCGCUAACUCCCCAUUAAAUCUCACAGCCUUCAUAGCCUGUCCUCGCCUCAUUCCGAGGUGAAAUUUACUCCCAAACUGAAACCGUUUUCUGCAUAGAAAAUCCACAAAAAUACUGUUUUUAAAGAAAACCACGAGUUCUUUCUCUGUUCUGUUAUGGUAUUUAUUAGGCAGGGUUGUAAUUCUCUUAUAUUCUGUUAACUUUCUGUCGAUCCCCUCUUCUUUGUCUCCCUAACCCCUCUGUGCCAUAUCUCCAAAACACCACAUUAGCUCAGCUCUUGCUCUUCCUCCCAUGCUAUCCACCUUUCCUCACGCACACUUCUUAUCCAGAUUAUUUCCACUCCUCUCAGGCCAGAAUGGAUGCACCACCCUUAAGUGCACAUCACCACCUCAUCUCUCAGAAUCAAACCCAUUAGUAUGAUCACUCUUUCUUCACUUCCAGGCCUCACUUCUGUUUACACCUCCUUCUCUCUGCUGUCUCUCUGGGACACCAACAACAGGCGCUGAUGACCGUGUCUGAGGAAAUGUGGACGGUCUUGUGUAAUGCGUUCACACUAAUUUUCUGUCUGCUGCUUUGACACUAUAAGUAAGAUUAAAGCUUUUGUACAAGAAUAUGAAAGCAGUUUUUCUCCUGUGCUGUCAUGAUGUCAGAGAUGCGGAUGUCAUGAUUCAGCACAUUGAAUUAAAGCAGGAGAUACAGAUUGAGAAAAGAUGGAAUGAUGAUGCCAGAAAAAAAAGCCCCCCAAUUAAUCGGAGACGCUCGGGACUCAUUAGUUUAUUCUUUGAAGCUUAAAUCUCUCUAUAUGGAGUCUAUUUAGUUUUAAAUUAAUCUUCAUUCCUGCUUAUCUAUGCUUCUCUGCCUCUGCUGAAGCAAUUAAGAUUCCCACUUUCCCAACAUUCAGAUAAAGUGACUGUCUGUCUAAACAUUCAACAUUCCUCUGAAUACCUGUGGCGCGCUUCCUUAGCUCUUUAUUGGAGACAAUGGAGUAAUCUGUGGCUCCGGCCCUGUCUGCCCAGCUCACGUCUACAGUGUUUGUGUAUGAAGCUACUACUGUGCUGCAGAGAGCAUGCAGCGGGUCUUUGUGUUGAGAAGUCAUUUCCCAGGGAGUUGACUGAUGAAGUGCCGACGUGCAGCUGAUUUAAGACUUCUUUCCACACAUCUAUAGGUGUGCAAUGCCUAACCCUCCUCUCCCUCCUCUUUACUAUUUUUUCUCUCACUCACUCACACACUCUCUCUCCCCUUUUUCAACAUCCAUGCCUGAUUCGCUCACUGCAGGAGUUGGCCGUGUCUCUGACCCCAGGGCUGCAUCAUGCCUAGCCAACCUGUUUUUCUUGGAAAUUCCUGUUGGCUGAGCUAGCUGUGGAGGAUGGGGAGAUAGUAGGGGGAGAAGAGCGCGCACAUAUGCGCUGGCAACCGCUCUCCUCAUGAAUGUGUCUUUAAUGAAUGCUCUAUAUGGAUGACACCCCAGUUUACAAAGCCAGUUUUGCUUUCAUUCACCCUCUGUUGCUUGCUUUAAUCUAAUUGUUUCCCUGCUGUUUGGCUGUCCACAUGGACUGCCUUUUUUCUUCUUUGUGUGAAAAUCAGGACUGAGAAAAAAAAAAAAAAGAGAGAGAGAGAAAGGUGUCGACCCCAAAGGAACAAUUUUCUGUGACCCUUUCUCAGGGAACGAGGGAUGAAAAGCAUAAAGAUCAGAAAUGGGAAAAAAGCAACAGAGACAGACGAAGAUGAAAUAAUCAGCUAAAUCAGCUUUGGACAGAACAUUCUGUCCCGAGAAUAACUUGGCUUCUACUUCUAAGCACAGUCAAAAAAAAUCAAGCAAAAUACGAUUUAACAGGUGCUGCAGGAAUCAGGAGGGCCUUUCUCACCACUUCCUCGUAGUCACCUCACAUGUGCAGAGUCAGGAAAUUAAUGUAACAAGAAUAAGCUAGUCUCACACCACCUCAGGCUGUGUAUGAAUAUGUAAUCCAAGUGGCGAAUAUCCCUCCUUAACACACAAAUACACAGAGGUUUUUGUGUCUCUGCAUGUCAACUAAGAAGAACUUAAGAGUUCAUAAGAGUUCAGCUCCUGAACCUUCAGCAGAAUAAAGUAAAUCAAUAAAAUUCAUUAAGAUGUAAUUGCUUUGACGUCAAGCUGGCCAUUCAGCAGUUUCUGUGUCAAGUAGAGUGCAAAGUGAGCAGGAGAGUAAGUGUGGGGAUGAAUGCUUUAACAGUAGUCAUCAGUGUGUAAAUGAUCAGCCCACACGGUGUGUAGCGACAGUUCAUGACCUCCAGGGUUCUACAUCCAACUCAGGUUGUUUGACCUCCCAACAUAAAAUUCGCUAACUAUGUUUAGCUUCAUCUCUUAUUCCACCCUGAUGCUAAUGAGCAUUAGCGCAAACAGGGGAACUCCUUGUAUGUUCGUCUCCACCGUCGACCAAGAGGCUGACCCAUCCCUGACUCUGGCUGUAGUUCAGGCGCGGGUCAACAAGAGACUAAUCCAGUUAUCAUAGCCGCCCUAUUACUCCUAACUGCAACGUGGCUCCAUCUAUUGUGAGGUCCAAAAUGACCUUUAUCAUGCACAUGACUACAGGACAGGGGUGAGACCAUGUACAGUUGUAGCCUAAACAGAAUCAGAUUGCAUGAGUCCACAUGACUAGAAGUCACAGAGUAUAACAGUAGUGGAAGUCCCCUACACAUGUCUGCAAGCACUCAGUUAUUGAAACACCUCGCAAUGAAACUAAAGGAUUAGGCAGAGGGGAAUGAUGGGAAGUGAGACAGACCUUCUGGCCUUCAGGUGGGCAUGUUAGGAUGGCUUAAUCUGACAUCUCCAGACAAACCAAUCAGGCAACCUGGAAAACAUGUCUAGGAGUUAUGAUGCUAUCAGUGUAUCUCAUGUUGUGGAAUUUUGCUGUGGUUACGCUUGGACAUUCAAAACUGUGACAUUGUAUGUUUGUAUUAUAGUAUGGGUCUGUGUAAUAGGUGUCUUUUCAGUGAUUUUGCAUUAUAGAUAAUAUGAAAGCUUACGUUGCUAAACUAGGAGUGGUAAGCUCUUUAUGCGCAACUGAUUUGAGUGUCUUAUUUUUAUAUCCCAUAUUUAAUUAAUAUCUGCUUGUUGAGGCCUCUUCAUUUAUAGGAGGUUCCCAUUUGGGUUAAAAAUAGCAGUUACAUGUGUUGAAUUGUGUGCACAUGUGUGUUUGGAUGACACGCUAUAUUUAAAACCUAAAGUGUGAUUUGAUUUAAGGAUAAAUGGAUUGGAUUAGCUAAAAUCAACAAUUGAAGGCUGUUUGACUUAAUUCAAGGAAAUCUUAAGUGGCCUACCUUAUUAAAAGUUUAUAUUAUACUGAGAUCCCUGUGUGUAUAGUUUGUUGUCUUGAACCUUGACCCCAAUUUGGUGUUAAGGACCUUUGAGUUAAUUCUUUUGAGUAAUCAUGUAUCCCCUACGGUGAGACUUUUUGACCUCAAUUUAACAUCUCUGCUCGGUACAUGUCCCGACUUAUCUUGAGACAUCUUAUCAAGUAAAUAUUAAUUAACUCAAGUGGCAGCCCAAUCUGUUCAUUUCAAUAAAGGAGUUCUCUUUUUUUUAAGUGAAAUACACAACCCAGAGACUGAGCUACUACAACAGCUUUCAAACAUAGGCCUGUUAGUGGUUUACUUUUUUAUCCUGGCCUGGAUUUCCCCAUCGCUCAAGACUGUUCUUUUCAUUGUGAUAUACACGGUAUGAAAUCUUUCUGGACGUGCAGCCACUUUGAUUCACAGACACUAUCAACUUACAGACUCGAGCAUAUUGUUUGAAGUGUGCAGAGCUGAUAUAAAACGGCACAAACACGCAAGAAACACACAUAAGGAAGAUCUUGUUUUGGGCUGCUGUGCCUCCCUGCUGUCAACAACUAUCAGAGAAACCCAACACUACAUGUAAGCCUAAAGCUCAGGGGGUGCUGCUGGUAUCUGUUACUGUUGUCACUUCCCGGAGGUGGAGGUCGGUAACUGCCUGACCUGUGGCACAAAGAAUUAGAAAUGGAUCAACAUUGAGAUAUCACAGAAAGAAAAAAGUUUAAAGCAUAAAAAAGAGGCAAAGAAGCAAGAAAGAACUCAUGAGGUGAUCUGAUAAUGUCAGGAAUUAAAAAAAUAAAUAAAAUCAAACUGACAGAAAUUAAACCUGAUAAACCCCGGAGAGUCACAUUGUGCAGGAUUUUGAGGCUGUCACUCUUAUUCUUAUUUUACACAACUUGAACAUCAAUCAAUCAGUAUUUAUUUAUAUAGUAGUUUUUAUACACAACCAUGUGGUACAAAGUGCUUUACACAGAAAAAGGAAUAAAAGAAAUAAAGAAUACCCAAAUCUACCCCACCCAACCCCUUAUUCCCACCCCACAAUCUGAACACAACAGAAACAGUAUAAAAAUGCAUAAACUUAAAAAGGGCUUGAUUUCGUGGAAACAGGAAUGUGUGCACUCAAGAAACUCCAUUUUAAAACUCAAGAUAAGAAAAAAUGGAGGUUUAGGUUAAAAUCUAAAGGCAAAGUAACAUAUAAGGAAAUUUAAGAAACGACAAAUAAAAUGAAAUAAAAACAACAGUAAUAGAUACUAAAAUAAGAGCACCAAAAUAGCUCAAUUAAAGACCAUCCUGUCAUCAAAACUAGAAAGAGGUAAAUGCUAAAACACUUAAAGUCAAUGAUAUAAAAUUUAGUUAAAAGCAAGACUAAAAAGGUACGUUUUGAGUUUGGUUUGAAGAUCAUUAAGAUUUGGUGCAGUCUUCAGGUCUUCAGGCAAGCUGUUCCAUAGCUGUUAACAUAGCUUACUCCACACACAUACUCAAACUUGUCUCAAUGGAUGGAGAAGCUCAACUUGAAGUUUGGCAGACCUCUGACCUGAAAGACUCAAAUUAUUUGAUCACACAGAUUCACACACACAUAGACAGACAUAGACUUUUUAAUGAGCAUAAUUGAUGCUGAUAGUGUCAGAUGAGUGCUUGUUAUUUGUAAAGCCACUUCGAAAAGAGAAAAAAUAACGUCAAAGUCCGUCCAUAUUAAAGCCCAGCUCACUUACAAUGAUAAACACUCUCCAUCCUAUUAGCCUGAACCUCCCACAUCGCAGCGUGUUGGUUUAUAGAUUGAGGAAUAAAAUGACACUGAAACAUAAAUGUUUAUGUGGUGAAAAUCAGGCUCCAAGUAGCCUGGAAGUUUGUGUGCAUUAAGAAACGCCUGCUGCUCCACAGAGGGGGGACUUGGUUUCAUUGAGAUUUACUUUAUAAACCAGUGAUUUAGUUUGGAUUGGAAACAUGUCAGUGCAGAAUCCUUUAACUCAACUUUGGCUAGAUUUAUUGUAUUCUUAGCCCCACAGGCUCAGAUAGUAAUAGAUAAAUAAUGUAAUAAGUCUUUGAGUUAAAGGCUUCCAUCUGGCAACUUGUGUGACAAUGCCCAAACCGCUCUAGUGUAGUAGGCAGAAGAUGCAUGGAGGCAUUGUGGCAGUGACUGAUGAGUUUUCAGAGUCUGUGUUUUUAAGAGGUCAGCCAUUUUUACUCGCCCUGUUUUGAGUAUAUGACAGCGAGUGUCAAAAGAAAGUAGAAGUAUGAGUGCGGCUUCCUGGUGAGUAAUGUUCGGGUUCUCUAUCAAAAUAAGUUCUCCUCCUGAGAAAAAAGCAGAAAAAUAGAGCUGGGGCCUCUUUCACUCAGUAUUUUUAACAUGUCUCGCCAAUUUUUCUGGUGUUUUCCAAAUUCUUGUCAUCAUUUUUUUCUGCUAGUGACUCUUUUAAUAAAUUGAGAGUAAUAUUAAAAGAUGUCUUCCUGUUGUAGACCAAUAUUUUUGGAAGCACACUCACUGUACCAUGACUCCUUUCUGCAGAUUGAUUAAAUAUAUGUGGCCUUUGUGAUCAGUAUUCCCUUUGCUAAUCACGAUCAAUAAACAGUGUUCUGGGGUUUUGACCAAUCAGAACAAGCAUUAACACAGCUGGGGUGAUUAGUAAGAAAGCCAGGUAGUAAUUGAUGAUACUGAACUAUGGCUAAGCCCCAUACAAGGUAACUAAUGAUGUUGCUCUAAGUACCUGUCACAGCGUUUAGCAUUACUUAGCAGCAGUCUGGUGUUAAUAAAUUAACAUCCAUUGUCUUUUCUGUCAAAGCACAUGAUGACAUAGUGACCGAUGAGGCCUCCAUGAAACUGUCCCGUGGUCCCAGAGAUCACAUACAGGAUGCAUGACUAAAUGGGUGGAGGGCUGCAGAGGCUUAGAGGCACUAUUGUAGUUUAGCAGAGCAAAAACCGUGCAGUCAACAGGGAUUAACCUGAACCUUUCUGGAUUGUGUAAAGGAGGUAUUGUGUGUAUUUGAUUAUGUGUCCACUUUGGCCGUGUUACUAAGAGGGCAUUAGUUUAACACUGACGCUUGAUUGGAAAGCUUAGACCUUUGUUAAUCUUUGUCAAAGUGAUGUAAUUAAUUUGUUAGACACCAUCUGUCAAGAUUUUUAAAAAAUCUCACUCUACUAAUUUUUGAGUAUAUUUUACACCUCUGGGGGAAGCUCACGUCGACUUUCCUUUUCUCCAGCAGCUGUUUUCCUAACUGAUUUUUUGAAUCACGCCUAUUGAUUUCCUCUUUUGUUUGCCUUCUGCUCUCACAGAUGGACUAAUCAAUACGUAUAAUCAGAAUUGUUCACUGUGUCUGCCCACACACGGUACAUUGAGUGUUACAACACAACAUUUUCCAAUUUGCAAAGCCAACAAACUAAAACAUGUCUAACAGAGUAGAUUACGGAGCAUCAGUAUUUCCCAGCCUCACAUCCACUUCCCAUCUCCCCCCCUCCACGACACAAACAGACAUGCUCUUCAAGUUAAACACAAAUUAGAAACAAUAACCAUCAAUGAGAUGCGUACCCUCAAAUUCCACGUACCCACUCCCAAUGAUAUAGUUUGAAGAGUGGUCACAAAGUCACAGACUCCUCAAAGAGAGAAUAAAAUCCUGUGGUGUCCCAUUGUAGGCCCAAAAAGCGAGGCAGAUUCCACGCUCUAUCCAUCUCUUUGUCAUGUUUGUAUUGGUUAAACCACCAAAAUACCCCAUAAUUUAUGUAAACACACGCAUGUCUGCUCUCAUCUUGGUAGAAAUGCUGCAGCAGAAACAGAAAUACAUCCCCCUAAACAGAUUUGGCUGAUUUAGCGAGUUAAAGGAUUUAAAAUUACCCCGAGUGGUGUCCCCCACGGCAACCGUGGGCCACACUCACUCCCAUUAUUUGUUCUCUUCAAUGUUCGCAAACCAAACAGCUCAGACAGUCUCCGACAGCAGACCCUGUUUGAGGUUCAACCCCAGUCUGCUUUUGUGCUCUCUCUUCUCUUUAAUUGAUGUUUUCUCUUCAUCUCUGGAGCAAAAUUACAUCUGCAGCGCAAUAAGUGAUAAUCAGCGCUCAUUUUAUUUGACAGGAAGAUGAUGCUCUGGAGAAAUCUUUUCUUUCAAGUGUUUUUUCUCUCUUUGUUUAGCAGCUUUCACUUCACUUUUCAGUAUUUUGACGACAUUAAACAGAUCAGUUGCACAGCUCAGAAACAAUGUAGCAGCGUUGAGCCUCAUUAAAUUCACAAAUGUCCGACUUUGAUUGCUGACCAAGGAUCAUUUACGAGGGCGUAAUGUUAAUUCCCCUAAUUAUGCUCCAAAAGAACACUCUGUCUCUCAGCUGAUGCUGGUCGGUCUUGAAAAUGGGAAUCCAUAUUACCUCAGUCAUAUCUGAUUCCCGAAACCGUGAGCACAUAGCGAUGGUUGUCUUUGUGGGUGGUGAACUCGCAAACUGGCCCUUAGACUUUGAACCUUGACCCUAAACUCUUCAUUAGUCUCCUUGUUGGCAGAUCAUGACAGUAUAAUCCCCGGUAUUUCACAGAUCUCCAAAGCUGUUUCUGACUUGCUGGGGCCUCUGUGGCAGACAAAGACACAGGGUUUAAACAGCUAUAAAUAUUCAACAGUAAGUAAAAAAUAGGGCUGAUUUUUGCCCCGAUUACACCAGCUGUCAGUCAAAGCCCAAAGGAUUGACUUUGAAAAAAUCCUUUUUGGGAGGGGAGGGCACGGAGGAACAAACAUACAGUAGACGUGCACAAGCACAACUCCAUACCCAGAGGUUAAGUGUUGCCACAUUGCAAGGCUUAAAAUGAGAUAACAUCACCACCACCUAAAUCCCCCAGCAUUUCUUAUCACUCCUCAGAGUCCAGGGAGGUGAUGUCAUCCCUCAUCGUACACCUCUAUCCUUCUGUCCAUCCCUGUAUGAACUUUUUUUCCUCCACUGACAACACUUUUUACCAUCUUUCAAUGCUGAUUUUUUCUCCGUUCUUCCUCUGUUUAUUCUCAGAGAACAGACAACUGUCUACAGUCGCAGAGUGUAGACAGAGUGGUGUAACUGCUGGGCUGUAGUGGUGUAUAUAUCUUGAUUUAGAACAGAUUGCACCUGUAAUCAUUGGCUAAUCCAGUUUCUCAUAUUAGUUAAAUGAAUAUUUUAAAUGAGGGAUGUAAGACAGUCAUUUUUUACCAUAUUGAGCUAAUAUAGCCUAGCGGUUAAGUUGUGUUCCCCAUACACAUCGGCUACAGUCUUCUGGCAGCGGUCGCUGGUUCAACUUCUGGCCACAACCCUUUGCUGCAUGUUUUCCCCCCACAAUUCCUGUCUCCCAUCAGCUGUCCUAUCCAAUUAAGACAAAAAUGCUGGCCCCUCACUCGCUACCCAAGGAACAUGGACUGUGCAUGCAUGUUUACGUUCUACAGUCACGCACAGAUACACUCAGCAUGCACAGUGGUCACUAUCUUAAUGUUGGGCUGCUUUUAAGUUAUUUCUCAGAGAUAUGAGUGGUACAUUAAUCCUGGACAACAAGGAGUGGUGGCAGCAUGGCAUGGUUUGGGUUAUUUGACUGACAUUGAAGUUAUGACGUUAAAUAUAUGUUGUUCAGCCCUGUCAUAAGAUGAUACAUGGCCAUUUCAGAAGUCAAGAAUAUAUGAGUUGAAACACAUUUGGGACAAAUUUUAAAUGGGCCUUAACAAUGGCUCCUGUGUCCUUUCACAUGAGAUGCAACCUAAAGAUACUCUUCCAAACCUCCACCACAUGUUUAUAUGCUAAACCCCCUCAGGCUUAAGCAAUGACUUCAUAGUAUACUUCCAUCUUCUACAAUUAUAUCUUCUGUGUGUGUGUGUGUGUGUGUUUUGGUGUAGAAGCAUGCAUAUUUGUUAUUACAAAGAAACAGAAAGAAGCAGAGAAACUUUUCAGUGGCCUUCACCCCUUAUUAUGUUCAUUAAUAUUAUUAGCAUUCUUUCUUCCAAAUAUAGAAGUCAAUCUCUGGCGCUCUGUCUCUUUCACCUCCCUCCCCUUCUCUUCCCUUCACUGGUUUGAUGUUCCUAAUCAUUUCCAGCCGUGAAAUCCACAUGAAAGACGAAGAGCACUUGCCGUAAUAGGGUGCUGAAAGAACGAGCAAGGGAGAGGAUACCAAGAGGGGAGACUCUGAAAAAUAGAAAGAAAGGGGAGGUCAAGGGAGGAAUGGAGAUUGAAGGUAAAACGGGAUGAAGCCUCGCUCCUAUUUCAAGGUCUCAUGUUAUCAUUAGCCCUGCCUUUUGUUCCUCUGCCAAACUAUUUCCUGAUCCCCAUCCUCCUCCCACCAUUCCCUCCCCUUUUUUCUACCCAGUAGUAUAUCUUAAUUGUACCCACAGUGCCUCAACUCAUCUGCAAUAGAGAGGCAGAAUUGAUUUGGAGAUGUAAGAAUGUCUGAAAUGAGGAAUGCAGCCCACUGGAGAGUAAAAGGAAUGUAUAAGUAGAAGAAGGAGCAACAAAGUUAAAUGAAUGUUUUAGCUCUUUGUGACACUCCAAAAUGGUUAUACCCCCUCCAGUUAAAAGUCUUAUUCCAGUUUGUAGUAAAUAACUUCAGCUGGUGUGCUGUGACCCAAGAAUGAAGCAAUCCAUUCGUACGCUCAGGGUCUCUUUGUUUUUAUGCUCACUGCUUCACCUUUAAAGGAUAAUUCAGAGUUUUUAGAGCUUGGUUUUCUUCUCCAUUUUAAAGUUAUACCAACAUUCAUAAAGGUGUGCUCCUCAAGUGAAGAAUGCCAGACUUUGAAAUACAGGGACAUCCCUUAAAGUGAGAUGGAAAGAAAGAGAUGACAAGCGUUGUUAUGAGAGUUACAAAUAACACUACCAAUGAGGUUAAUGAUGACAAUACCAAUACUGAUAAUGAUACCAGUACCAAAAAACUUAACACAACAAUGUACUAAUGACAGUCUUCCAAUAGUGAUACCAAUAGCUAUAACAAUAACAAUGAUCAUUUUAAUAGUGAUGAUAAUAAACUAAGUGAUCUAAGUUCUUAAUCUAAGUACUGCUAUACAGGGCUGGGUGAUAUGGCCUCAAAUCAAUAUCACAAUAUUUUGAGUAGUUCACCUUGAUGACGAUAAAUGGACAAUAACUACUCCACAAGCUGCUUCAGCCGCUACAACUUUUGAACCGUCCUCCAUCUCCUCACCUGUCUUUCCCUCUUUGUUACGAGUCACGUCUCCGACAUAGGACAGCAUCUUAAAGGGACAUGAGAUCAUAGUCUACCAACACACAUCCAAAACCAACUUUGAUUCAUUUAUUUAUUUAUUUUACACAGACCAUAUUGACAUGGGCAAUGUGAUGUCGGUUAUUGUCGUAAAUUUCAGUGUUGGUAAAUUUUCGGUUUAUCACCCAGCCCUACUGCUACUUAUAUUGGUUAUAUCUGUAACAAUACCUUUAACUAAAACAAAAAAGCUAUUCUUGGACAAUCUGAAGUACAAUUCUGAUAACAAAAUAGAUAACAAAACUAAUACAGUCAAUUGGAUUUGACAGAGUAUACCUGACAAUGCAUAUCAGAUGACCACAUCUGUCAAAAACACUAAAACUAACUAGUUUCAUGUUGAUUAUUUCAUCACAAUAACAAGCUACAAUAAUGUGGAGCUAAUAUACAGUGUAAUGUUGGUAGAAGCAUGCUAAAAGUUUUGUUUCAUUACUAGGAAAGAAAAACUGGUAUCAAAACCUCUUUGCAGAAACCAACAAUUAGAUUUCAAACAAACUCCUAAGUUCGAUAAAGUUAGAACAACCAAUGAGGGCUAACAGCAAGGAAAUCAGGUCAAAAAUGACAAAACUCUCAGAUUUGGAGGGAUAAGCUUUACAAGUAAUAUGUAACUAAGGCCAACAAUCAGUGCAAGUUCUCCACCAGCGAAGAAUAAGGUCACAAACUUGAGGUCAACAUUUAAAACAACAAGCCUCAACCUCUCGGCCUGUUUGACCUGGAGAUAAUCAUACCCUCUGAAACACCUGGCAUCAAUCAAGGGAAGAGUAGAUUAGGGACAUAUCUUUGUGUUUUACAGGUUUACUAAGAAAUCCCAAAGAAUAUAUAUUCCCCCUCUUUCAUGAGGAGCUGUAAAAGUCCAGGGCCGCAGCAGAACUGCAGCUGCAUCUGAAAAGCCAUGCGCAGAAGGCUCCCUCUGACACUAACUGAUGUUUUACAGAGACAAACUGCAGAGAACAGCAGGAUCCACCUGGACCAGAGCCCACAUCUGGUAAAUGAUGAGGAUAUAGGAGAGGAAGAAGAGGAAAGAAAGGAGAUGUAGAAGAAGAAAAGGAAGAAAGUCAUGAGUAUGACGGAAGAGAUGGAUGGGAUGAAGGACAACUCAACAAAGACCUGAACUUACCACAAAGUCUAAGACCGAGAAGAUGUCAGAUGAUGCCUUAAGUGUCAUUUUUGAGCUGAAGCCAGUUUAGCUUUAUCACUGACUACUUCUUGUUAACCUGAACCACAGCCCUGACAUAAGACUGCGGUGGAUAUGUGUGAGCAUCAAGUUUCAAGUAAGAUAGUAGUAGCAGUGGGAGCAGAUGAAAGAGAGUGAUAAGUAGAAAGGUAGAGACGUAGGGAGAGAGAGUGUUUGUGAAAAAGAAAGAGUCGCAAAUGAGUAAUGAGGUCUGGAUCUUUGUGCUAAUGCGCCAGUCAGCAUUGGCUCCCAAAGCCGGGGAUGAAUGGCUCUCUAUGGACAAAAAAGCUCCAGGCCGAAGUCUUGGCUGAAUCUGAUCCUCGGCACGCUCUUCCUGACUGUUUUUCACAUAGUUCUUACCAGGCUGACGGGUGCUGUGUGAGCCUGAGGCCGAGUGUUUUGACAGAUAUAUUUUAGCUGGGCAACAAACUAAACGAUAAGUAAAUCUAAGUGCUGGACGAAAACCUGAGAGCAUGCUGGAUUGAAUUCAUGUUUCAUGUCUUACAAGUUCAGCUGGUUGGCAGAUGCUAAAGCAAGGCGGCUGUAUGUUUGUUUGUUUCUUGAUGAUUUUCCCACUGAUAUAUGCUCUGAGGGCCAAAGGAAACUACACAGCUGGUAUGUCAGAUAAUGCGCAUUACAAGUGAUUAUCAUCUCUAAGAACUUGGCUCGCUGGUCAGUUGUCACUGGCAUUGAGACAAAUAUGUUUGAGUCACGGUCCUGUCAUUGAAAGGAUCAAAAAUAGGCUCACAUUUUCAUGACUGAAACCUAAAAAUCUAACAUAGUUUUGUUUUUCUUUAUUAAGGAGUUAAAAAUUGAUCGCACAAAAGAGGUGGCAAUAAACAUUUCCGAUAGCAGAUGGUUCUAUCGGAGUGUAUUUUGAAUUUUUGCAACGUUCAUCUGCAAGUUUCUUUUAAAUCUUGUUGUCUCGGCCCUCAGCCAUUGAGUCUUUUCCUGCUGUGCAAGUUUACCAAAUGUUGUCUCCACACAGCUGCUUUUCUUGACACCAGGUAGGAAAUAGGAGCUCUCACAGGAAAGAACCGCAUUGGUGGUUUUUGCACUUUUAAGCCCAUUAAGUUCAAAUUGUGUGUGCUUAACAUUACUGCGGGCCAUUUUCCAAAGUGAACCACACUCCAGGCAUUCACCACCUUCCAAGCAGCCAUUAGCUUCAGUUGUUCAUGCCAAUAUUGUAUGAUACUCUACUUACAAAACCACCAUUAUAGUGCUUUAAUAUAAUACUAGCCACUAUGGGAUGGGAAAGGUUUUUCUAGCUGCAGCUUGUUUUUGCAAAUGCAGCAUCAUCCAAAAUCAUUCAUGAUCAGUGAUGACACUCUGAAGAGUCUGAAUGCUUCACUUCAGAUUAUUUCAAAAACAUGGGGACCAAACUUUUGGACUUCAAGUUAAAAAACAGGCCUUCCAGCAAGAAGACCACCCUGCCACCGGCAGCACACGCGUCCAAAAAUCUUGUUAAUAUGGAAGUUCCAUACGCUCUUAUAAUAUCACAGAGGCAGGCUUUGCGCAAGUGUAUACUGAAGCGCAAGAGAGACUUAGUUGUUGAAAGGUGUGGGCUUCUGUCUGUGAAUAUGUUGCUAUGUUGCUGUAUGUUUAUCACAGCUGGGGAUCUCUGGAGUAUAAGAUGAGGAAUAGGUGUGCGUAGCUGAGCCAGGCUAGUUGGCUGGCUUGUUAUGGAUCAGUGAACAAGAUCUCUGAUGUGGGAGGAACUCAUCGCUGGCAAGCACUCUCAUCUGGCCUGCUGGAUCUCUUGAUUUAAGACGACAUGUCAAGGAUGUGUAGUUGCUAGACUAUCUUAUUGGCACCAAAGCUAGGUUUCUUUUCCAGGCAGGAUUAGCACUGUACAAGCGUCAGGGAAGGAGUUUUAUGUAAUGAACGAACGCGUCGGUUUAGUCCAGCCCCCCUGGCCUGGAUUUAAGAUACUACUGCAAGUGACCCAGUUGAUCAGCUUUAGAGAGGAUUUUUCAAAGCUUGAAUUUUGUUUUACUGUUUGGUGAAAGUGGCUCUUAUUUUGACAGGACUCUAGUGAGUGAGACUCAAGUACUUCAUUGAUACUAGUGCAAAGACAUAGAAAUAUUAAAGGCCAGGGAGUUAGACCUUGUAAGUUUUCGUAACUUAGGGAAUGCAAGAUCACUUUUUUGCACUGUAACUUUUAGAUAAGUAUUUGUUCAAUAAGACUAAUCACUACUGAUAACUAGCAGUGUAUUAAAAUAUAAUAAGAUAGUUAUUUGGUGUGUCUUGUAAAUCAGUUGUUAUGUUGGUUCAGGGUUUCAAACAUAUCUUCAAACCAUCAUUUUGGGUCAGGUUUUUGGAGAGAUAUUCUCCAUGCACAUUGGUGCCGUGCUGUCAGAUGGAUUGACAGGAAGGGGAUGUUCUUGUGACAGAUUUGAUCCUUACAGGUUUCUGUAUUUCUCAGCAGGUUUUCUACAGUUUUCCUCUGUUACGCGUGUCAAACUUGUGCACACUGACAAAACUGUCUAACUCCAGUUUUGUGCUUCUCUAUUUUUCCAAUUUUCUAGUUUGGCAUUUUUAGUCUUUUACUGCAUAAUACUGCACUAUAUAAAGAAAGUUUACAUAGAAAAAAGUAAAAUUAUUGUGUUAUUAUUUUUUAGCUCCCAAUUUUCUAUCGAUUUUUACACGUGUGUGCAUUUUAUGAACGUAACCCUAUGUUUGUUUAGCAUAUGUUACAGCAUGAGGAAUCCAUACAGAACUGCUGAGGGGUUUACAAUUUAUAGUGUGUGGAGAAUCAAUGUCCUGCUUCUCUCCUUGUUCCCAGCAUUUAUACAAGUCCUAUCCAGUCCAGACUGCCUUUCAAGAACAAUCUUCAAUAGAUUUAUGUUUACUGCAUAACCCUUUAUAUUAUACAAGCCUCACAAAUCCACCUAUGUCUUCUGCACUUCCCAAUUCAGGGUAGAAAACCUUUUCCCCUAUUUUUUUGUGAUGUCCAGACUUUUUUAAAGCAAAGAUGGAGGUGACGAUGAAGUCACUCUAUAACCAGGUGGGCGGUCAUGGGUGUUUAAGCCCCUUUAAUUAGAUUUGGUGCAAAGAAUGGGGUCAUUAUAUAUAUUAGUGUCUGUGUUAGCAUGUACACGUUCCACCAGCUCUCAUCACCACAGGUGGCUAAUCCAUCACAGACCGCCAGGAAGAUAUGAGCCAUAGCCAGACAUGAGGCCAGAUCCCAAAGAUAGUGUUAGUCUCAACACUGAACUCUCUAGGAAAUCCCACCAAUGAUCUCAAAUCCCCAACCGUAAACACGGACUAGAGGAGGACGUACAGUAUGACCUGCUGAAAGCCAUAACUGUCUGGCCAUUUUAAUGCAUUGACUACAAACCCUGAAGCAGUACUUUCAAUAUCCCUGUGUUUUAAUAUCCUGUAGGAGCAGCAGUAUGGGUCAAGGUGGUGGUGUUUUAGUCUGUCUGUAGCCUGUAGGUAUGAGUGAUGGUGAAGACAUGUGUAGGUGUGUAAGUGGGAUAGGAGAGGGUUGUCUGCUGCGGUGGUCCUGGUCCUGUAUUCUGGGAAAUGAGAUUCAAGUACAAUGAUAAGCAAAUCCAUUCUGGCCUUAGACAGAAUUUGGAUAUGCAUGUUGAACUGUGAGAGAAUAUAACAACAUGAUGUUGGUAAUUUUUAAAAAGAUAAACAUCUAUGGUAACACUUUACAAUAACCAUAACUUAUAAAUGGUAAAUAGACCAUUUAUAAAUGGUAAGCAGAUAGUUUAUUUAUGUUAAAUCAUCAUUUAUAAAUAGCAUAUAGACCAUUAAUAAGUUUUACAUUUUACAAUUUUAAAAACCUAACCCUAUCUUUACAAUAACCAUCUAAGUAAUGUUUAUGGUUUAUAAACCACUUAUUAAUCAUUUACGAAGUGCUACUGACACACAUUUUAAUCUAAAUGUUUUACAACCAAUAUUUUAACCUUAUAUAAACCAUUGAUAAAUAGUCUUUUAAUAAUUAAUAAAAAUUAUUAAUCACAAUUUCAUUGCUUGUUAAUGGUAAACUAAGUAUUAACUUACAUUAAUAAACUAUCCAUUUGCCAUUUAUAAUUGGUCUAUAUUUAAAUCAUGAUUAUUGUAAAGUGUUACCAAAUCUAUAAAACAUUUACAGUAAUGGUAGUUGUGUAGAACAGUCAUCAUAUUAAAAAAGGUCAAAUUGUGCUGAAAGUCGAGUUUUUGAGCUGUGAGACUGAACAAGUGAAUGUUGUUUACCGCCAAUUUAAUCCUUAUUCCUUCACCAACUUUUAAUAAUAGUAUUAUUGUAUAAAGUAUUGCGUAUUUUUCAGUUGGGCACAACAGGAAACCCCUGACCUCAUCAGAUGAUUUUACAGGAUUCGCACAAAUGGAAAUUAUCAAGAACAUCAGAAUUUCUAGGAAAUCAAACACUCCCGAUAUUGUCGCCUUAUGAGACCGAUAUUGUUUCUAUGGAGUGUGACGGAGACGACGUGAUGCCAUAAAGCCCCCGGGUCUUGGCGGGCCUUCAAGGCUUCCAGAUCUGAGGGUGAAUGCUCUUUUAAACAAGCACCAUAAACGCUGCUGAACAAUGCCGGGCCUCAGUAAAAAACUUCAGACGGAGAAACAACCCCACGCACUGAGGACAUUUCCCAUUUGUGUUUUGUGAGGAAACCUUUGUUGUAUUAUGAAAUUUCUGAGUGAUUUAAUAGAUUUCCUCACAGCGUACAAUGUUUAUUUGUGUGUGUGCGCCUGUGUGUGUGAGUGUGGAGGGGGUAGAGGAAUGAUGUUAAGUAGAUGGGACAAAUGAGUUCAAAGGUCAGGUCAAGACCUCUGUCUGCUGUGCGUCCCUGUGUAAGUAGUUUGGAGGUUUUUGUUGGAUUGAGGAUUAACGUCUGAGAUGUGUGUUCAAGUGGUCUAAGUCAGAAUGUGUGCUCUUGAAAUUUCACCUUUAAAUUUUUCACAGUGUAUAGGAUAGCCCCCUGAACCUCACUACAACCUGUCAGAGACCCUUCCCACUCCCUCCUCUCUUACUAAAGGUUACCUGUCAGUUCCUCACCUCCUAAUCCAUGGUUACACCACACCACCUGUCCCUUCGCCGGUUUUUCAAACACACCACAGGGGAGAUCUUUCCUUAUUUUCCACACGCAGUAAAUGUAGGAUCCAUAAACAUGAAUUGGUCUCACAGAUGCUGGGUUUUUACAGUACUCUGGAAAUCAUAACAAGUAGUGCUAUGGUGUGUGAUAUUUGGACAAGUGCAGAUGUAUGGACCUGUGAGGUGACUAUAUUAUGGGACAUAACUGUCAUAACAGAAAGGCCCUUAGCUCGUAUAUAAUAAAUAUGACACAUGUAUGUUUUUCUUUUACGCAGAUUUGAGGAUCCUGCUGGUUUUGUUGAUGUGAUGCAUUCUGAAAUCCUCGUGUCUCACGGGCUGUUUGACACAGUCCGACCGUCUAUGUCUCACCACAUUCUUCUUUUCCCUCAGGUGUCGGCCGCAGACCAGGAUCGUGGUUCCUUUGGUGCUAUAUCCUACACCCUGGGCUCUGGGUCUGGAAGUGCAGUACCAACGCAAUUUACCAUAGACAAGGAGACAGGCCAGCUUUGCACCAGUACGGCUCUGGACCGGGAUGAGGGAUUGGAGAAGUUUGAUCUGACCGUCACUGCAACAGAUGGCGUAAGGACCUUCUUACUAUGAAACUCUGAGGAAUAGCAAUUCGUAGUUGAAAUCUGUGUUUUAGUUUCUUUUUUUCACAACAAAUCACUUAAUUUGGCAAAGAGUGGUCUCUUUGGAAAUUUGUUUCCUGACUUUUCUUGCCGAAAGUUAAUAUUAAGAACCAAUACCGUACAUCUUGUAUAUAAAAUCUAAUUUUGAUGUUAGCAUACUGGCAUGCUAGGGGGGAACAGAUUGCCUUGGAUAGGCUGAACUGAAACAGCCUCUUGUGAAAAUGAAAUAGGAUGUCAUUUUUCUUAAAUUUUACUUGGCUGGGUUUAUUUGUUCAAGCUUUUAUCUUAAGCUGAGCUAACUGGCAGCAAGUGGUGGCUCCAUAUUCAAUUCACAGACAAAGAGUGGUUUCAAACUUCUCCUUUUAUUCAUGGCAAAAAAGCAUAUAACCCUAUUUCCAUCAAAAGUGACUUUUUUUGAACAUGGUUGCAACCUUUAUGCAAUCAAAGGCCAGUUUUUCUGAGCAUGAAAUGGACUUCAAAAAAGAUCAGAAAGUCACAGAGGACUGAGCACCAGCUCUGUUUGCUGCUCCAUGACCGAACGCUUUCCCUGCUGAGGGUGUACUGCUCCUUAUGAUCAAAGUUCCUAGCUGACGGCAAAUUAAAGAUGUGUACAGCUGCUUUUGAAUAAAUCUCGGAGAGACACUCGGACAUGUUUUGAAGAAGACAGCAUCCUGUCUCUUGCAAUCCGUCUUCAAAAAAUCAAGGGGAACCGCGACAGCAUGGCAAAGCAAUCAGAACAAACACAGAGGGAAGACGGAGGCUGAGAAGUAAGAAAACAGAUCCUUUGAAACGCACAGUUUCACUGAGCUCUUACAGUAGGAUACCAUUGACUGAAAAUACCUAAUGUACCGUAAUGCUUCACUUGACAAUAUUCAAACUCUUUGUUUCGGGUAGCAGUCAGUCACAUUAGAUGCAUCCAAAUAGGUGUUAAUGGUGGAUUCAAUCAUUGAUUUUUAAGUUUAUAAUGAAAGAGUAGAGAAAUAUAAUACACGUCCAUGUAUUGUUGUGUAUCAUAGCAGCUGUGGCAGUGUUAAUAGUUUUUAUUUACCACAGCUCAGGUAAAAAUUUAAUUCAGGUCUGUAAUUUACCAACCACACUCCCUCAUGCAUCCUCUCUCCCAGCUCAUUCCCAGCUAAAUUCAGCUGGUGUCUCUUCCAUCUCCUUCAGACAUCCCUGUUUUUAAUGGCCUCGUAAAACUAAGCCCGCAGAUACAGUUUAAUGAGGGCAAACUCUUUUCCUUGCUGACAAAUGCAUACAACGCUUGAUUGGCUCCAUAUUUCAGAGAUCUUCAGCAGAGAAGUCAUCUCAGUGUGUCCUUUUACAGCUGCAUCCUCUUUACAGUUCGACAUAAAUCUGUUGUCACAGUUUCAUGACAUGAAAGUCCUGCGCUUUUCGCUACGGGAUGGAAAACAAAUCAAAUAUUGUGUUUCAAAUCAGGAAGGGAGGGAGGAUGUGGGUAAAUAAACUUGCUCCUAUUUUGAUUUACUCUGAAAUCCCUUUUGUCUAAACCCUUAAAAAUAGGUGAGGUAUCUCCACCAGUGAAACCAAAAUAACCUGCAAGGGUUGUUAGCAUAUUGCACUAAUGAAGUCUUUGGAGUCUGAGUCAGCAGAACAAGGUUUAGCUAAUGGAGCCAUGCUAUUGACAUCCUGCACUUUCAGCUAACCAAAAUUUGCAUUUAACUGACUUAUACUGCAGUUGGUACAGUCUACUGCAUACAAUUGUCGGGUGCAUGUUUAAAAGGGGCUUUACGGUAGUUUAAGGUUCUCUUUGUGGUGCUGUUACUCUGCGAAUUCAGUGCAUGCAGCACCACAGGAGCCCCUUUUGUCAACAAAGCUGUCAAUCAUGGUGUAAUAAAAUUUAAUUUCUCGGAAAAAGAUAUUGAGCUACAAAUUAAUAUCUUGAUUGUUAUAAUUACCAGAAAAAAACUGAUUUUUGGAGUUUUACAGAGGCAGGUUUAAUGCCCAGCAGGGGACCAUCAACCUUUUUUUUCCCAAUAUUUAGGAGCUGUCAUGUCCUCCAUUUUCAAACAGUCCAUAUCAAGUAGUCGGUUAAAAUCCAUAUCAUUGUUAGACCAUUGUCAGUGUCUAUCUCAAGAAUAUUUGGCUGCAGCCUUGAGCCUCCAGCCUCAUGUCUGCUUGGCCACAUUACCCGAACUUCUAAUUUUCAAAAUAAAAGCCUCUGUAAGUCCUUUACUAACUGCAGUCUUGUUACUGAAUGUUCAAAACGAGAUUUCUUCAUUCUGCAUAAGUUAGUAUGGAGUUAGUAUGUUCGUUGUGACUUUAAGCCAUACAUAUUGUUUGUAGAUUUCUAGUGGUCGGCAUUGAUUUGGCUCAGAGUUAACUUACUUGAAUGUAGGUGUAAAAAUCUGAAGUGAAAUCUAAUCCAGAGAUGUUUUUAUUUGAAGGGGGGUCUGAGCUCAGUAGCCCGUGUGCGAGUCACUGUGGUGGACAUCAAUGACAACAGGCCCGCCUUCUACCCAGUACUCUACACGGUCAGCCUCAGCACCCACAGUGCCCCAGGAACCUCUGUUGUCAAGGUGACGGCAAAUGACCCAGAUGCUGGAGAAAAUGGGAGGGUGACUUACCGAACGAUACCUGGAGGGGGCUCUGCUUUCUUCACCCUCAACAAGGACACAGGUAUGUGUCUGCACAGUACAAAUUUUAAACAUUAAAACUAAGUUUAUGAAGUAUUCAGUUUUAUUUACUUAUCUUUCUUCCUAUACAGGUGUAAUCUCUCUCUCUCGCUCACUCCACGGUAAAGCCAAUACCGUGAUUUCCAUGGUGAUAUCAGCUGAAGAUGGUGGUGGCUUAACGGCGCCAGUCAAUGCCAGAGUCAAUGUGAGUGUGGUGGGAGGCUCUGUGGCGUCUCCGGUGUUUGAACAGGCCCAGUAUUUCUUCACCGUGUCUGAGGACGUUCUAAGAGGGACAUCGGUGGGAGUCGUGCGUGCUGCCUCCAAGACAGGUAAGAGCGAAUGUUCUUUGAAAUCCUUUAAAGUCCCACUCCAAUUGUUUUUAUUUUUUUACUACUAAAAGUGUUAUCUGUGGUCUUUUAAUUGUGAUUAUUGAGUUUUUAGCCAAAAUCAUAUUACCUGAGUCAUUUUCCAGGGCUUUUCUUCCGCAGAGCUCCAGUAGCUCAUUAGCAAUUCGCCUCUGAGUCGUGGAUGGAGACAGCACUGCUCCACACACUCCUCUUCGCGUUAGCUUGUAGCGUAACAUUGCCAGUGUAGUCAAAGUGGCAGGUAACAUAGGAACUAUUCAUCUCUAGUACACUAAUGUCUUUAGGGUCAUGAUGGAAGUUAAUAUCAUAAUUAGCUUUCUUAGGAGCAUUGCAAUCCACUAAUGCAGACACUUGUUCCACGAUCAUCCUCACUAUUUCUCCGAGCCUGGCUAGCAUUGCAGGGCUCCAAGAGCGGAGCUUGGAUUUGCUACCUAAGAAAUCUCACUGUAUCUGACCCUGCCAUUUGGGUCUGCCAGAGAUUCACAGUGAUUUGAAUUGCGAAAUACUCAGAAAUGCAAUUUCACACUUAUUUUUUUCAUGAUUUGCCCUGUAGCAUCAGAAAAAUGCUAUAAGAACAUGUAAAAAACAGGAAAAACAUGAUUUCCAUCGCAGUGGGUCUUUAAUUAAGUGAUCUGCUUGAUGUUUUCAUACCGUUGAUGGUUUUAUGUAGUGAGUGAAAAAAAGCUGCAAUGGGACAUUUUACAAAAAGACUAGACUGUACUGUUUGUUUUGGUGUUCAGCGAUGUAACAUUAAUCUACCAUGAGCAUGAACUUGGCCACAACGGCAGGAAAACACGUCCUCCUAAAAGGCAGAAACCUCCAGACUAAUUAAUGAACAGCCAUCUGUUACAAUUAGAUGCCUUCUUUUUAAAUGCACUCCAUAUGAUUUGCCAGUGGGAACCUUUUUUUACGCGACCUACCUGGUUUCAUCUUUCUAACAAGCACUUGUACAAAAAUGCACUUACGGGCAGCAGAGUGUAUGACUUACCUCUUAGUCUCAGUACUUGUCCAAAUAGCAACAAGAGCAUUAAAAACGCUCAUCCGUCACACAACGUGGGCUGUAAUGGAUAUUUUUUUCACCCUGGCUAGACAGUAUUAAUGACAGAGGUUAAGAUUUGGUUUGGGCUGUAAGUCUGAGUGGGAGUGUGGAUGAAAUGUUUUCAGUUGUGAGGUGGACAGAAAAACCAUUAGCUCUGUGUUAGCUGUACUAGCCUGUUAGUAAUUCUAUCUCUAUGCCUACUUUGAGUGUCCAAAACCUUUAUUAACACUGAAAUAAAGAACAAAAACACCACAUCUGAGUCUGUACCGAGUGGAUAUGGACCUGUACCGGUAUUUAUGUUAUGUUAAGUAUGUAUUCAUCAUUUUGAAUAUAACGUGCAGCCUGUAUUUCUUCAACUAGUUCAUUUUUUAUUCACGUAGUCAGAGAAAAUCUAGUCGCCUCAACCUCUAAAAUUCGAACAUUUGACUUCCAUGCAGGUGGUGCUAAGGAUAUCUUCUACUCCAUUUCUUCCGGUGACCCAGAUGGUUACUUUACAGUGGACAGUGCCUCUGGUACCAUCCGCACUGCCCUCCCACUGGACCAUGAAACCUGCUCCAGUCUUGAUCUAGAGAUCCAGGCACGCUCUGGCUCUCCACCGGCGUAUGGUACAAGCCGCGUACGAAUAACCAUUUCAGACAUCAACGACAACUCUCCAACCUUCUUCCCUUCUUCAUCUGAGUCCCUCCUUCUACCCGAGAUCACCAAGAUGGGGACUGUUAUCUACACCAUCCAAGCCACGGACAAGGACUCAGGUCAUAACGGUCAGCUCAGCUUUGAUCUGGUCUCCGCUGGGGUUGCAGGCAGCAGCGGUCAGAGGACGUUCGGUGUUGACCGAGGUAGUGGAGAGGUACGCCUGAUUGGGAGUCUGUCAUAUGAGAGUGUCCCACGCUAUGAUCUCCAGGUGGUGGCCAAGGAUGGUGGAGCCCCUCAGCUCAGCUCCACCUUCACCCUCGUGGUGCACAUUCAAGCACAAGAUGCACAAGGCCCCAACUUUGACACCCUGACAUACCGAGUGGAGCUACGAGAAAACACCCCGCUCAACACGCGUUUCCUUCAGGUUCGAGCUCUGAACAGAGAGGCCUCUGGAAAUGGUGGAAGCUCCUCCUCAUCCUCCUCUUCCUCUAUUUCUUACCGCCUCAGGCCAGACGGAGACGCCGCAGGUUUUGGCAUCAUGCCUGAUAGUGGUUGGCUGUUUGUUCGAAGCUCUCUGGACAGAGAGGUUAAAGACAUGUACCUGCUGACCGUUCUGGCUACUUCAGGCCCUGGCGGGAUGGGAAGAACUGGAAGCGCGGCAGUCAGGGUGACUGUGACAGAUGAGAACGAUAAUUCUCCGAGACUGAGCCAGGAGAGGGUCUUCCUGGCUGUUAGAGAGAACUUACUGGCAGGAACAGGCUUCGGCAGGGUGUCUGCAACAGACAGAGAUGCUGGACUAAACUCAAGACUCACCUACAGGCUCCUGCACACUGACAGACACUUUCAGAUUAACUCACAAACAGGUAAAAAUGGACAACCUAAUCCCCUUUUCUGUUUAUUGAAACUAAAGACAUUUCUACACUUGUAGCAGAUUGUUGUAAUCAUGUAGCACUUCCAGGAUCGUAGUUACUUCAUAAACAAAACAACACCAGCAUGAUUUCCCUUGAGGAAUUAAUAAUUUGUUAUUUGUCAGUUCAAAUUAACAUGGUAAUGACUCCCUAACUAUUGCAAGUAUCGCAGUCUGAAGCCUUUCCUUUUUACCCUUUUUUAUGAAGGCGAGAUCAGUACUCGCCUCGCUCUGGACAGGGAGCUGCAGUCCAGCUACCAGCUCAUUGUGGUCGUCCAGGAUGGGGGGACGCCUCCUCGCAGCGCCACUGGGACUGCUCACAUCACUGUGUUGGAUGAAAACGACCACGCGCCCAGUUUCGCCCAUGCCAGACCUGACAGAGAGCUUCUGCUCCAGGUGAGAAUGAGGACGAAUUGAGACUACUUCAUAUAGACGAGUAUGCAAGCAUAGAAGGAAUUUGCAGCUGUAUGUUUUAUUACCUUUAUUCUCAGUGUAGGACUUUGGUUACUGUAUUAUUUUCCCAUCCAGCUUUCGAAAAUAACGGCUUUCUGUGCUGACUGUUCACCUUAAAGGACUUUUUGUCCUCUUUUGAGUUUUCUUGCACGUCAUGACAGAACAAUUCUUGGAAAAAAAAAAAAAAAGAUAAUGAAAAGGUAUAAACAAAGAUAAAAUUCUGUAUCUACUUAAAAAGGGAUGUUAUUUUGAGAAGAUAUGAGCUUGACAACAAUCUUUUUCUAUCGUAGGUCAUGGAAGGUCUUCCAUCUGGGACAGUUAUCGGGACCAUUACAGCCAAAGACCCUGAUGAGGGAGAGAAUGGGACUGUGUACUACUCUUUGUCCGGUGAGCUCUUAAAGUCUCUUUAAUCCCGUAUUAUCUUGUUUCCAGUCAUCUCAUUUGUCUAACCAGUGUUUGCAUGUGUGAAAUCAAUACGUUAACUUUAUAUAUAAUCCUGUUAUGUCUCCUAAAGGCUCCAGAGCAGAGCGUUUCUCCUUCAGCCCGACCAGUGGUGAGCUAAGAACUGCUUCCCCUCUGAGAUGGGCGGAGCGGUCAGAGUAUGCCUUCACUGUGACUGCUGCUGACCACGGCACCCCAGGCCUCAGCUCCUCCUGCCAGCUACGAAUCCAAGUAAACACUAUCUUCAUUUAUUUGAUAUCAAUACACUUUCCCAGAUUUACGACGACAAAUUCUUUCUCUUCUUCAAAAUAUUUUAGAAAGCCGCAGCCAGCUGGAAACAAAGAUUUACUCUUAUGAGCUAACCCAAAAACGCCACAUCCACUCAUUACCUCAGUCCCUUUACAUUCCUCGCCGCGAGUAAUUUCCUCAAGCUGUGCACAAAUGAACAGUAUAACUGUCACAGGAAUUAGAAAAGGAGGUAAAUAUGAGAUGGAGAGAAGCUGAACCUGUGCCUGAACAAACAAAAGCAUCUCUCCAAUCUACUGCAUGUUUCCUGCUCCAAAGGUUAGUGGGGUAACUGAAACCCAAGGUGAGAAACCCAGAGCUGCAGAAGGGAGUGGGUCUGGACUGAGUUAUGGUCCUGAACUUUCUUUAGGAGGGUCAAUCCCGCAUAUCAGCAUGCAGUAUCAAGAAUGCAACAGUGGAAAAAAAAAAAAUGCGGGAAAGCAAUGGUGGGGGUUUUGAAGGUGUUGUUUUUAUGUGAUGUGAUUUCAGAAAGGAAAAGGAUGUUAAUUAGAGCAGGAGAGCUUGCCCAAGAUUUCGCCUGCUCUCUUGUGUAACUCGGAGAUUAGACAGAGGGGAAACAGGUACCUUGGAAUCAAAUGCUCCCAGAUGAGAUUUGAUGAGAGCCAGCUGUAUCGAGUAACACAGAGACAAAGAGAGAAAGAGAGAGAGAGCAGGUAUAAAUACGCAAGUGCAUGGUAGCUAGUUGGGAUACACGUGCUCAGAGUAAUGACACAUUCAAACACUUUCAUGAAGUAACGUUUGCCUAUAAUGGUUUUUAGAUAACAUUUCACUGAGCUGGGGGUAAAAUCUGUCACUGUAUACACCCAGAGUUUUUUCAGACACACACCACCUGCCAGCUCCAUAAGGAAAUUUGAUCAUUGCUCAGAAAAAUAUAUUUUUUUAGAUGAAGAAUACUCACACAAACACCAGCUAAAAGAGAGAAGAUGAGAGUGAGAGGAGAAACGUUUACGUUCUUCACACUAACAUCUGUGUCUCUUAAAGUUUCCUCUACACGGACAUUUGUUUGGAGUAAAUAUGUUGAUCUGCAGAUAACAUCCAAUCUGAACUGUGACGGUUGAUCUGGAUUGGAGCUAGUUAAACUUUUAUUUUCUGCCUUGAGCUCUUUGAUCAGUCCAAAAAAACAUGGAGAGGCCUGAGGCUGUUGCAAAAUGCGGCUAAAGCCCCCCUCGGCACUAGACUGCGGCAUGAGGAUGCAUCACUUAUUGCUCUGCUGAAAUAUUUACUUCCCAUUACACUCUUCAUUAUUUGGUCACAGGUCACAAACCCAGACUCUCAUUUGGAAGGAAGAAUGCCAGAAGGAGUGUACAUAAUUUCUUCAUGCACAAUGAGAAUGCCUAUGAGGGUUAUUAUAGGAAAAACAACAAAGCAGGAGCAGACUACAGCCCAAGGCCAUGGGAUGGGCUGGGUUAGCGUAUGUAGCUUCAUUGUCUGCAAAAGAAAUCAGACAUGCGCAGGAAAACAUUCCUCUUGGCAUUUUGAUGCUUUGACAGGGGCGUGUGAGUCGAUAAAUUUCAUCCAGACUAUCAGGAUUUGUUACUGCAGGUAGCUUUUGUGACAUUCAGGGGUUCAAACCAAAGCGAUAGUCCCUCUGGCUUUUUGAGACAUCUGCUUUUUUAAGUCUUUGAAGGAUGAAGCAUUGAGGAUGUAUGUGUUGUCAUGUUGAUAAUAAAAAAACACAAGUGCGGUAAUGCAACAGCUGUGUGAUACCUUAAAGUGACAAGUGAAGAAGAGGUUAGAAAAUAAAGCUAAUACGUAUGAAUACAAGGUACUUUCCGCAAACCCUGUCCAAAAGCUCCCGGAUACGCCCCUGUGCUCGAAAAUAAGGACUCUGUAUAUCUUAAAGUUACGGUUUGUUUGACUUAAUUUGGGAAUGAUUGGAUUUGUUUAGAAAGUUUAUUUAUUAAUGAUUGUUAUCAAAUGUUAUCUUGAUACUUUUGAUUCAGUUAAGACAACAAAUAAAUAAGCCUGUUUGACCUUUGAUUUCCUUCCUUCAGGUCCUCAGCUCCUCCAAGUCCAACCCCAAGCCCAACAUGCUUGAAAUGACCCUGAACACGGUGGAAGGAGCCGCUCCAGGCUCCAUUAUUGGCUCUGUACGCUCACAUGACCAGCAUGAGUCUGCUCUACUGGAAGGUCAGGUGACCUACCUGAUAGUAGGAGGGACAGACCGAGAUGGGACAUUCAUGGUCGACCGUUUAAAGGGGGAUGUGAUCCUGGUACGAGAACUGGACUUUGAGAAGGGGUCGAGGUACACGCUGCAGAUUGAGGUGUCCGACUUCUCCCAGGCGUUUCCCAGCAGCCAUUUGGUGCAGCUGGAUAUUAAUGUACAGGACAGCAAUGACCACUCUCCCAUGUUUACUGAGGACCCUGUCACCAUAGUGAUCCCAGAGAACAUCGAGCCGGGGGCUUCUAUCUACACCUUCCAGGCUUUAGAUCAGGUAAGAAUCUGAAUUCAUGGUCUAUAGCAAAUACUUUCUCUAUUUUAAAUGAUGGCUCUUAUUUUUAUAUAAGAUUAUUUAAUGUAUGUAAUGUACAUUAAAAAUGUCAGAAAAAAAAGAGGACAGGGCUUACUCCUGUCGACCCCAGUAUAAGGAAUAGUGAAAUAUAGCAAAAAUGAAAGCUUACGAUUUUAUCAUUUUAGAAAGUGGAAUCUAUUUUUUCGGCUUCAAAUGUUGAAAAUCUACAAUCUUCUAAUAUUUGUGGUAGAGGGUGUUGAAUCAAUUUAUUAACCAAUUACUUUUGCACAAUCACCCAAAGCUGGAUACAAUUGUGAGUUUAAUAAUCCCGCAAACUCAUUCUUCUCUAGUUGAAUAUUAUCUCAGCAAAAAAUAAACACAUUUCAAUCAGGAAAGCUAUACGAUAGAUUGAAAAGCUCGGGAAAAACAAAUCAAAAACAUGGAUUUCAAAUCAAAGAGUUAACUCUCACUUGUCUACAUUGGCUACUUGUCUGUUUUCUAACAGGAUGGCAGUGGACCCAACAGUGAGCUACUUUACUCCAUCGAGCAUUACUGGCCGAACACGCCUGAUCUUCUCACCCUCGACCCCGCCAGUGGAGUCCUCACCCUCGGCCAGAAGUUAGAUCGUGAGUCGACGCCAUCUCUCUACCUCGUGGUCCGGGCCACAGACCAAGCGGUCGAUCCUUCUCAGAGACGUUGGGGAUCAGUCACAGCACGAGUGUUUGUGACGGAUGAAAACGACAAUCAUCCAAAGUUCAGCUCGCCGUCUGCAGUCAGCGUCAUGGAGGAUCAACCUGUAGGGUGAGUGUUAUAUCUACACACGUGGACAAAAUUGUUGGUACCCCUCAGUUAAAGAAGGAAAAACCCACAAUUCUCACUGAAAUCACUUGAAACCUACAAAAGUAACAAUAAAUAAAAAUUUAUUGAAAAUUAAAUAAUCAAAAUCAGCCAUUACGUUUGAAAUGUUGAUUAACAUAAUUAUUUAAAAAAAACAAACUAAUGAAAUAGGGCUGGACAAAAAUGAUGGUACCUCUAUAAAAGAUUGAAAACUAUUUGACCAGAGUGACAUGAUUAACUCAGGUGUGUCCUUUAAUUGACAUCACAGGUGUUUCCAAACUCAUAAUCAGUCAGUCUGCCUAUUUAAAGGGAGACAAGUAGUCACUCUGCUGUUUGGUGAAAAGGUGUGUACCACACUGAACAUGGACAACAGAAAGCGAAGGAGAGAAUUGUCCCAGGACAUCCGAAAAAAAAUUAUAGACAAACAUCUUAAAGGUGCAGGCUAUAAGACCAUCUCUAAACAGCUUGAAGUUCCUGUGACAACAGUGGCUCAUAUUAUUCAGAAGUUCAAGACCCACGGGACAGUAGCCAACCUCCCUGGACGUGGCCGCAAGAGGAAAAUUGAUGACAGAUUGAAGAGACAGAUCGUCGAAUUGUAUCCAAAGAGCCCAGGACAACCUCCAAAGAAAUUAAAGGUGAACUCCAAGGCCAAGGUACAUCAGUGUCAGAUCGCACCAUUCGUCGUUGUUUGAGCCAAAGUGGACUUCAUGGGAGACGACCAAGGAGGACACCACUGCUGAAAAAAAAUCAUAAAAAAGCGAGACUGGAAUUUGCAAAAAUGCAUGUUGACAAGCCACAAAGCUUCUGGGAGAAUGUCCUUUGGACAGAUGAGACCAAACUGGAGCUUUUUGGUAAGGCACAUCAACUCUAUGUUCAUAGACUCAAAAACCAAGCAUACGAAGAAAAGAACACUGUCCCUACGGUGAAACAUGGAGGAGGCUCAGCAAUGUUUUGGGGCUGCUUUGCUGCAUCUGGCACAGGGUGUCUUGAAUGUGUGCAAGGUAAAAUGAAAUCUGACGACUAUCAAGGCAUUCUGGAGAGAAAUGUGCUGCCUAGUGUCAGAAAGCUUGGUCUCAGUCGCAGGUCAUGGGUCUUCCAACAGGACAACGAUCCAAAACACACGGCUAAAAACACCCAAGAAUGGCUGAGAGAAAAGCGUUGGACUAUUCUAAAGUGGCCUUCCAUGAGCCCAGAUCUGAAUCCCAUUGAACAUCUGUGGAAGGAGCUGAAACAUGCCAUUUGGAGAAGACACCCAUCAAACCUGAGACAACUGGAGCAGUUUGCUCAUGAGGAGUGGGCCAAAAUACCUGUUGACAGCUGCAGAACGCUCAUUGACAAAUACAGAAAUCGUUUAAUUGCAGUGAUUGCCUCAAAAGGUUGUGCAACAAAAUAUUAAGUUAUGGGUACCAUCAUUUUUGUCCAGCCCUAUUUCAUUAGUUUGUUUUUUUUUAAUAAUUAUGUUAAUCAACAAUUCAAAAGUAAUGGCUGAUUUUGAUUAUUUAAUUUUCAAUAAAUUUUUAUUUAUUGUUACUUUUGUAGGUUUCAAGUGAUUUCAGUGAGAAUUGUGGGUUUUUCCUUCUUUAACUGAGGGGUACCAACAAUUUUGUCCACGUGUGUAUCUACAAUAUAUCUAUAUGGUAUAUCUAUUGGAUGUGGUUCCUUUUUUUUUGUUAUAAACCAAAUUUUUUCCGUCAACAGGUUUGUGAUUUUGUAUGUGAUGGCUCGGGAUGAAGAUGAGGGAGAAAACGGCAGAGUGUCCUACAGAAUCCAGGGAGGCAACAGUGCUGGUCGCUUCAGUCUGAACCCCAACACUGGUGAGCAGAUUUUUAAGGGUAUUACACGGCGUUUAUAAAAUCUUGAUGUUAAAGUAAUCUUACAAGGUUUGUGCUGACGAGGAAUUUUCCCAUACUGUAUUAACACUCCAUCAAAGUAAUGGUCUUCGCCCUUUUCUUUAGGGUUUUAUGAUUAGUAUAUAAUCAACAUCCCACCCAUUAAAGCCCCCCUGGAUGAUCACGACUUUCCAGGUCGUAAUCAUCCACUGAAGUGCUGCUAAAACGCUCAUAACCCUCUUUAUUGGGCGAUCUCUCAACUCCUCAAAGUGUAACACUUCUCUUGAAUAAUGCUACGGGUUUCCAUCACUUGACAGAUUUGUUCAUGGGAACUGAUUUAGGAUUUAGACCUGGCCUUUGAUAUCUUAUAUAUGUGUAUGUGUAAUCUCUUCAUCAGUGCAGCUUGGUGACGGUAGCGUGCUUGGAUCAAGCUGAGAUGGGAUUAAGAACCAGGAGAUAGACACUUAAUGCAGUUUCCAGAUGGAAGAAAGUCUUUAUGUCAUUACUGUCAAGUGUCAGCUGUAGUAACAGAGGCUUAAUUUCACUUCUGGUUUGUCUCUCAGUCUGUGUGUGUUGUUACACUCGUGGUUAAUAAUAGCUGUAAUAGUAGAUUAGAAUUGCAUUGAGAGACAUUUAACAACUGCCUGGCUAAUGUGUGUGUGUGUGGGGGGGGGUAUCAUUAGCCUGAUUAUUGCUUAUAAAUUAUAUAUCUGCCCCUGCCAACGUGAACUUUUGCUAUUUGUGUUAUUACCCGCAUGAAAGCUGACACUCCUGAAGUGUGCCUACAUUAAGCUUUAGAGUAUUCAGUGUAAAAUAUGAUGUUCAUGGUGUUUGAAAGCUUUCUCCAGCAUAGAAACUGUACUUCCAGUCAUGACACAGAAACAGUCAAACUAUAGAUACAUCCAUUUUUGGGUUUAGUGUUUCCUUUUUGUGUGGAAAAUUUGCUUUUGAAAUUUAUAACCUCUGUGAGGAGCUUUUGAUUGGUUAUUUAUCAGGCUGAAAUAAACAGUUAUGAUGAGUAAACGAGACCAUCAAUGAUAAGAUUGGAUACUUCUGUAAUAUACAUUUUAAUGCCUGGAACUGCUGUGAAAGGAUAGGUACUCAGAAAGAGUAUAAUUUGUUACUUUUUCUACACCAAAUAUCCAUAAUGAGCAAAUAAUUUCACUGUAAAAUGACGACUGGAAUACGUCCACUUGCGUAAUUGACUGGCAUAAUUUUUUUGGUUAUGAAGAAGUUUGUUCCCACUGUGCAGACACCCCUUGUGGCAUCCCUAUAUAUCAUGUUCACACCAGAUAAGAAUAGAUAUUUCUACUUGCUUAAUUUGUACUUAUUCGAAUGCCUCAGUGUUGUUAACUUGUUUAAUUAGCAGGAAUGACUCACUCUAUUUGCGUGCAUGUAUUGGGAGAUUGCCCAAACACAAGAGAAACUCCCAAGAUAGGAGGGGUUCCUAUAUGUCAUUUUAAGCGAGCGAUACUCAUGGUUCCUCAUUUGUAUCCCGUGGCGGGUACUUACAUCUCUACUUUGAUUUUACAUGUAAUUUACACAUGGAAGGGAUUUCUAUUUACGCUUGGUGUGAACAUGACAUUAUCCCUUUCUUGAUUUUGUCCAGACUGUUUAUAGAGGUUUUUUUUUUUUUCUAUCUUGUCCUUUCAUAUUUAAAAUCUAUCACUCACUAAAAAUCUGUCUGAUUUGGCAGUUUGCAACUUCCUUCAUCACCUUCCCUGUGGCGGUGGUUUCACUCAUCAAAAAUAACUAUGUUUAGAACAGAUGGUCAUGUCACUUUAGGUUGUAUUUGGCUUUUGGUUUCAUGUAAUUUGUGCAAAGCAGGCAAGCUUAUUUAUGAUACAUUUGAUCCAGUUUCAAAAUUAUUGAACUUGUUAUGGAGAAAGAUGAUGAAAUUGUAAAUAUUCUGCAUCUGUGUGUGUUUGGCUGAAACUUUGGAAAUAGCAAAAUCUCACAAAAACAUCAGAGCUUUAGCCUCAAGCUUCUUACACCAAGUAUGCAUUUGGCUUGCUGCUCUGCAUCUAUAAAUUGCGCGUCUCAAGGGCAGAGCAUACCAGCUUAACACACUCAAAAACACUCUCAUGUUUCCUUUUUCUUUGGCUCAGCCUCCUAAAUAUAGGCAAUGACAGAGUUUGGUGGGUUUCUAUAUAAAAGGUGGGAGAGUACUUAAAAUCUGAGGAGUAGAGAUGUGAUUUAUGUUGUUAUCUCUGAAACAGACUCAAGAGGAAAACAGAAGAUCUUGUCCAGUUACAUUGCUCUAUAAGGAGAUGUAGUCUGGAUAGUCUGUGUUUGUUUUUACAUGCUGUAGGCACUGCACUUUUCACAUUUAAAUAUGGGUCCAAAUUGCCUAAAUGAAAUAGCAGGCAUGAAGUAACUGUGGUCUCUCAUUUACUGUGGAAAGUCUUGUAAAGUAGGGCUGUAAGGGAUUAGUUUUUACUGGUCCUAAAGGCAUGCAACAAGUACUGCUUCUUUCAGGUACACAAAAUUACAUGUUCACAAGUUUACAGCAAACACACUCUCAGAUACCCAACACGAAAAAAAAACUACAUAUUUACAGACCAAAAGGUUCUGCAUGAGAUUACAAGUUUCCAUCAAUAUUUCACUGUUUCCUUUUUCUCUCUUGUAGGCUCUCUGUCCAUCCUGAAGGCCUUGGACCGAGAGGAACAUGAAGUGUUCAAUCUCACCAUCAUAGCAGAGGAUCACGGAGUGCCUCAGCUGUCUACCUCUCAGGUGCUGUGUGUGCAGGUGAUUGACGUGAACGAUGAAGCCCCGGUGUUCCAGCGGGCAGAGUUUGAGACCCAAGUGAUGGAAAACCAAGGACCGGGAACUACAGUGUUGAAAGUGGUCGCCACCGACAGAGACCAAGGUUGGUUUAAGCGUAAAAAAAUAUUGCUAGUGAGCAUAAGUGGGGGUCUCUUUUGGGUAGCAUGAGACCCUGUGAAAAUAUACUGUUAUUUAAACCCUUAAACUCCAGAAGUUAUUUUGAAAUGGGAGCAAACAGGCGAUAGGAAAUAAAAACUGCACAUAUUUUCUAAGAUUUUCUGCUUUUCUCCACAAAAUGUCAAAGUAUUUGCUGAAGAUCCCUUAUGAGACUGAGAACAUAUAUUUUCUUAGCCACAAAGACUUAAGUAGAGUGAUGACAAGAACAGAUUAAGCUUUAGGAAAACAUGAAAUGAGAGCAUUUAGCGGGAGAAAUAUUGCAAAAGUCACUGCUGGAAAAAUGAAUUAAAGGACACAUGUGAUACACAUACAUAUUAGUGAAGUAGGAAAGUCGGAGAACGAAACAAUAGAAACACACAAGUAGUGUUGAGUAACAAAAUGUCUGUAAACUGAACCACAUGCUAAUGAAAAGAGUGGUUACAAUCAUCCAGAGCCUUGUAAUUCUGUGCCUUUCAUUAGGACUCGCUCCCGGCUCCAAACAGCUUUGUGUUCGUUCAUGUCUCUGCUUUAUUACUUUGAAUGUCGCCCAUUUUCUUUAUCACUUGUUUUGUAGUGUGUCAGAGUGAUUAAUUUUAUUUGUUUGUGUGGCAUUACAACACAGGAUCCAAUGGCCAAGUGACAUAUGGAGGAGUGACGGAGGAAGGCUUCAUCAUUAACCCCGUGACAGGAGUCAUCACCACCACGAGGGAGCUCGACGCAGAGCUGCAGAGCCACUACACGCUCACAGGUACUACCAAGUAUUCCACCUAGAGCUCUCCAUAUUAAAAGUUUGUUCGUUUUCAUUCAUCAGUUUAACAAUUCGCCUCUACUUUCAGUCUACGCCAGGGACGGAGGGCUGCCUCCUAACUUUGCCAAAGCUGUAGUCCGUGUGGAGGUGCAAGAUGUGAAUGACAACACACCAGUUUUUGCAAAGUCAUGGUAUGGACUGGAGGUGCCGGAGAACCAGGCCCCUGUAGAGCUUUUCAUUCUGAAGGCCACAGACCCUGACUCAGGUCCUGGGGGAGAGCUGGAAUACAGGAUCACUGGUAAGAUUCAAUGUCCAAGUGUUAGUUUUCAAGGUUGAUUUAGUGCAGCAAAACUACCAGAAUUGCCAUUUCAGGGUGCGUCCAAGGUGAAAAAAAAAUCUGUUUACUUUUCAUUUUGGAUGUUUUUUCAACCUUAAACAGGUCUAGUUUGAAGGCUUUCAGAUGCAUAUGUUAGCUAUUUUUUGGUGACAUGUGAAGUUGAUGUAAAUGCAUGUAGGUAUAGAGUUGGUUUUACCUUGUAAGUUGAGAAUAUGAGCUGCAAUUUGACUGAUGUAAGGCUUUUGACAGGAGCCUAUUCCCUCUAGAUGAAAACUCAGCUAGCUAACAUUCACAUUCUUAUAACUUUUUUAUUUUUUCAAGCCUGUCUGGAGAAUAUUCAGACUUUGACUUAAGUGCAGAUUUGGCUCAGAUGUUCCCUUUUCAGGUCCUCAUAUUGUUCUUCUUUCUCUCCAUCCAGGUGGGGACCCUGAUGGAGAUUUCCACCUCCACAGCAGCACAGGAGCGCUCUCCACCUCACGCAGCCUCGACAGGGAGUCGAAAGCUGAAUAUUCUCUGGAGGUGGUGGCGACAGACAAAGGCAGCCCUGCUCUCAGCACCACUGUGACAGUGGAAGUCAAAGUGCUGGAUGUCAACGAUAACAGCCCUGUCUUUAGUAAAGCGACCUACUCUGUGGAAGUGUCAGAGGACGCUGUGGAGGGGACUCAAGUUCUGGAGGUGAGGAGGAUUAGGACUUUAUCAGGAAUUUUUAAGAUUAGCGUGUCUGAAAAUCUUAUUGAUAUAUUGUAUAUUCUCAUAUUUAAAGGUGGCAGCUGUAGAUGCUGAUGAAGACCUGAAUGGAAGGGUUUUAUAUUUCCUGAGCAAAGAGGCACAUGGAGCGUUCACUGUGGAUGAAAAUACUGGAGUUAUCAGCACAUCAGCACCUCUGGACAGGGAGAAAUUGGCAUCAUACAGCUUCCAGGUGUUUGCUGUUGACCUUUCACCUGCUGCACCCAGGAACUCAUCUGCUCAGGUAAAGACAAUGCUGCUUAAACUGGAUGUUUAAAAGAGACUUGCAAUUAUGAUAUACAUGUUGGAUUUAAAGGGAUAUUCCGGUGUAAUAUUAAUUUAGGACCAAACACACCGUAACACUGGGUUAGACACCCCCUGGAGAAAUAAAUGUUGCUGACCGCUUGCUUCUCUAGUUAUACCAACUGUAGUAACGACCGCAGGAUAGCAAUACACAGCGGUCUGAGGAGCCACACACAAACCUUAACCAAAACGCCACUCUAUAGCCACAAAUAAUGCUCAGAACAGCACAGAACAGACUAAACACAAGUAAUGAUCAUAAAUGUUCUUCCUUGAGCUGCGUAACCCCACAGCAGUUGAUGGACUCGCCGUUGUCUCUGUACAAACAAGUGGCUGCUGGAAGAGAGUGGGUAAGUUGUGUUUAGUCUCUUUGCUAAAGAAAUUAGGCAAAGUUAAAAAGAUGUUUGGUGGCUAAUACUAUGGCUGGGACCCUAUAUGUACUGUUGAGGAAGUUAGGUGCUGUUCUGAGCAUUAUUUGUGGCUGUAGAGUGGCGUUUUGGUUGAGGUUUGUUUAUGGCUCCUCAGACCGCUGUGUAUUGCCACCCUAAGGUCGUUACUAAAGUUGGUCUAACUAGAGAGCGGUGUGCAACAUUUAUCUCUCAAGGGGGUGUCUAACUCGGUGUUACGAUGUGUUUGACCCUAACUUAACUUUAUGCCUGAAUAUCCCUUAAAGAGUUUUUUUUUUCUGCUUAUGGCCUAGGUGAUCAGUUUUAGCAUUUUUCUCAUAUGUGACCACUUCCUUCCAGGUGACGGUUGCUGUUCUAGACGUCAACGACAACACCCCCUUCUUUAUCCAGGAUCCUCUGAUCAUUGAAGUGUCCAGUAGGCGUUCUCAGCGUGUUUUAGCCACCAUGAAGGCUGAGGAUAAGGACUUUGGGGCCAACGGUUCUGUGUUUUACCGUUUUGCUAUGCCAGUCAGAGGCUUCAGCAUCAACUCACUGACCGGAGAGAUCCAGGCGACUGAGCCACUGGGGGAUCUGACCCAGGCUCAGAGGACCCUGAUAGUGGAAGCCAUGGACCAGGGCAGUCCUGCUCAGUCUGCUCAGGGAGUAGUGGUGAUAUACGUGAAGGAGGUGGAGUACAGUGGGAUCCGCUUCUCCAGGAACGCCAGAGACAUCAGCAUACAGGAGAACGCUGCAAAAGGUCAUGACACAUCAUUUUUAGAGAUUGAAAUUGUAAUCUCACUCAGUUAGUCUCUGUUUACUGAAUGUUUUUCUUUUUUGCUUCAAAAAUUCAGGCACAGCUGUGGCUCAAACUCAAGCUCAGCAUCCGGAUGGCACUCGUAAGGGUAUCAGUUACAGCCUCUUCAGUGGGAACAGAAAGCAGGCCUUCACCAUCAACUCCUCAUCAGGUGACACACACAAUUCAUCUGUUUUUUAAAAUAUCACGGUCUUGAUUGUGAGUCUGAACUAUUUCCACCGUCACACUGACAAAAUCGCUUUUCUAUAAUUUAAUUUUUCAUUUGAAUCUGUGUGUCCUCCAGGUGAAAUCAGGGUUCAAAGCUCCAAGGGUCUUGACUUUGAAGACACUCCAAGACUCCGUCUGGUUGUCAAGGCUGAAACUGUGUCGUCUACGUCUUUUAUGGCUGUAAACCUGAUCCUGCAGGAUGUCAAUGACAACCUCCCCCGCUUCCAGCUGCAGAAUUACGUUGCCUACAUGAAAGAAGCUCAGGGCUAUGAAAUGCCGAUCAUACAGGUAUUUUCAAAUAGAAAAUACGCACAGGUAGUCUGUCUUCUGUGGGAGUAAAAUAAUAAGCUCCCAUAUUCCUCCCUUUUUCUUCAUUCGACCAGGUUCUGGCUGAGGAUGUGGAUCAGGGCCAAAAUGGUCAGGUGACCUACUCCAUCCAGUCAUCAGGCAUGAGCGGCCUGUUCAAGAUUGAUCCAGUGACAGGAAGCAUCACCACAGCGGCCAUCAUGGACCGGGAGAUCUUCACCCAGACCAAGUAAGGACAGAACUGUGGUUUAGUAAACCUCAACAGAAACUUUCCAAAUGCCAAGUUAAAGAUAGACAUGUCUGUUUUUCUUCUGAUGAAUGCUUGAGCUGCGGCAUGGUGUUGUUGGAAUGAAGUCCGCUAUAUAUUCACAUAGUUUAACACAGAGAGGGAAAAAAAGUAGCGCAACUUUCCUCGUCAUCACUCAGCUAGAUUGUGUUUAGAUAGCUGGUGAAGCAGUUAAUACAGUGUGCUAAAGAUAUAAAAACAGUGCAAACAAAAAUCUGCACACCAGAUGUGUCAAAGCUGCAUUUUCGAGCCCUAUUUAGAGAAACAUUUUCAUUACUUUUGUAUUUCUUUCAUAACAAUACAGUUAAAAAAAAUGAUUGUUUCAUGUUAGCCCAACUUUUAAGACAUUGUGUUUAUACUUGUGAGAGAUGUGAAUACUCUUUGGACAACCUUAUUUUUUCUGCCCAAUCACAGGUUAGUAGUCACAGCAACUGACCGAGGAAGUCCUCGAUUGGCUGGUUCGGCCACAUUAACAGUGAUCAUCGUUGAUCAGAAUGACAACAGUCCCACUAUACCCCUGCCCAAGGAAGUGCGCAUCCCAGAGAGUAGGUCCUUUGUUUACGUAUUUACCUUCUGGUUAAAAUGGAAAAUCUUUAAACCCACAGAAGAAAUACUAUCAUGAGACAACCCCUUUGAAGGAUUUCAUUUUGUUUCGUCUCUUUCUUUUUCAUUAGAUAUGCUGAUUGGCACCGAGAUCACUCUUGUGACAGGUAAUGACGUCGACUCCAGCCCUGCCCUCUCCUACACCCUGCAGCUGGACCCGACAGCAUUGGGCAAGUUUGGAAUACAUCGGUUCAGUGGCGGUGUUUCACUCACGGCCCCUCUAGACUUUGAGGAGAAGACAUGGUACACCGUGACUGUCAGAGCCACCGACAGCCAGCACCAGACUGAAGCUAACAUCACCAUACUGGUGGAGGAUAUCAACGACAAUGCACCUGCAUUCACUCAUGAUCUCUAUCAGGUAUAGUGGCGAGUCGAUACUCUGUCUGUACUGGUUUUCCAAAAUGUUAUGUAAUGUAGACUGAUAGGCUAGCUGUUAUUUAGCAAAAGAGCACUUGAUCAGUGGGAACUGCACUUGGCACAAGUUGGCCACUUUUGAACAUAACACCUGUUCAGACACAUGCUUUGGCUGAAAUGGUUCAUUACUCCUUUUUUCAGAUCUUUUUUCAAAUACAGAAAUAAGUCUGAUCAGUGAUUUGUAAAAUGGUCUUGAAAACAGACAAAUAAAAAAAUGGUGAUAAAAUCCAGAUUGUCAAUCUCCCACAUAAAUACCUGCCAAAUCACCCACCCAUGCUCUCACCUUAAAAGACAGUUGCGCAACUUUGAUUUAUAUCCCUUGUAAGUGCUUCUUUUGUGGUUUGACUGUGUAACAUAUCCGCUAUGAAACAGAAUAUCCAGUGUGUCUUUGCAGACUGCUUCCAGCUUGGGGCUGGCUAGGAAAAUAUGUUUUUCUUUUCGCUUAAAUGUUAUAACAUUCACGGAAAAGGAGAAAAUACUACUUGUUGACAUUCCCAUGUAAAAACUCACUUUGCAUGCCAGUGCACACACAGUGGGGGUGAUAAACUUUAACUGCACAAUAUUGACUGGAGAAUAGUUGCAGAGAUUGCUCGUAUAAUAUGAGGAAAUGACCUCAACAUCAGCAGAAGUGUAAGAAAAAAACUAACUGUAAUAUAAAAUGUGAAUUCCCCCCUGUGGGUUACAUAUCUGUUGACCGGUUCACUUUAGGUUUGGGAAUUUUAUUUCAGUGUUAAGGCUGACUGACGCUGACUUGUUGAUUUUACUCUCAUUCUUAAAUGUCUUUAUGCGUCCCAAGGUAACUCUGCCUGAGCACACGCCGCCAGGAAGUGCAGUUGUCACAGUAACAGCAACCGACAGAGACUCUGGAGAAAAUGGAAAGAUCACCUACAGAGUGAUGUCAUCAACCCAGGAAGGUUUCUACAUCGACCCUAACAAUGGUGGGCAACUUUGGCACCAUUAAGAUGCCUGAUUUAAAAUCUUAAAAUACCUUUUCAAGCAUGAUAUUGUUUACCUUAUCAUUUUUCUGUUUCCAGGAACCUUGUUCAUCAAUCACAGGGCUGAGUUCGACCCUGAGCGUCCGUCAGUUAGUGUUGUUAUCGAAGCUCGUGAUGGAGGUUCACCUUCACUGUCCUCCCUCACCACCGUCCAGGUGCAAAUCUCUGACGUCAAUGACAAUGCUCCCGUGUUUCACCAAUCAGAGUAUAGGUAAGUUCAACUCACCGGAUUCCAGUGGUGUGGUAUGACCUUCAUAAAUAGCUUUAUUUAUGUAAUGUUCUUCAACCUGCAGGGCCACGGUCUCAGAGGAUACCAUCCCAGGGUCCACAGUUCUGACUUUCGAUGCCUUUGACAGCGACCUUUCACGAGAAAACUGUGGUUUCGACUUUGCUAUUGCCAGUGGAAAUGAGGGAAACGCUUUCCAGAUCGAGAGCAGCGUUCGUUUCCUGGAGGGGCGGGGCUUUCAGACAGUGGGGACGCUGCUGUUGGCUGAGUGGCUCGACUUUGAAACCAAGUCUCUCUACAACCUCACUGUGGUGGUGUCAGAUCGUGGUGUGCCCCAGAGGAGUUCCAGUGCUGCUGUGGUUAUAGCCAUCGGUGAUGUCAAUGAUAACCCUCCAGUGUUCACCAGAUCAGAGUAUACUGUAUCACUGAGUGAGGGAGCUGCUGCAGGGACUGAAAUAAUACGUCUGAGUGCGACAGGUGGGCCGAAGUUUUCUGUUUUUACCCACUUUCUGUAUUUUUCUAUUCCUAUUUUAUUUUGUUUAAUUAUCAUCAUUUGUCAUCCUUUUCCUAGACCCUGACUCAACUCCCAACGCUGAGGUCCAGUAUACCAUCAGCUCUGGUGAUGAGGUCAACUUGUUUAGCCUGGACCAAUGGACUGGAGCUCUGCGCCUCCAGCGUGCACUUGACCGUGAACACCAGUCCACACAUAUUGUCAUCAUCCAGGCUACAGAUGGACAGGGUCACUUUGCCCUGGCCCCAGUCAUUGUCGAAGUGAAAGAUGUGAAUGAUAAUCAUCCAUUUUUCCCUGUGGAAGUCCUGACAGCCAGUAUCAGAGAAAACCAACCAGCCAACUCAGCUGUGACUGUUCUACACGCCAUCGACCAUGACACAGGGGUUUUUGGCCAACUUAAAUACUACAUGAUGGAGCGAUCUGGGACGGGAAAAGACAGCUUUUCUGUCGACCAAAACUCUGGAGAAAUUAAGAGCAAAACACCCUUUGACUUUGAAAAGAUCAACUCUUUUAACUUUGUCGCAGUAGCGGUGGAUUCAGGCAACCACUCAGCCACUGUGACUGUUCAGGUGUUUGUCACAGGUGUAGAUGAGUACGACCCACUUUUUAUAUCCUCUGAUUUCUCUUUUGAAGUCCCAGAGGGAGCGAAGAAAGGCCAGAGCAUUGGCCAGGUCCAAGCAAAUGAUGAGGAUGAAGGGGUGGAUGGCAUUGUUCUUUAUUCUCUUCCAACCAGCUCACCGUACUUUGAUGUCAACAAAACCACCGGAGUGAUUUUCCUUAAAUUGGACAGUUCAGGCAGCAGCAGCAGCAGCAGUAGCAGUGGCUCUGGUCGUAGCAAAAGGGAAACCAGGCUUAUGACCCUGGAUGUGAAAGCUCAUAGUCCUUUGGAUGCAUCCCGCACCACAACAGCCCAGGUCUCGAUUGAUGUCACAAACACCAACUUUGGCCUGGCUCCUGAUGUUAAUGUCCUGCUGAUAAGCAUCAUCGCUGUAUCUCUUGGUUUCAUCAUUUUGCUGGUGGUCAUGGCCGUCGUGGUGUUCCUUGUGAAGUCUCGAAGGAGGAAGAAAGGCCAGGAUGCAGGAAACAGGACUGUUGCUUCAGGAACUGCCCUGCAGAAGCUGGACGAUUGCAACCCUGGACAAGGAGGGGACAGGAUCUACCAUCAGGCUUUGCCAGGCUAUGCAGGUGAUCAAGGGGCUGGUGGUGGUCCCUACACCAGAGGUGGCUCUCUGGAUCCUUCUCACUCCAGUGGAAGAGGAUCAGCUGAGGCAGCAGAGGAUGAUGAGAUAAGGAUGAUAAAUGAGUACCCUCGGGUUGCCUCCAUUACCUCAUCCAUGCAGGAGCACAUCUCAGCUAGAGGACCAGACUCUGGAAUCCAGCAGGAUGCCGACCAGCUUUCUGAUAUCUCCUGUGAACCUGCCGCUCUGGAGGGCAGCACUUGGUUCAAAGGAAAGAAACUUGGAGGCAGUCUGAGUGGAACAUUGUUGUCUGGCCAACUCCCAGUGUACAGGGAUGAGGGAGGUGGAUACCUAGGUGUUGGACGUGGCCUCAACAUCUCCCUCCCCAAGGAUUAUGCCUUUCCUGAAGAUGGCAAGCCUUCGGUGGAUGGUUCCCUCACAGCAAUUGUUGCCAGUGAUGAGGAGCUCCGUGGAAGCUACAACUGGGAUUACCUUCUCAACUGGUGCCCUCAGUUCCAGCCACUGGCCAAUGUCUUCACAGAGAUUGCCAGGCUGAAGGAUGAAACAGCCCAGCAGAGCCAGAACCCUCGCCAACCCUUCCAGACCAAGCACAAAAUAGACCCCAAACCGAGGAUUGACCCUCCACCACUCAUCACGUCGGUAGCUCACCCAGGGGCCAUGUCAGUUCCACCAAAGGUCCCAGUUAUCGGACGGACAUUCCCCCACUUGGCCUCAUUGCGCAGGUCCCCAAUCAGUCACGAGGGAUCCAUUUCAUCAGCUGCAAUGUCCCCCAGCUUUUCACCUUCUCUGUCCCCUCUUGCAGCUCGAUCUCCAGCUGUUUCACCAUUUGGGGUCAACCAAGGGCCCUCAGCCUCCAUGAUUAGCACCAGGGAGCCCUCAUUAGACCAAAGUCCUGAUCAUGAGAUGAGAAUAUGAAGGACAAGUUUGAAAACUGUUGAAGGAAGAAAGUACCUGUUGUCUUUUUUUCAUGGAAAAAAAAUACAAGGAAGAGGAGGGCAUGGUUCUACAGUUAUCGUCAUGCAAUCAUUUGUGUCAAGUGUCUGAUGUCAUGGAUUUUGGAGCAAACCCACUUGAACAAACUUAACCUCCUACUCGUCGAGUACUUUCGUUCUUUGAAGUAUUUCCAUGUGCCGGCAGUGUUACAGAGUUACACUAAAGUGAAACAUGUGCCUGGGUUGACAGGACCAUGUCAACAGUGACGCAGGUCUCCAUGAACUGAUCAGGGUGAAGGGGUAAACCAACCUCAUGGGAAUGUGCACUUACCAUGCCCUGCAGUCAGAGAUCCCUCAGUGUGUAGAUAGAUAGACGCGUAGUUUUCAUGUUGCCUCACUGGCUGGCCAGAGAGCUGAGGACCCUGAUCUACUCUUUGUGUCUGUGGACAUUUUUACACCCCAGUAUUAAACUUAUCCAGAAGACGGUUUUUAAAACAGCCUCUGGAUAUGUGUGUGUGAGAGAGAAAGAGAAAGUGUGUGUGUGCAUGUGAAUCCCAUGGACUGAAAGCUUGUGUGUGUUAGUGAAGACCUUGACCCAUUUAAUUGCUGUUGCAACAUGUAGGAGCAAUGAAGAUUAUUGUUUCUCUCAUCAAUUCACACAUCUUUUGAUUGUUCUAACUUUAAUUUUUAUAUAUUUUUUUAAAGAAAUUAUGAUUUCACACCCAGAAAUGCCAAUAUUCUACAUGAAGAGGUUUUUGUUUUAGUGUAUUUGCAUAUAUGUAUAUUUGUAUGUAUGCAGGCUAUGCUUUGUAAUGUGUGUGUCAUAGGGUUUUUUUAGAGAUUCUUGUGACAGUUCUGAUGUGAGUGAGAGGACAACUUUUGUGUUUUUAGCAUUAUUUAUAUGAAAAGAGGACUUGCUGCCAUACUUCAACAAUGGGACAAGAAGUACAGCUCACUCUUGGCUGUGCUGUACCUUAAGUUUUUCUUUUUUUUUUUUGUCAAUAUGUAGAUCAUCCCAAAUGUAAGACAGCAACUGGAUGAAAACCUGUGAUCACUCUGCUCCUCCAGCAGGUCAGCACUCUGUUGUGGUGCGUUGUCAUGCACAGCAGCACAUUCCCUUUGUUAUUCAGGGACUACCUUAUUUGCUGAUCACCUCUGUGUCUUUGAAAAAAAAAAGUGCUUCCUAAAAUCAAUUACACCGGUUAUUAGCUGAAAUGCAUUUUACUGUGAAGUUUUUCAUCUCAGCACAACAGAAAUAGCAUGUAAUGAGUAGGCUUUGAUUCUUUAAAACGUGAACAGAUGUAGCACAUGAGCCAGAAUACAUAAGCCUUGAUGAAUGUACAAGGAUCUACCAACCAGUGCAGUAGUUUUUUUUUUCUAUGUAGGUUUUCUGUUCUAUGCAUUUUAGUGUUAUGGUUCGCUCAUGCAGAUCGUCACCGGUAUGAUGAGGUGUUUUCAGGCUUCAUGUGUUUAACUCAUCAUCUGCACCUUCUGUAUUUUCACUCAUAGUUCAGAUUUAGUUACAGCUCUCUGCUCGCGUAGCAAGAAGCAAAAGGCUUUAAGAUUGUCAUUCCUUCAUGUGUAUUUAUCCUCCUGUCUUGUUUUUCAUCUUUUGCGGUAUUUGCAUUGAUUGGAUGUCCUCUUGUUUUCAAGAGCUGACCUCUACCUCUGUAUUUUCGUUCUCACAUAACUCUACGAAACACCUUUCUCAAACCUGGCACUGAAAGCUACACAUGCCACGAGCGCAACAUACUCUUAACUCAUUACGAUGUUGUCUCAGAAACAUUUCUGUGUUGGAGGAAAUCCAUUUGGAGUUCAGUUUGAGAUGACUGCCAGUGACUGAUCAGUGGAGUGAUGGCAGGAAAACAAGAGCUGUUCAUGUAUUUAAAGCAAAUAAUAAAUUCCUACUGAUCUCUUUUGACAA